AAACCAGCGCUGUGUAUGUGUGUAGUGUGUAUAAGUUCGAUGCAGACCUCUGUGUGUGUUUUUAGUGUGUGUGUUGAGUGUGUGUUUUUUGUCAGUAUUGAACGUGCUCAUCGGUGUAGUCAAACACACUCCGCUCGCUCGCUCGCUCGGUCUCAUCACCGGGGAAACUGCUGCUCUCACCGGGAGUCACCGGGCUGACAGCUGAAACUACACUGGGGCGAGCUGACCGAAACUCGGGCCGGGACACCUGCCUGCUCCGGGGAGCACCUGCCCGCCCGGACCGGGGAGCAUGCGGACUAACAGCCUCACCCGGUUUGAAUGUAAACGGAUUUGAGGAUAAUAAUGGACUGUUAAUGGAAACAACAAGAAGCCGAGCGUCGUAGUUGUUCGUUGAGGGAGGGGACACGAUGUCUGUGAACGAGCUGUACACAAAGGUGAGCCAUUUUACCUGAAAACACGCCGACGUCACCCUUUAACUACAGACAGGUGUGAGCCGGUCCUCCAGAGACACACACUUCUUUGCAGACUUCGUUAAAACACCAUUUUUGAAACUCUGGAGUUUUGUCAAAAUUUCUGUUUAAACUCGACACCAACCAAACUUUAUGUAAUUUCCGAUCGUUUUUAGAGCUGAGUCACCUGUUCGAGUUAAUGCUCUGUAAAGAGCGGCUGUGCGUCCAUAGUGACCUAGGAUUUAAAUACGAUCAUGGCUACGGAACUGAAGUAGGUAAUGUCUAAGCCGAAUGAAUCAAAAAAUUAAAAUAAGCUCAUUUUGUGGGAAAUUUAAGGAGAUUGAGUCAGAAACUGCAUCUAAUUUAAAAUUUGAAUAUUUUAAAAUGUAGUUCAACACAACACCGAGAGGAGAAGUAGCUACAGCAGCCGCGUAAACGGCGUAAAGGUAAGUCCGUUGGGCCGUUUGGUCACAAAAAGCGACUUUGGUGAUACACACAGCAGUCUGGUGGCUAUUUCUGCUUCUUUUGAGAAAGUUUCAAACCGAUCCAACAAAUAAAUGUUAAAGAAGCAGUCCAACUUCAGCAUACUCGGUAAAAAAGAGCGUAGGCUGUUUUAAUCUGUGGGAUUUCAAAAAAUAGUCGACAAAAUGAAGGGUUAUUAUGAGUUCAUUCAUUCUGCGGUUGCUACACUCCCAGUUGAGUCACUGGUCAGAGUCCAGUCCCCCCAGCAGGCUCAGGCUGAGCAGAAUUACACAAUAACACACCUGUGCAGGUACAGAGCCUCUAUGAAUCUCUGAUAGUCCAGCUGACUCUUCAGAUAUUUUACUCUUUGGGCCUCAAAACCUGCCCAGGUCUGAGGUCAACUGAACACACCUGGGAAAUUCUAACAUGGAGGGUUACCAUGAACCAGAUUCUGCACAUGGCCAUGUAUGAACAGCUGAUUAACUAUUGAUUAUCAGGUUAUUAUCAGCUGAUUAACUAAUUAAUUCAAAGUGUACUGAAAGAUCAUUAUCAGUUCACAUAAUGAACUCAGAUCACUGGAUGGACAUGUGACGAUUCUUUACUGGUCUCAUCUAAAUGUAUCUGAGGAAGUGUUUCAACAACAGUGAGAUUUUCUCAUGACAAAUAUCUACAUUUAUCAUCAACGAUCAUCAUUUAUCAUUAUUGAUCGUCAGUUAUCAUCAUUGAUCGUCAGUUAUCAUAAGUUAUCAUCAGUUAUCAUCAGUUAUCAUCAUUGAUCGUCGGUUGGCAUCAGUGAUCAUUGAUCUUCAGUUAUCAUUAAUUAUCAUCAUUGAACGUUAGCUAGCCUCAGUUAUCAUCAUUGAUCAUUAGUUAUCAUCAGUUAUCAUCAUUGAUCAUCGGUUAUCAUCAUUGCUUGUCAGUUAUUAUCAGUUAUCAUCAUUGAUCAGCAGUUAUCAUCAGUUAUUAUUGAUCGUCAGUUAUCAUCAGUUACCAUCAUUGAUCAGCAGUUAUCGUCAUUGAUCAUUAGUUAUCAUCAUUGAUCGUCAGUUAUCAUCGUUGAUCAUCAGUUUCCACUGAUCAUCAGUGAUCAUCAUUAAUCGUUAUUUAUCAUUAUUGAUUUUCAGUUAUCAUCAUUGAUCAUUAGUUAUCAUUAUUGUUUUUCAGUUAUCAUCAUUGAUCAUUAUUGAUUGUCAUUUAUCAUCACUGCUUGUCAGUUAUCAUCAGUUAUCAUCAUUGAUCGUCGGUUGUCAUCAGUGAUCAUCAUUGAUCAUCAGUUAUCAUUAGGUAUCAUCAUUGAAUGUUAGUUAGCCUCAGUUAUCAUCAUUGAUCAUUAGUUAUCAGUUAUCAUCAUUGAUCAUCAGUUAUCAUCCUCGAUCAUAAGUUAUCAUCACUGCUUGUCAGUUAUUAUCAUUGAUCAUCAGUUAUCAUCAGUUAUCAUUAUUGAUCGUCAGUUAUCAUCAAUUAUCAUCAGUUAUUGUCAUUGAUCAUCAGUUAUAAUCAGUUUAUCAUCAUUGAGCAUUAGUUAUCAUCGAUCGUCAGUUAUCGUUGAUCAUCAUUUAUCACUGAUCAUCAGUUAUCAUCAUGGAUCGUUAGUUAUCAUUAUUGAUUUUCAGUGAUCAUCAUUGAUCAUUACUUAUCAUUACUGAUUUUCAGUUAUCAUCAUUGAUCAUCAUUGAUUGUCAUUUAUCAUCACUGCUUGUCAGUUAUUAUCAGUUAUCAUCAUUGCAGUGUUGUUUUCCAUGAAGAAGACAUGACGUUGAUGAGCUAAACAUAAGUCUCAGAUGACUAAAAUGUGACGGGACGAAUGUGCAUAAUUUACGUUGACGAGACGAGAAGAAAAAAUUAGUGGUGGACGACGAACAGAGUUGCAAAAUUCAUGAGCAUUUCGUCGCUCAAACGCUGAACAUAUAUUCUGCAGUGUUGUUUUUGUUGACAAUGACGUUGACGAAAUAUUUUCGUCAACGAAAACAACACUGCAUCAUUGAUCAUCAGUUAUCAUCAUUGAUUGUUAGUUAUCAUCAUUGAUUGCCAGUUAUCAUCAGUUAUCAUCAUUGAUCAUCAUUAAUUGUCAGUUAUCAUCAUUGAUCGCCAGUGAUCAUCAGUUAUCAUUGAUCAUCAUUGAUCAUCAUUGAUUGUCAGUUAUCAUCAUUGCUUGUCAAUUACUGUCAGUUACCAUCAUUGCUCAUCAGUUUCUAUCAGUUAUCAUCAUUGAUUGUCAGUUAUCAGUUAUCAUCAUUGUUCGUCAGUUAUCAUCAUUUAUCAUCAUUGAUGGUCAGUUAUCAUCACCGAUCGUCAGUUAUCAUCAUUGAUCGUCAGUUAUCGUCAGUAAUCAUCAAGCGCUUGCCUUGUCUUUAUGUCUUCGGGUAAGCUAAAAUAACUUUCAUAGACGUAGCCAUCUUGUUUCCAUCGUCUGAUUUUGCUUUUUACGGACUUGGUUACUGAAAUGCUGGGAACUCGGGUGUGACCUCAUUUUCAGCUGGAGUUCUGAGCUAACUCGAAUGCACCAAAAGUCAUGAUCUUGAUCUGAACAGGGUCAGCUCUAGGGUCCUCUUUCUGGACUCUGGGAUUCUGAACACCUCACAGACACUCACAGGUCUGGCAUUUACUGUAGUCAGAGGAGCGCCUGAACGCAGCAUGAUCACUAUCAGGAUGCAUUAGUUACUGCGGUCUGCUCCGUCCACUGUACCUACAGGUGCAUGAUGGGAAAUGGCCCCAGUGUUUGUGUGGCACAGUGACCCGCCCUGACCAGUUUGAGGUCACAGUUUGUGCUCAGGUGUGCUCAAGUGACACAGAUGUUGAAGUCUCAGCUGGCUGAUGCGCUCAGGUGUCAGCGUUUAUGAUGAUGACACAUGCAGAGUGUCAGUUUCCUGUGUUUUUGAUGAGUGAAGGUUAAAAAGAUCUUUGGAGGUUGUAAAGAUUCAGAAAGGUGCUGACACUUACAGGUAAGGCGAUGAGGCCUUUAAAGUCUUGUUUAAAAAAAGGAAACCCCUGUGACUCCUCAGCUGUCUGACCAGCAAUCCACAGAUCUACAGAUGACCGAAAACCAGGAGGACAAACUCAGAUCCGACUUUAGUGGCUGGAAAAAACGCCGUCCUGACAUGUGUGUAGGUCAGAGUUCAUGUUCUGCUGGCAUCUCGGAGCGGUCCUGAUGAGAUGAGUGUCAAGUUAAUCGAUCAGUCCGAGUGUUUGUGUCUCUGUGGGGAUGAUCUGAUUGGAUUGAUCAGUGUCUGAACCUCUAAUAGACUAAAGAUCAGGAUCCUGAUCCGCCGCCUCCUCAGGAGCGAGCAAUGACCUCAGGAGCUGAAACCCUCUCAGACCGUCACUGUCUGAGUAUCAUGGGUCUCUGGGUAGCUUCAGCAUUUUCUUUGACAUCUUUGGAGGCAAAUUUGUUUCCCCGAUCAAAAACCUGCUUUUUUCCUACAGACACGUGCUCACAGGGUGAUUUUCACCCGGUGCCUCACUCAGUAUGUUUCCAUGACACUCGGGAAAACCGAAUUAUUGCCUUACUCCGACUCAGACCGGACAACUGAAGCGAGUGUAAACACCUUAGUCCGACUAUAGUCGAAGUUUGAGAACUCUAAUUGGAGUCAGAGAACUCCGAAGUUUAAAAGACAUUUAAGGGUUAAAAUCAGAAAUAAAACCGUUUUUCUUUUGGUUUUCAGAUGAUUUCAAACCAACUAUGUCCAACAGGUUAGUCACAUUACUCUGGAGUGGGAAUCGCCACAUAAAAAGGACAACUGGACUUAGUUGAGAAGUUCCGACUUGGGCAGAACGUCUCAACUAAGAUUUGAUUUUCUCUACCAUGUAUCCAGCGUAGUCGGAGUAUGAUCGGACAAUGCAUGUGUGCGUGGGCCACGCCCCUGUAACCCUGAGACAAAAACACCAGAGAAGAGGAGUAGCGUGCGUCUCAUCUGUAGAAAAAGUAGCACGUCCAUCAUGUAGGACAAAAACAACACUGUACGAUGCUCCAUCUUCUUGCUCCAAAAUGCCCAGCAGCAGUUGUAGACACCUCUGACGUCUGGCACUGACCUGCUGUUGUUGUUGACAGUUGUAUGGGGUCGGAAACAGCGCCGCUGAAAUUGCCCCCCUAGUUUUGGGGAGGAGGACACGUUCUCGUCAAUAAUUCGAUUUUCUCAGGUGCAUAUAUACAAGGACAAGGAGAGAAGUCCGAUUCAGAGAAAAUAACGAAUUAUGAGCUUAGUCCGAUUAAACUGUGUAAACGUACUGAGUGAUAGAGGGUAAAUUAGGUUUGGGUGGAUUUGAUAGCUGCAUGUGGGGAAUAAGGUCAGUAAGAGUGGUCCUGGAAUUUACAUGCUAUCUUUAUUUAGUGCAGUGGUUAUGAAUAACUAUCACAAAGUUGUGAUUUUUAAGGGAAUUCAUAUGGUGAUAAGAAAUAGUUGAGUCAGCUGGUGAUAAAUGGCUCAUUUCAGUUUUUUUAAUUCAUUUUUAUGUGUUCUACUCAUAGCACUUUUUCCCUCCCUUUGGACAUUGCACAGUUAAAAAUCAAAUAAAACUACUUAAAUUUGUCAUGUAUUGUCCUAUUUUGAUAUAUUUUGAUGUAAGUACUUUUUCUUGGGUUUAUUAUUUCAGGUAAAUAUCACCUGAUGGUGAUGGUGUCACUAAUUUUAGUGAUAGUGUUCGAGGGUUAAAGGGAUAGUUCAGUGUUUUUGCAGUGAGGUCAUGUGACUCUUGUUUGUGUUUUUGUGGAUCAGCUGGAUGUGGAUAAGCUCCGCCCCUUUAACCAGAACCUGCAGGGUGGACCUGCACGUGAGCUAGGGGGUGACUCAGACCCAAAACCUGGUCUCAGUUUCAGUGCUGAGACAGAGUUCGUUAUUCCAGCUGAGCCGCCAUGUUCUGAUCUGGUUCACCGGUACUGUGCGCCGUGGGUCGCACUGAACAGUCAGCUGAUCUGGUUUUGAUGAGAAAGGCAGUCAGACUAGACUCUGAGGACCUGGUUUUCAGACAGGGCCUGGUGUAUUCUGAGGGAACAUGUGGUCUGCAGUAAUCCUCCUGGACUCUGUAGUCCACAUCAGUGAGCGGGCCACUUAAAGCCUCUCAGAUUAAAUAAUCCAGGGGGGCUGUCCAUCUGUCUGCUCAGGACUCUCCAGGUCUGAUCCAUCCUGUAAACCCGAUUUGCUCUGCACAUGUGCGAAACAAACAUCACUACCAACCAUCUUUGCAACAGCUUUAACAUUUGUUCAACAGCUUCGACAUUAGUGAGCGACUUCAGUCAGAGUGGAUGCUUCAGUUUAUAACAGCCACACACUUUUCUUUUCCCCUGAGUUCUUCCCCCGACUGAAGCAGAGCGCCGGAAAGUUAAGAGAAUGGUGCCCAGUUUUACGAUCAAAGGUUCCUACUCCAGCUAAAGAGUAAAAUUGUAACAUACUUCUAAAAGGUUUGAAUGAAUAAAUGUGAAUAUUUCAGUGUUGAAAUUGAAACGCUGUAUAAAAACGCUGAAUUUCAUUGUCCAUAAUGUGUCGGCUUCUUGUUAAUAAAUUUAAUCUAUAAAAUUAAUGAAAUAAAUCCCCCUUUACACUUUGAAAAGUCAGAGAACCAUAAUUUUGACCAGGUGGUGGCACUCUCUGGGGCCCAAAAGGUCUCACCGUUCUGGGCAGGAGCUCUGGCGAAUACCUCAGCAUUAGCUCUGGAGCCUCCUGCUAGCUAGCCUGUCACAUUGCCAACUUGUUUCUGAAUUGAUCAGUAGUUUAAAUAAAGUUUUUAAGGUGACGUAAAUUUGCACUUGCGCAGUACAGAUCGGGUAGGUAGCGACUCACUGCCGUAAAAUACAUUGAAAUGCCAAAAGAGGAAGUGACGUACAUUUCGCACAUGCGCUGUACAAAUCUGGUUUCGGGGACAGAUCAGGUAGCGACAGUAACAACGCUGUAGUGAGGGGUGUGUGUGUGUGUGUGUGUGUUUGCUGCUAGCUCAGUCCACUCUCCGGGUAUCCCAUCAUGGGCGAGUUGUGCAGCAGAGCUCUUUGUUGAGUUUCCGUCCUCCUCGUGUAAAAGUCGUGUUUGUGAAUCACACAGAGAUAGAAUAAAUAGAAAUGAACAGUGUGACAGUGUUUAUGUUUUCUGGGCUGACAGUGAAGCGACCUCCACUCUGCUCUGUUUUAUUCAGAUCAUUAGUGUUCAGUUCUCUUCUUGGUUAUUCUGGUUCACUAUGGUCUAUUUAGGGCCCGAGCCAGCUGCAGAGCAGCCGGGCGUAGAGCCCUAUUAUUCCUGUAUAGGUUUUUCUUUCUUCUUUCUUUCUUUCUUUCUUCUUAUUUUUCCUCCCCUUUGAAGGGGAAAAUGGCCCACUUCCCACUGGCGAAAACUCAUGAAAUUUGGCAGGACGAAUGGGCCUGGUGAAAAAUUCGAUAUUCUGAAGUCGCCCAAACAAUAAAAUGCAAAAUGGCUCCAUAGCGCCCCCUAAGGUGAAAAUUCACACUAUUGACUGUCACACCUUUACGCUUUGUCAUAUUGACACAAAAAUUGACACACACAUUUAUCUCAAUAAGAUCUACAAAAAAGUCAGUGCGGGCGUAUCUGUCAAAUGUACGGUUAAAGGGUUAUUUCGCAUUUUUUGCCGAUCCGCACACAUUGGAAUUUCCUCUCCUCCGAAGGCUUUCGUUCCACCGGCACCACAUUUGCUCAGGCCAAUCUACACCCCAUGGCCAUUCAAAGUUGUACAAAUCAUGACGCUGCACCCCACGGUUUACGUUCUAGGGGGCGCCAAAUAUAACCCAAAAAUCCACAGUCUUAAAAGUCUUAUAACUUUUUAUUUUUGUCCUCACUGGCCUCCAAGUUUUCUAGGAUGAUGCAAUGUCCAGCCAUCAACACAUUUGUGAAGGAAUUUUUACUCGCCAAAAGAGCGCCCCCCCCAUGGCAGGAGAAAAAAGUCCAUUUUUUCUUGUCUCCUAAGGCGAAAAUACACAUUGUUGACUGUCACGCCUUUACGCUUUGUCAAAAUGACACAAAAUUUGACACACACAUGUAUCUCAAUAAGAUCUACGAAAAAGUCAAUGCGAGCGUAUCUGUUCAAUGUACAGUUAAAGGGCUAUUUCGCAUUUUUUGCCGAUUCGCACACAUUGGAAUGUGGCUAACUCCUCCUGAAGCUUUUGUCCCAUCGGCUUCAAAUUUGCUCAGGUCAAUCUACACCCCAUGGCCAUUCAAAGUUGUACAAAUCAUGACGCUGCACCCCACGGUUUACGUUCUAGGGGGCGCCAAAGAGGACCCAAAUAUCCACAUUUUUAAAAGUCUUAUAACUUUUUAUUUUUGUCCUCACUGGCCUCCAAGUUUUCUGGGAUGAUGCAAUGUCCAGCCAUCAACACAUUUGUGAAGGAAUUUUUUCUCCCCAAAAGAGCGCCCCCCCAUGAAAGGAGAAAAAGUCAAGUUUUUCCUGCCCAUCGCUCAAUGGCUCAAACGCAUCGCUCUCUCGGCAAAACCGAAAGGAGGAGCAAAUUGCCAUUUGGAUAUAUACUAGCUGUGUUUGUGCCCUCACUCAUGGUCCAGACUUUUUUCAAAAAGGACAUGGAGUUUGUCUGCAGCGAGCGUUUUGGUAGAAACUGCGCCUCCCAUUCAUUAUCAUGGGAAAUGACCACAGACAAGUGUGCACACCAUCUUUGGACCUUGAGUGUGACGCGAUCGGGAGGGGUAGGCGGUCGCGCUGAGGGCGGUGCGACACGGCUCGGGCCCGCCAGUGCCCCAACGGGGCCCUAGUCUAUUCUAUUCUAUAAUGUAACAUUUUUUAUUCUGUUCCAUUCUAUUCAAAUGUAUUCUUCCUUUUUUCUGUUCAAUUGUAGUCUUGUCUACUCAAAUUUGUGAAACUUACUCUCUUCUGUUCUAUUUUAGUAUAUACCAUUAAGUUACAUUCUAUCUUUUUCUGUUCUAUUUAAUAUAAAUAUAUAUUAUAUAAUAUUAAGUUACAUUCUAUCUUAUUCUCUUCUAUUUUAGCAUGUACCUUUAAGUUGCAUUCUAUUUUAUUCUGUUCUAUUUUAGUAUCUACCAUUAAGGCUAUGUUCACACUGCAGUUCAACUCCGAUUUUUUCAACCAUAUGUGACACAUAUCAGAUUUUUUCAUGUAAGUGUGAACAGUGCAAUUCUGAUUUUUUCAUAUCCAACCCAGGUCUCUUUUGUAUGUGGAUAAAAAUCGGAUAUGUAUCCGAUGUGACUGCAGUGUGGACACUCAGGUCACGUUCAUCCGACCUAUAUGUCAUCAGUAUGCGACAAACGUCACCAUUGUUCGACAACACAACAACACGUCCCGCUUUGUGCGCAUACGAGUCACUUCACAUUCAGUUCACAUUAGAUGCAGCAUUCAUUGUUGUAUUGUGAAUGACCGCACAAAAAGAUCGGAUUUAACAAAAAAUGCAAAUUGUGCAUUAUAACCUGCAGUAUGAACUUAGCCUAUGUCAACUUCUAUCCUUUGUUGUAUUUUAAUAUAUAAGAUUAAGUUACAUUCUAUCUUAUCCUGCUCUAUUUUGGUCUAUCACAGUAGAUUCUAUCUGAUCCUCCUCAGCUCCUCUGAACUUUGUCUUUUUCAGUUUCCCUCAGAUUCAGUUUUCUUCUGUUUGUGGUUUAAAUGUUUUAUUUUUGACUCUGUUUAAAGGCACAGUCAGUGAAGGAGAAUAGAAACAUCUCUGUUUGUGCCUCAGUGUUUUUAAAUGUUUUAUUUUUGUCUUUUGUUUUAUUUGUUGGUCUGAUUUUAGUUUAACUUUAUUUCCUCACACCUAAACUGUCUGCAGUCUGUUUAACGCAGAGUCAGAGUCAGAAUCAGACUGAAGGUGAGAAACUCUGACUGUGAUACAGUUCAGGUGUGCUCCAGUUCAGGUGUGUUACAAUUCAGGUGUGCUUCAGUUCAGGUGUGUUACAGUUCAGGUGUGCUUCAGUUCGGGUGUGUCACAGUUCAGGUGUGCUUCAGUUCAGGUGUGCUCCAGUUCUCCUCCACCUGCAGCUCCCUGUCUGCUGUCACCUGUUGGAUCAAAGUUCCUCCUUCGGUCCAGGUCCAGGUGCCGCUUCCUGACUGACACACCCAGCCUUUAGCCUCAGGGUGAUGUCAUCCUGCUGACACAUGGUGGGCGGAGCUUCAGGUACACCUCAGCCCUCGGAAAAGAAACCUGAGCCUGAUGUGUCGAGCGUCAUCCUGAGGUCUCUCGGCGCCUGAAAGUCAGAGAGCAGGGUUAAAAAAAAACAAUGGUGGAGUCACAGGGACCCUAAACGCAGCACACAGACAGAGUCCCUGAAUGCAGCACACAGACAGAGACCGUGAACGCAGCACACAGACAGAGUCCCUGAAUGCAGCACACAGACAGAAACCCUGAACGCAACACACAGACAGAGUCCCUGAACACAGCACACAGACAGAGUCCCUGAACGCAGCACACAGACAGGGCAGCACACAGACAGAGUCCCUGAACGCAGCACACAGACAGAGUCCCUGAACGCAGCACACAGUCAGAGUCCCUGAACGCAGCACACAGACAGAGUCCCUGAACGCAGUACACAGACAGAUUCCCUGAAUGCAGCACAGACUUAUAGACAAAGCCCUGAAGCAGGUCUCUGUGGAGUUCAGCUUCUGACUGAACCUGUCCGACUGCCUCACUCCCUCCUCCCCCGACACAUAGACCCCCCCCCCACUCACUCACACACACACACACACACUUAUUGUUCUCUCUUUCACAUUGUUCUCUCGAACUGUCUCAGAGCCCCUCCCCUGACACAGAGAUUAUCCAGUCAUAGCGUCACAGCUCAGAGUGAAAAUCUGCUUUUCUGCUCAUAGAGAGAAUAUAUUUAGUAAAAUAUCGAGUCUUAAACAAAAGUGAACCACAGAAGUGAAAUAAUCAGAAUCAGAAAUACUUUAUUAAUCCCCAGGGGGAAAUUGCAAUUUGUUACAGUAACUCCAGUGCAAAUAAAGUAGAAGAGGAGAUACAUAAGAAAUAAAAUAAGUAAAAAUAAGUUAAGAUGAAGAGAUAAUAUACAAGUAUGUAAACUAUAAAUAAAGUCUGAGUUCAGAGUUAGGCUGAGAUAACCACACAGCUGUUGGACUCUGAUGGAGUAUAAUUCAGGACAAUAACAAACCUUCACUCGGUAAUUCGACACAAACUCUCACAGUGUGAUGUACACAUACGUGUGUGUGUGUGUGUAUGUGUGUGUGUGUGUGUGUGUGUGUGUGUGUGUGUGUGUGUGUGUGUGUGUGUGUGUGUGCGCGCGCACUCCUGGAAUUCACUCCAUGCAGACAACAUGCCGAGAUGUGAUUGGACGGUUUUUGUCCCAGAUAAACAGAGGUGUGAUUUGAUUGGCUGUUUCGUUAUGAAUGAAAGAUGUUUGUGUUUACAGACGCUCUGUUUCUGCACAUGCUCAGUUUGACUUUCUAAGCCCUGUAAAGUUGUUCUCUUUGACUCCGAGCAGCUGAAGUGGUUUGAAAGGGUUAAUCCGUUCUGACACCACUUCACGGUCUCAUAAACCUGAUCCCAGAGUCUUCAUCUGGACACUUUAGAAAAGAGUUAACUGGUCCUUUAAACUGCUGCAGCUGCAGACAGUUGGAGGUUCAGAGCAGAAAUACAAGUUUGUGUUGGAGACACUGGUUUGACUGGUCUGGGAAACGCUGUUCACUCCGGCUCUGCUGAGGAGGUUAAUCCAGACUUUUCUUUAAGAUUCCAGAUAAAAAAAACAACAACUUUAUAAUAACCAUAGUUUAUUAAUGGUAAGCAGAUAGUUUAUUAAUGUGUAAUCGUCAUUUAUAACAUAUAGACCAUUAACAAGUUGUCAAUUUUACCAUUUUAAAACCCUAACCAUAACUUUACAAUAACCAUCUAAGUAAUGUUUAUAGAUGGUUUAAAAACAAAAUAUUCACCUUUUAUAAAGUGCUGCUGACACACAUUUUAAUCUAGAUGUUUUUAAAACAAUAUUUAAACCCUAUAUAAAACUUUAAUCAAUAGUCCAUUAAUAAUUAAUAAAAAAUAUUAAUCCUAAUUUUAUUGGUUGUUAAUUGUAAAGUAACUAUUAAAUUACAUUAAUAAACUAUCUAUUCACCAUUUAUAAAUUAGUAUUAUUUAGGUUAUUGUAAAGUUUUACCAUAAACUUUAUGAAACAUUAAAUCAUAGUGUGUGUGUGAGUGUGUGUGUGUGUCGGGGGGGGGGGUUAAUGAUGUUCCUUUUUAUGAGGAUCAGGAACUGAUUCACUUCCUGUCUGCAGGUUAAUCAUUAGAUCAGAAACAUCAUGCAGAUUAAAAUCAGUCCGACCAAAAAUCAAGUCCAUCAGAGUCCAUGUAUGUCCACCAUGUAUGAUCCUCCUGAGACCUGAUACUGGUCUCAUCAGUCCAUUAACAGCAGCUUCGUUCAUCCCAGAGACUCACUUGUUAUGAAUGAAGGACUUCAAUAAUAUUGAUUGUUGAUCAUUCAUACACCUUCACAAAUCUCUUUAACUUUCCCUGACAUGCAAACAUACCUUUUAUCUUGGUGUUUUUUUCUCUUCUACCUCUUUCUUUUCUUGGCUCCUGAAGGAUAUGUCCUUUUUGGCUCUUUGGAUGCUCAGUGACCAUUUCACAGCAGGAGGAACAUAACGGUGGGCGGAGCUUUGACAUAUCAGCAGUAAGAAUCAUAGGCCUACAUCAGCAGCAGCACUAAAAUGGUUUUACUUUAUUUUAUUUUUACAAUAAUAUAUUUUUGAUCAGAUUUAUUUAUUUAUUUUUUUGUUUGCUCUUGGGGGCCCCCUAUUGGCAGCAGGGCCCUCAACAGGCCCUUAGUUCACUUAUGCCUUGGGCCGGCUCUGUCUUCCUCCUCUACAAAUGUGGACUGACAGGACCUGAGGCGGGAAGACCUCCACCCCCCCAAACAUGAGGAGCAAAAGCAGCACAGAGGCCCAGGUUCUGAGGUUCUGACCCGUGAACUCCUCGGUGUCUUAAAGACCCGGAUCAGCUCAGGGAUUCAGGGAUCUGUGUCAGAGAAAGUCCUGGUCUGAGCUGAAGUCGAGUUUGGUUCAUGCAAAUCCACUUUGACUGAAACUAGAGACACAUUUGAAUAACACACACACACACACACACACACACACAGUCUCGCAGUCUGCCUGAGUCCUCAGAGGUCACAUGACCCUGUGGUCUUUCUUAUGUAAUCUCAGCAGACUGAUGUUUUAAAAGGAGAAUUUCUUCUGACUGUUUUCACUCGAACCUUCUCUCCUGAAGUUUCCUCAGAGUCUUUGAGAAAACUGGAUUUUCCUUCAGAGAUGUUCUCGUCUGUCAGUGAAGAUGUUUCUUCAGUAUUUUCAGAUCAUCAUUAACCACAAACACAAACUUCAGUUUUCUCCUCAGAUUAUCAACCAACCAACCAAUCAAUCAGUUUUUAUUGAACAUUUAUCUCUUUCUAGUUUUAAUGACAGGAUCAUCUUUUAUUGAGCUAUUUUUGGUGCUCUUAUUUUAAGUUCAUCCAUUUUAAUCCUGUUUCCGUUUAGAUGGUGGGAAUGAGGGGUUGGGCUGGGGUAGAUUUAGGUUUUCUCAGUCUAUAUUCACACUGCAGGUCAAUUCAGAUUUUUUAACCAUAUGUGACACAUAUCAGAUUUUUUCAUGUAAGUGUGAACAGUGCAAUUGUGAUUUUUUCAGAUCCGACCCAGGCCUCUUUUGUAUGUGGAUAUAAAUCGGAUAUGUAUCUGAUGUGACUGCAGUGUGGACGCUCAGGUCACGUUCAUCUGACUUAUACGUCAUCAAUAUGCGACAAACGUCACCAAUGUUUGACAACACAAACAGGCACGGAAAGCAAUUCUGUUCAGAUUAGAUGCUGCAUUCAUUGUUGUAAUGUGAACGACUGCACAAAAAGACCAGAUUUAACAAAAAAUCCAAGUUGUGCAUCAUAACCUGCAGUGUGAACGUAGCCUUUGUUUCUUUUAUUCCUUCUUCUGUGUAAAACACUUUGUGAUACAUGGUCGUGUAUGAAAAGUGCUAUAUCAAUAAAGAUUGAUUGAUUGAUUGAUUGAUUGACUGAAACUGGGCCGGUGUUGGUUCUGUUAGAUAAAUGAAGCUGUGGUCGGCCGACUCUUUACUGCAUGUCUCUCCUCAGUCUCUCUCUGUCCUUCAUUCUUCUGAUUAAACUACUUUAUUGAGUGGGAUUGCGAAGCAUUCCCACUAUAUGUUAUUCAUAUCUUUAUUGAGUGGGAUUGCAAAGCAUUCCCACUAUAUGUUAUUUAUAUCUUUAUUAUUCAUUUUAUUGAGUGGGAUUGCGAAGCAUUCCCACUAUAUGUUAUUCAAAUCUUUAUUAUUAUUAUUAUUAUUGAAGAAGAACUUUAUUGAUCCCUGAAGGGAAAUUCAAUUGUCUGUUGUCUCAUGUAAUAUGUCUAUAAAAGUUAUCUAUUAUUUACAUAAGAGUUAUAAAGCCUGAUGGCUGUUGCUACAAAAGAUCUUCUAAAUCUUUCUGUCAUGCAGCAAAGAGGGAGGAGCCGUCCACCACCAUUUGGCCUUUGGUCCAUCAAGGUGUUGUGAAGUGGGUGAUCCAUGUUCUUCAGAAUAGUCUCCACCUUCCUCAGUGUAGAUCUCUCCACCACAUCCGCCACUGAGUCCAGCUUGAGUCCUACCACAGAGCCAGCCUUUUUCACCAGUUUGUUAAGACGUCUUGCAUCUUUGUGUUUGAUGCUUCCUCCCCAGCAGACUGCAGCGUAGAACAGAACACUUGCCACCACAGACUGAUAAAACAUCUGCAGCAUCUUACUACAGAUGUCUAUUGAUUGGAGUCUUCUCAGGCAAAAAAGGCGGCUCUGCCCCUUUCUGUAGAUGAAGGCUAUAUUCUUAGACCAAUCCAACUUAUUAUCCAGAUGUACACCUAGGUAUUUAUAUGAUGUCACCACUUCAAUGUCCACUCCACAGGUGUUCACUGGCUGAAGAGGGGGUUUGGAGCUACGGAAGUCUAUGACCAUCUCCUUUGUCUUUGAAGUGUUGAGGAGGAGGCAGUUUUUGUGACUCCAGUCACUGAAGGCUCUUAUUAGAUCUCUGUAUUCAGCUUCUUGUCCAUUUCUGAUACAUGCCACAAUAGCGGUGUCAUCUGAGUAUUUCUGGAUGUGGCAGGACUCAGUGCUGUAUUUGAAGUCUGACAUGUACAGUGUGAACAGGAAUGGCGCCAGCACUGUCCCUUGUGGAGCCCCUGUACUGCUCUUUAAUGUCCCAGAAACACAGUUCUCCAGCCUGACAAACUAUGGCCUUUCUGUCAGGUAAUCUGUGAUCCAGGAAACACAGGAAGGAUCCACUCCCAUCUCUGUGAGCUUGUCUUUGAGUAUGGUGGGUUGGAUGGUGUUGAAUGCACUUGAAAAGUCAAAGAACAUGAUCCUCACAUAAACCCCAGGUUCCUCUAGAUGAGACGGGGCAUGGUGAAGCAUGUAGAGGACAGCAUCAUCCACUCCAAUGUGUUCUUUGUAUGCAAACUGCAGGGAGUCCAGUUUGUCUUUGACCUCAGACCUCAGAAGGCGUAGAAUCAGCCGCUCCAGGGUUUUCAUGAUGUGUGAAGUGAGGGUCACUGGUCUGUAGUCAUUGAGUUCAGCAGGACAUUUUGUUUUUGGUACUGGCACAAUGCAGGAUGUUUUCCACAGAGCAGGUACCUGCCCCAGCUGUGGAGAGGUUGAGACAGUUCUGCAGCACAGUCUCUAAGCAGCCAUGGACACACACCAUCUGGACCAGCUGCCUUCCCAGGACAAAGUCUUCCAAGCUCCAUCCUCACCCCUGUUUCGGUGACAGACAAGGACUGGUGUUCUAGGAGGGAGGCAGUUGAAGUGGUUGAGACAUUUGAACAAGAUGGAGGAGGAAGGGGAGAAGUUGUAGUGGAGAUUUGUUGUGGAGAGGAAUGUGGAGUAGCAGUGGAAGUGGGAGUGACAGCAGUGUCAAAUCUGUUGAAGAACAGGUUGAGUUCAUCAGCUCUUUUCCCAUCACCCGCCACUGGCUGUCUUUUCUUUAGACUGCUGUGUCCAUAGAUGGUACUGAUUCCUCUCCACACCUCACGGAUGUUGCUGUGUUGUAGAUUAUUCUCUAUCUUCUUUUUGUACUCCAGCUUUGCCAUCUUCAGUCUCCUGUUCAAUUCUUGUUGCACUUGUUUGAGUUGUUCUUUGUCACCAUCCUUAAAAGAUUUCUUUUUCUGGUUAAGGAUUGCUUUUAUGUCUCUUGUGAUCCAGGGUUUGUUGUUGGGGAAACAGCGAACAGUUUUGUGGGUAUAACUGUGUCUCUACAGAAGUUGACAUAAUCAGUAAAGCACUCAACCUGUUUAUCAAUGUUCAUACUAUCCACAUCUGUUUCCAGCAGCACAUUCCAGUCUGUUGAUUUAAAACAGUCCCUUAGAGCUUCACUGGCUUGAGGUGUCCAUCUUCUUAUUUUGACUUGGGUCACAGGCUCAGCACACAAGGUCUGUAACAGGUUUGUACAUAGACCAAGUUAUGAUCUGACUUGCCCAGUGGUGGUAAGGCAGUGGCUCUGUAGGCUUCUCUGACGUUGGCAUACAGCAGAUCCAGGGUCUUGUUUUCUCUGGUAGGACAGUUCACAAACUGUGUGAAUCCAGUCAGGUGAGAGGAGAGGGUGACAUGGUUGAAGUCUCCCGAUAUUACUAUUAAUGCCUCAGGGUGUUGAGUCUGUAGCCUGGCAACACUAUUUUGCAAAACAUCGCAACAUUCCUCAGUUGAUUUGGGUGGAAUGUAAACCACUAUUGUUAUGAUAUGACUAAAUUCUCUGGGAACAUAAUAUGGCCGAAGAGCAACUGCCAACAGUUCAAUAUCUGGACAACACAACUUCUCCUUGACAGUUAUGUGUGAAGGGUUACACCAGGGGUGUCAAAGUCAAAUGGACGGAGGGCCAAAUAAAAAAUUUAGCUACAAGCCGAGGGCCGGACUGAUCGAAUGUUCAUUGAAAAUUUUUUAAAUGACGCAUAUAGUCUAGUGAACCUAAUUGAACCUACUGAAAACCUAGCAAAUAUAUUCCAUUAUGAUCAGAUAAAUAAAGCAAUAUUUUCUUAUGGCUCUGUCUGUAAUCUUUAAUUUUCAACAGACACAAAAGACAAAUUUCCUUUAUAUAAAAAUCCCCAUAACAUGAACAUUAAAUGAAAGAAACCGGUAUUAUUCAAGGCACCAUCAGUAGCCUAUAUUUUCUAUUUUAUUAUUAUUUAUUAUUAUUUAUUAUUAUUUCUAUUUUUUUUUAAAUAAAACUGGCCUUGACAGCAGCCUGGCCUUGUGAUUUGGCUUUUUUGAACAGAGCCUGUCGAGAUUUGAGGCCUCGUUUUAAUUCCUCGGCCUUCUGUAGCCUUUGUUCCAUGUCCAUAUUCUUGUUUUUGUCCGCGUGUUUCGUUUCAUAAUGUCGUCUCAGAUUAUACUCUUUCAGUACCGCCACACUUUCUCCACACAGAAGACACACAGGUUUUCCAGCUACCUCCGUGAACAUAUACUCCGACUCCCACCUUGUUUGAAACCCCCGGUUCUCAGUGUCCACCUUCCGUUUUGCCAUUUUUGAUGGGUAUCUGAAAUUUAAUUUUACUGUUAUGCUGUGCUAAUAAAUAUUGAAAUGAAGCAGCCUACUGCUCGGUGCGUCACCGUUGCAUUGUGGGAAAUGUAGUAUUGGUGCGUGUAAAAGAUCUGCGGGCUGCCGGCUUGCUGCGGUCUGCGGGCCGGUUCUAAUAAUAAAUCAAGAUCAUCCCAGGGGCCGUAAAAAACCUUCGGAUGUGGCCCGCGGGCCUUGACUCUGACAUAUGUGGGUUACACCAUCUCUGGUUGACAAAUAAAGCCAGACCUCCUCCUUUCUUCUUGCCACUAGCUUGAGCAUCUCUGUCUGACCUUAUGAGAGUGAAGCCAGGUAGAUCCACACUGGAGUCCAGGUUGUUUUGAUUUUACCAGGUUUCAGUAAAACACAGGAAACUGCACUUACGGUAUGCUUUCUCAGUCUUCACCAAUAUCUCCAGCGCUUUUAUGGGCAGAGAGUUGACGUUUCCCAUGAUGAUUGAUGGAAGAAAGGGUUUAUAUUGCCACCUCCUAGCAUUCAGCUUUGCCUUCACCUUUGCACCAGCACGGCAACCACGAUAACACCUCCUGAUGUCAAUCAAUCAAUUCCUUUAUUUGUCUCCAAGGAGAAAUUUGUCUUGGGCUUACAAGGUACAGCGUUGUUGUAUUCAUACACCAUACACCAAUCCAAGUUCAAUUCAUACACCAUGGUGAGCAGACAAUACAUACAGUGACAAAAAAAAAUAUCAUUACAAUGGUGUGGUACCGCACUUUACCAGUACUGUGCUGUUCUAGUUAUAGUUAUCUGUUAUUAAGUGUUUUGACUGCUAACUGGACAAAUGAGAGCUUAAACCUAUUAAGCCUCCAUGGUGGCUCCUUAUAUCGUCUGCCUGAUGGCAGUAGUAUGAAUUCCUUGUACAAAGCAUGACUUGGGUCAUGAAUGACUUUAAUACCCUGUUUCAGUACUGUACUGUCAAAAAUCUCCUGGAGGGUGCAUGGAGGCUGCACUCCUAUGAUUUUACCAGCUCUCUUAAUCAAGUUUUGUAGUUGAGUUUUAAGUUUGACAGACAAGUUACCAAACCACGUAGUAAUGCCAUAUCUUAUUAUGGAUUCUAUAUUGGCUUUGUAGUACAUCAUCAUGAUAUUGUUAGGUACACCAUGGAUCCUGAGCCUUCUCAGAAAAUGAAGUCGCUGGUUGACGCGAGAACAGACAGAGUCAGCUUGACAGGCCCAGCUUAGCUGGCGAUCAAAACAAAUACCCAAAUAUUUAUAUGAAUCCACCUAGGAUCGGCCCUUGAUCUCCCACGGAUCUGGGAUCAAAGACUAUCUCCUUGGUUUUUUUGACGUUUAGAAACAGGUUCUUCCUGUCGCACCACCCCACCGCCCCUUCUAUCUCCUGUUCAUACAGGGCCUACACAGCCUUGAGGAGCCCCCGUACUUAUGAACUGUGUGUCAGAGAGAGUGGAGUUAACCUUGACCUUCUGUUGCCUUUCUGUAAGAAAAUCACAGUACCAUUUAAUCAUAUACGGGUUGACCUCCAUCUCCUUCAGACUUCCUUGCAAAGUCUGAGAGAGAAUGGAAUUAAAUGCACUACUGAAAUCCAUGAACAUUAGCCUGGCAUACGCCAAGGGAUCCUCCAGGUGUUUUAGAUAGGGCUGCAACGAUUAGUCGACGUAAUAGAUUACGUCGACACGACAAAUUCAUCGACACGAAAACGAAGCGUCGACGCGUCGUGUUAUUGUUGUUAAGAAUCACAUGCCGGCGCCUCAUGCUCAUCUAUAACUGCAGUGCACUACAGGAUAUGCUGGGGGCAGUAGCGCUCGCUGUUAACAUCCCGCGAGCAAACACAGAAAAAGAGUGCACACAUUAUGGCAGAACAAACUGAAAAAGACGCUCCAAAACUCCCACCCAAAACUUCAAAAGUUUGGGAACAUUUUACGGAGAACAAACCAAAAAAAGACGUUGAUCAAAGCUCAGCUUUCCUACCAUGGCAGCACCAUGGCGAUGCAUGAGCACCUGAAACGCCGACACCUCGGAAAUAGGUGUUUAUAAAUAAAGAAGAUAGUGAUUAAUCGUGAUUAAUCGGACGACUAGUCGAUAGAUUAGUCGACAAAAAAUAAUCGUUAGUUGCAGCACUAGUUUUAGAAUCAGGUAUGUAGUGUAGUUCAGAGCGUCAUCAGUUCCUCUGCCUCUAUUGUAGGCAAACUGAUGGGGAUCUAAAAGGUGCUCUACUUCCGCACAGUUUCCCUACCAUGAUCCGUUCCAGUGAUUUCAUAACUAUUGAUGUUAAAGCUACUGAUCUGAAGUCGUUAUUUUCCUGCGGGCAGAAAUUCUUGGCCACAGGGAUGAUGACAGCCUCCUUCCAUAUGGCCGGAAUGCUGCCCGAAUCUACAGACCUCUGGAAUAGUGGAGUCCACGCAGGAGUUAGCUCCUCAGAGAAUGUUUUUAGGAGAAAGGCUGAAAUAUGAUCUGGUCCACUGGACUUCUUAAUGAGUAGUUUUUUAAAAUAUAAGCUACAUCCCUCGGUUCAAUAACAAUUCUGUGCCUAGGCUCACGCAGCACUGUAUUUAACAUCUCUCUGCUUUCAUGGACAUUCUUAACAGGAUCAGAAUCAAAGCGUUUAUAAAAUAAAUUAAAUUAAUUUGCCUUAUCUAAUUCAUAAUGUACCUGUAGGUCUUUUUUUUUUUACCAGAGUUCAUACUAGUCAUUUCUCUAACAGAGUUCCACAUUUCCCUUGGGCUUUGUUAGAGAAGGCCUCUCGAACACAAACAUUCAGCACCCUCCUCACCUAAUUACACACACACACACACACACACACACACACACACACACACACACACACACACACACACACACACAAAAGAAACAAGAAUAAACAAAAAAGAGAAUAAAUAAAUUAGGGAACAGAAAACAAAAUCGUAGUAGCCCAUGUAUCUACCCAACACCUCCCUCAUCCCUAUACCUUGUGAAAAUAGUGUCUUUGUAUCUUGUUUUGAACUGUUUGGUAGUUGGACAUUGCUUUCACUCCCUAGCAGUGUUGUUUUUGGCAGGCAUUUUAGAUUUAGUUUUAGUCUUAGUCAUUUUGACGAAAUGCUUCUUCGUUUUCGUCCCAUUUUAGUCAUUUCUAUCCUUGAUAGUUUUCGUCUAGUUUUAGUCCGACGAAAACUCAAAAGGUUUUAGUCUAGUUUUAGUCGACGAAAAGGUGCCUUUUGAGGUUCGUGGUGUUCUUUCCCGACAGUUUAAAGCCGCAGCAUGAGGAAGCUGUGGCUCCACAACUGUCGCCUGUCUCGUCUCCCCGUACAAGACAUUGUGUUUUAUUGUCACUUGGACUGUAUCUGAAGUAGGACCAUAAAUCAUCCCUCUUUUUUCGGCCACCGGGCACCACUGCUGUGCCUGCCGCCACGGUGAGUGUGUGUGUGUGCGCGCCUCGUCCACCUGCCGCUCUGUGUAUGUGUAUGAGUGUGUGCGCGCAGCUGUGCGCGAGCGAGGCUUUUGGUGCGUUUGUGAUGGGGGCGUGACUGUUAGGACAAAAAAAAAGCAUGUUUUGAAACUUUGUUCGUCCACCUAAUAACAAUUUAGUCUCGUCUCGUUCUCGUCUGACGAAAAUGAAUAUAAUUUUCGUCACAUUUUAGUCUUUACAGAGCUUUGGUGACGUUCGUCUUAGUCUCAUUUUCGUCAAGGAAAAAUGGGUCUGACGUCGUCAUUUAAGUUUUCGUCCUGCCUGACGAAAACAACACUGCUCCCUAGUGAACCCGUUCCAUAACCUCACCCCUCUGACUGAAACACAAAAACUAUUCCUGGUGGUACGUAUUAAAGUUAAGUUGAAGUUCAUUGUUCCCCUUAGAUUGUAGGUUCCCACAUGAAUACUAGAAAAGUUAUUUUUAGCUUUGAACAUUAUUUGUGCAGUUUGAUAAUUCACAAGGUCUGCAAAUUUUAGUAAUUUGGACUGUAGAAAUAAUGCGUUUGUGUGUUCCAGAUAGCGAACAUUGUGAAUAAUCCUUAUUGCUCUUUUCUGAAGGAUGAUUAGUGGCUGUAGUGAUGUUUUGUAGUUGUUACCCCAAACCUCAGCACAGUAUUGCAAGUAUGGUGAAAAUGGAGAACAGUACAGAGUGUGAAGUGAUUUCUGAUCCAAGACCUUUUUUACUUUGUUAAUUAAUGCAAUGCUUCUUGAUGCUUUAUUUUGUACGUGUUUGAUAUGUGAUUUCCAGUUAAUCUUGUCAUCUAUUGUUACCCCUAGAAAUUUAAUUUCAUGGACCCUUUCUAUUUCUACUUCCUCUAUUUUUAUUUCUACCUGUAUGUUCAGUGUGCAAUUGCCAAAAAGCAUUAGUUUAGUCUUAUUCAGAUUUAAUGAUAGUCUAUUUAUGUCAAACCAUUUUUUAAGUUUGUUCAUUUCUGUAGUGAUGUCCUCCUGUAGUUUCAUCCAGCUUCCAGCUCAUCCAGCUUCACAAAUUGCUGUCUUCCACUUAAAUAGCUUUUCACCCAAUCCAGCACUAUUCCCCUAAUGCCAUAAUUUUCUGGUUUCUUGAUUAAUAUUUCAGGGUUGAUUGUAUCAAAAGCUUUUUUCAAAUCAAUGAAUGACAGCGGUGCGUCCGGCUUGUUCUUGAGCUGCUGGUGGACGCAGUCUGCUACGCGUGAUGCAGCCCUGGACGCAUUCCCACUGGGCGGGACGUAGACCGCGCAGAUGAAUAUGUUCCUGUAGUCUCUUGGGAGAUGAAACGGCCUCAGACUUAAACAUAGAAGCUCCAGGUCCGGAGAACACACAGUAUCUUUAACAGUGUAAUUCCUACACCAAGCAUCUCUGAUAUACAUGCAUAUCCCGCCCCCUCUACGUUUCCCCGAGGUAUCGUUCCUGUCUAUGCGGACAGUAGUGAAGUCCUCUGGAAUUGUAUGUUUUUUCCACUCCACUCUACUCAGAUAGAUAGAUAGAUAGAUAGAUAGAGAACUUUAUUAAUCCCCGAGGGGAAAUUCGGUUGUUGUAGUAGCCGAUACAAGCAAUACAAGAGAAAUACAAAAAAUAGAUAAAAUAUACAAGACUAUACAAGACUAUACAAGAUAAUGAAUGAAUAUGAGUACUUAAAUAGUAUGUACUAAGAUGAAUGAAUCUGUAAGUGUAGAUGUGCAAAGGAGAAAUGUGCAAAAGUGGUAAAAAUAUUGUAUAAUACUUAUGUGCUUAAUAUAACUUAAUUACAACCUAAGCAUAUGUACCCGUAUUUAUAACAACAAUGUAGGAAUGGCAGGCUAGUCCAUGUAAGUGACUGUUGCUCUAACAGGGGUGGAUGAGUUAAAGAGUCUUAUUGCAGUAGGUAGGAAAGACUUCCUGUAUCUUUCCUUAAAGCAGCGGGGUUGAAUGAGUCUGUUGCUGAAGCUGCUCUUCAACCUGUCCAGUGUGUUGUAGAGGGGUGGAAGGGGUUGUCCAUGAUUGCCAGCAGCUUUGCCAGCAUCCUGUCUUCCACCACCUCUUCCAGGGUGACAAGUUUAGAGCCCACAACAGACUCUGCCCUCCUGAUGAGUUUGUUCAGUCUGUUGGCGUCCUUUGCCUUGAUGCACGCGCCCCAGGACACCGCAGCAAAGAAGAUUGUGCUCGCCACAACAGACUGAUAGAACAUCUGCAGCAUCUUGUUGCAGAUGUUAAAGGACCUGAGCCUCCUCAGGAAGUAGAGCCGGCUCAGGCCCUUCUUGUACACCGCCUCUGUGUUAGCGGACCAGUCCAGUUUAUUGUCCAGUGUAACACCCAGGUACUUGUAGGAGUCCACCAAAUCCACAUCUGUCCCACUGAUGCGGACAGGAGUGGGCAGGGGCUUGUUCCUCCUAAAAUCCACCACCAUCUCUCUCGUCUUCGCCACGUUCAGCUGCAGGUGGUUCUCCCCACACCACUUCACAAAGCGGUCGACCAGGUCCCUGUACUCAGCCUCCCUUCCCCCCUCCACACACCCCACAAUGGCCAUGUCAUCGGAGAACUUCUGCAGGUGACACGACUCAGUGCAGUACUUAAAGUCUGAUGUGUAUGUGGUGAAGAGGAAGGGGGACAGCACAGUCCCCUGGGGGGCUCCGAUGUCACUGAUCAGACGACCAGACUCACAGUUUCGUAAUCUCACAAACUGCGGCCUGCCCGUCAGAUAGUCAUCGAACCAAGUGAUGAGGGGAGAUCUCACCCGCAUGCUCUCCAGUUUGGCCUUCAGCAGUCUGGGCUGGAUGGUGUUGAAGGCGCUCGAGAAGUCGAAGAACAUGAUGCGGACUGAGGUGUUGGGUCUGUCCAGGGAGGCGUAGGCCUUUUGCAGCAGGUAGAUGAUUGCAUCAUCAACCCCAACGUGGGGCUGAUAAGCAAACUGCAGGGGGUCUUGUGAUGUGCGCACCAGCGGUCUGAGGUGUGCCAGGACCAGUCUCUCCAUAACCUUCAUGAUGUGAGAGGUCAGUGCCACCGGUCUGUAAUCCUCCAGUGCAGCAGGACGUCCUUUUUUGGGCACUGGGACCAGGCAGGAUGUUUUCCAGAGCACUGGCACUCUCUGAAGGUGUAGGCUCAAGUUGAACAGAUACUGAAGAACUCCACAGAUCUCUCUGGAACAUGCUUUCAACACACGAGGGCUGAUGUGGUCCGGUCCAGCUGCUUUCCUCUGUUUGAGCCUCUCCAGCUCUCUCUUCACCUGGCUGGAUGUAAUGUGGAGUCCAGACUGGGGGGUGGGGGAUAUGCUAUCGUUAAAAAAAAAAUAUUUAGCAAGGCAGCCAUGCUAAUCUUCUCUGUAUCGUUCCAAUUUUAGUAUAUGUGUUAGAGAACUAACACUAGAUAAUAUUUGGUACAGUGAUGGCAAAACUUGCUGUCACUCUUCAUCUCAAAAAUCAAAGCCGUAGGACACACACAGUGGCCUGGGCAGACACCAACUGCCACAGACAUCCCUAACAUUUCUCUAGCUUUCGCCAUUGAUUUCAAUAUAAACCUGAGAGGAGGAUUUUCAGAGGAAACACAAACUGGACAUGUUUUUAACUUGUCCUAGUGAAGACAUUUUUGGCUCCACAAACACAAAAAUUACAUCAACCUGUUCAGCCAGGCCUUGUGGUUCUCACAAGCUCAUUAUCAUGAAGAUAGCAGUUACAGAGGAAGCUGCUUCUAACGACCUUAUGAGACACAUGAAGCCAGGCUCAGUACACAGAGCGCGGGGGUUACAUUUAUAACCCUUCACUAGACAAACUUUAUCAUCUAUCUCUUCCUACAAACUUUGAGCUACAGAAACCAUCCAGGGCUAAAUUAAUUCAGUUCAUUGAGGACAUUAUGGGAUGCAUUCGGGAUUUUUUUUUUUAUUUAAUUUUUUUCCUACACUAGAUUCAAUUUUAAUAUUCAUGCAUUAUUCAAUUCUUCAAACAAAUUAAAAAUUAUUCAAACUCAUUUAAACCUUUCUGAUACUUCUAAUACUUUAAGAUUUUUAAUCAUUCUAAUUUCCCUGUUUUUAAUGAUUUAACGAUUUAUACAUCAUUUUAUUCUUCAGACAAAUUCCAACUCAUUCCAGCUGAUUCAAACCUUUCAAGUACAUACUUCAGGAUUUUUAAUCAUUUUAAUUUUCCACACACUGAUUUUUUUUUUUUAAAUGUAUGCACUAUUCAAUGAAUUCAUCCAAAUCAUUCAAAUAAAUUCAAAGCUUGCUCAAAAUUCAAACAUUCUUAUCUUUCAUAGUCUUUCAAAAUUCAGCAAUUCGCAAUAGCAGUGAAGCGAUAGCAAUUUCAAACAGAGCAAUCCCACUCGCAAUUUCUUCAGAAAUUGCAUUUUCUAGUUAAGUGGAAAUGCUGAUUAAGCAUUUCCACUUAUUGUUAUUCCUGUCGGCCAUUUUUCUUUAUUAUUAUUAUUAUUAUUAUUAUUAAACUUAUUAUUCUUCCGUACCUUUUUUUGCCCGCUUUCAACUCCUUCCCACUUCUUGCGAUUUCAACCGUUCAAACUUUAAACUGUUCCUCUUCUUCAGGACAUGGUCGCUUGUUCUUUUUACCUUUCUACCCUUUCUACUUUUUUUUUUUUUUGUGCGAAUUUUAACAUUGAAAUCAAUGGGGAAAUCUUCCAAUUCUUCCUUUUAUUCUUCAACCUUCUGAGCCUUAUAACUUCAAUAUACUUUUACCUAGAGACCUCAUUUUUGCUUUAAAAUGUUCAUUAUCCUGUCAACUAUUAAACUUGUAUUCACUUUUUUGAUAUCUUUUACAGUUUUUCCACAAUUUAGCUUUAAGCAACUCAUGGUUUUCAGCAAAUUUCAGGCUUAAUAAUUAAAUGGGUGUGUAUUGGAAGAGCUAGAGUGAUUAUGUUGUCGCUAGUGUGCUGACUUACUCUUGGAUCGACAGAACCUCGCUCGAAUAUAUCACUCCCACGCCCACAAAUUUCACUCCACAGCCAUAAACAAUACAUCAAAAUGGAGGUAUAUGUGUCCUGCUUCUCAUAAAAGAGGUUUCAAAUCAUUAAAUCCUACCCCUUGUCCAGCAGGUGACCAACUGUCCAAAAAAGGCAAAGAACCCUGGCAUUGGCCCUAAUGUAAUUUUUCUCCAAGAAAAUCUGGAUCAUCACUUAGGCUCAGACUUUUUUAACUCACUGUUGUGGCCACAUUUAGAGUACAGACAUGAAAAACACAUCAUUGUGUUCAUGAAGGGCAGAGGAUUCGUAUGAUGUUCUUAUUUUCAUUCUGGGAUUUAAGGAAAUCGUGCUAUGUGAAGAAGUUCAGAGGCCCUAAAUUCACGGAAGUUCGGCAGCUUCUCAUUCAAACAGUAGGUCAGUUAAUCACCCAGUCACCCAGUUUUUUUUCACUGCCACUCCCACCUCAUCAGCCAAACUCCACUCACCUGUGCUCGCCACCGUUCCUGCCUGCUCGCCUUGCCCUCGGAUUACCGUAAGGCUCGAGCCGUUUCUGCUCUGACCCUGACUGUUGGUCUGAUCUGUGGCAAUCUAGCUCACCUUCCGUCCCUGACAGCGAGCUGCCUAUCUGUGAGUCUCCUGGUUUCCUGAACUGUGGUCUGCCCCCGACUCUCGGAUUGUCUGUUCCCUGGCUGUUGUUCACCUGUCGUAAAGGACACAUCAUCCGUGUGUGUUGUGGAGGUUUGGUCCCGGCGUACAUGCAGGCAUCGAGGUUUACAGCCCAGGAGACUUUAGCGAGUUUAAAAUGACUACCGGUGGGGGAACCAUAAGUAUUUCCAAUGUGGCUGCGCGCUAAAGCUGCCGAGGAUAGAGACUACUUUGUGUCUCUAGGUAAUUACACAUCAGAGCGAACAAAAAUGACGUGGGGUUCCCCAAGGCUCCAUUCUGGGACCACUCCUAUUCAACAUUUACAUGCUCCCUCUAACUCAAAUCAUAGCAAACAACAAAAUAUCUUACCAUAAUUAUGCAGAGGACACAGAGAUUUACAUAACCAUAUCGCCAGGUGACUACAAUCCAAUACAAACACUGAGUCAGUGCAUUGAACAAAUCAAUGAUUGGAUGUGUCAGAAUUUUCUUCAACUAAACAAAAAUAAAACUGAAGUAAUUGUAUUUGGAGCAGAAGAAGACCGAUUAAAAGUCUGCGCUCAGCUUCAAUCGAUAAUGUUAAAAAGCACAAACCAAGCCAGAAACCUUGGUGUUGUCAUGGACUCAGACCCGAAUCUUAACAGCCACAUAAAGACAAUUACAAAGUCAGCCUACUAUCACCUGAAGAAUAUAUCAAGGGUUAAAGGACUGAUGACCCAGCAGGAUUUGGAAAAGCUUGUCGAUGCAUUUAUCUUCAGCAGACUCGACUACUGUAACAGUGUCUUCACAGGUCUCCCCAAAAAAUCCAUCAGACAGCUCCAACUGAUUCAGAAUGCUGCUGCUGGAGUCCUCACUAAGACCAAGAAAGUAGAUCAUAUCACCCCAGUUCUCAGAUCUUUACACUGGCUUCCCGUCUGUCAAAGAAUUGAUUUUAAGAUAAUAUUACUGGUUUAUAAAGCACUGAAUGGUUCAGGACCAAAAUACAUUUCUGAUCUGCUGGUACGUUACGAACCAUCCAGACCGCUCAGAUCAUCAGGAGCAGGUCUGCUCUCUGUCCCCAGAGUCAGAACUAAACGUGGAGAAGCAGCUUUUAGUUUUUAUGCUCCUCAUAUCUGGAACAAACCCCCUGAAAACUGUAGGUCUGCUGAAACUCUCAGCUCUUUUAAAUCACAGCUUCAUUCAAAAACCAAAAUAUUCACAAAUUCGUCAGCAUUAUUCCAUAUCUUCAACAUUUUUAAUCCCAUUUGUACUUUUCAAACUAUUAAGAUUUGUUUCAAACUUUGUUAUAAUGGGAGUCAAUGGGAAAAGGGCUUCAGACGUAGUCAAAUUCAACCUCUUCUCAUUCAUUCAUACUUUCACCUAGAAACUUCAUUCAAAGUCAGGAUUUUCUGACCUCUUCAGGUUUUAACAUUAGUGUGUAUUGCAUGGAAUGUUGGCAGCUAGAGUGGGUGACCUCACCGCUAGAGUGAGACAGGCUGAAAAUUGAUCCACAAAACUUUCUCUUUACAAAAGGAUUGUGGCAACUCACUUCACUCUACACAGAUAAUAUUUGGUACAGUGAUGGCAAAACUUGCUGUCAUUCUUCAUCUCAAAAAUCAAAGCUGUAGGACACACACAGUGGCUAGGGCAGACACCAACUGCCACAAACAUCCCCAAAAUUCCUCCGGCUUUCUCCAUUGACUCCAAUAUAAACCUGAGAGGAGGAUUUUCAGAGGAAACACAAACUGGACAUGUUUUUAACUUGUUGUAGUGAAGGCAUUUUUGGAUCCACAGACACAGAAGUUGUAUCAAUGUGUUCAGCUGGGUCUUGUGGUUCUCGCAAGCUCCUUAUCAUGAAGAUAGCAGUUACAGAGGAUGAGAAAUAUGACAUUGUUUGUGCAUUAUGUUCUCAGCCUCAAGCCUCCUUUCUCUUGCUGUCGUGAUGCAUCUACUGUCACCAUGGCAACCAAUAAGAGCACCUGGAGACACACAGCUGCCUGGAAAGCUGCUUCUAACAGCCAUAUGAGACCAAUGAAGCCAGGCUCAUUACACAGUGUACUGGGGGUUACAUUUAAAACUCUUCACUAGAGUUAUUUGACGAACUUUGUCAUCUAUUUCUUCGCACAAACUUUAAACUACAGAAACCAUCCAGGGCUUAAUAAAUUCAGCUCAUUGAGGACAUUAUGGGGUCUAAUCAGGAUUUUUAUUCAUUUACAUUUUUCCCAAUUUUCAAUCAUUUAUUGAAAAUGCAUUAUUUUAUUCUUCAAACUAAUUUAAACUCCUUCAAACUGAUUUGAACCGUUUUGAUUCUUCAAACCUCUUUUUCUUCCAGAUUUGUAACCUUUUAAUUUUCCAGUUUAAAAUCAUUUUUACUCAUUAUGCAUUAUGCAUUCUUUCAAACAAAUUCAACUCAUUUAAACUGAUUCAAACCUUAUUGAUUCUUCAAGCCUUUCCCAUACUCAAGGAUUUUUAAUCAUUUUAAUUUUCACACGUUGAAUUUUUGAAAUUAUUCAUGCAUUAUUCAAUUCAUUCAGUUGAGUUUAUUCAAAUUGAUUCAAACCUUCCUGAUACUUCAAACCUUUUUAUCUUUCACAUAUUUUUAAAGACAUUCGCAAUAGCAGCUUAGCGAUAGCAAUUUCAAACACAGCAAUCCCACUCACAAUUUCUUCAGAAAUGGCAUUUUCUAGUUUUCAUCAAGUUUGGAUCAGUGUGUGUGGGUGUGUGUGUGCGCGUGCGUGUGUGUGUGUGUUUUCUCUCUCUCUGCCACAGAAUUUAGUUGUACAAUCAUGAAGGUGAACAGGCAGGAAGAUCCUGAAUUGAGCUCUAGGCUCAGAGUCUCCCUGCCUUCUGUUUUACCUGCACCUGUCAAUGCUAUCAAUCAAUAAUCAAUAAUCAACUCAUAUCCGUGUGUGUGUUGUAGUACACACGGGUGUGGAUCCCGGACCCUGAGGAUGUGUGGAGAGCCGCAGAGAUCGUCAAAGACUACAAAGAGGGAGACCCUGUCCUUCACCUUCAACUGGAGGAUGAGAUGGUGACCUUUGACCUUUGUUAUCAUUAUUUUUAUUAUUAUCAUAGAGACACUCUGUAGAGGUUUGACAGGAAUAAAUCUGAGUGUUACCGUGGCGACGUACAGAGGACCAGUCCCUCACUUAAGACCUUUGACCCCAUUAAAGUUGUGUUUACACAAUGUUUUUUUUAUUUUUUUCAUUAAAAACAAACUAAAAUUUUCUUUAAAAAAAAAAAUUUAAAAGAUUUUGUAUUAAAAUUAAACUCUGACAGAGUGGACAACUUUUAACCUCUGUAACUUAAACUGAUCCUGUUCUGUUCUGAUCGUGUUCUGGUUCUGAUCCUGUUCUGGUCCUGUUCUGAUCCUGAUCCUGUUCUGAUCCUGUUCUGGUCCUGUUCUGGUCCUUUUCUGGUCCUGUUCUGGUCCCCUCUCAGCCUCUGGAGUACCCAGUGGGUCCAAAGUUGAACCCGCUCCCGUUCCUUCGUAACCCGGAUAUCCUGGUCGGAGAGAACGACCUGACGGCGCUCAGUUACCUCCAUGAACCUGCCGUGCUUCACAACCUGAAGGUCCGCUUCCUGGAGUCCAACCACAUUUACACUUACUGUGGUUAGUAGACAACUACAACUACACAACUCACAACACAUUUACACUUACUGUGGUUAGUACACAACUACAACUACAGACAACUACACACAACUACACAACACACAACCUGAAGGACCGCUUCCUGGAGUCCAACCACAUUUACACUUACUGUGGUUGGUAGACAACUACAACUACACAACUACACACAACUACACAACACACAACCUGAAGGUCCGCUUCCUGGAGUCCAACCACAUUUGCACUUACAGUGGUUAGUAGACAACUACAACUACACAACUACACACAACUACAUCUACACAACACAACUACACAACACACAACUUGAGGGUCUGCUUCCUGAAGUCCAACCACAUUUACACUUACUGCGGUAAGUACACAACUACAAAACUACACACAACACAUCUACAAGUUCUAUGGUCAGUACACACAACUACACAACACAUCUACACGACUACACAGCAUGUCUACACAACACAUCUACACGUACUGCGGUUAGAACACAAAACUACACACAACACAUCUACACGUACUGGGGUUAGUACACACAAAUACACACAACACAUCUACACGUACUGCCGUCAGUACACACAAAUACUCACAACUACACAACCACACAUACUGCAGUCAUUACACACAAAACCAUAACUGCACAACUACACAACACAUCUUCACAACAGACCUCACCUGUCAGGCAUCUGUGUGUGUGUGUGUGUGUGUGUGUGUGUGUGUGUGUGUGUGUGUGUGUGUGUGUGUGUGUGUGUUUUUGUCUCUGUGUGCGCACGUGCAUGUGUGUGUGGGUCCUUGUGUUUGUGUGUCCUUGUGUGUGUGCAUGUGCAGGAAUCGUGCUGGUAGCCAUUAACCCGUACGAGCAGCUGCAUAUUUAUGGCGAGGAGGUGAUCAGGGCGUACAGCGGGCAGAACAUGGGGGACAUGGACCCGCACAUCUUCGCCGUGGCCGAGGAGGCGUACAAGCAGAUGGCGAGGUAAUGGCAUCAGUUGUCCUCUGAUAUCUCUGUUUAAUCAUCUGAAAACAUCUGUUGACCGUCCCGCCGUCUGUGCGCCCCGCAGAGACGAGAGGAAUCAGUCCAUUAUCGUCAGCGGGGAAUCCGGAGCAGGAAAAACAGUUUCUGCGAAGUACGCCAUGAGGUUCUUCGCCACGGUGGGUGGCUCAGCGAAUGACACCAACGUGGAGGAGAAGGUGCUGGCCUCCAGCCCCAUCAUGGAGGUCAGUGAGGUUUGAAAGAGGCGUGAUGGAGAGCGACGAAGCCUGCAGUGUGUGUCAGUGUGACUGUGCCUUCCUACCCGUCUGUGGUCUUCCUGUGUCUAUGGUUUCCUGUGUCUGUGGUUUCCUGUGUCUGUGGUCGUCCUGUGUCUGUGGUCUUCCUGUGUCUGUGGUCCUCCUGUAUCUGUGGCCCUCAUGUGUCUGUGGUCUUCCUGUGUCUGUGGUCUUCCUUUGUCUGUUGUCUUCCUUUAUCUGUUGUCUUCCUGUGUCUGUGGUCCUCCUGUGUCUGUGGUCUGAUAACCAAACUCUAACCUUACGCCGAUGACUCUGUGCUCCCCAUUUAUCAGGCGAUAGGAAACGCGAAAACCACCAGAAACGACAACAGCAGCCGCUUCGGAAAGUACAUCCAGAUCGGGUUCAGCCGACACUACCACAUCAUUGGGGCCAACAUGAGGACGUACCUGCUGGAGAAGUCCAGAGUCGUGUUUCAGGUCAGGAGAAUCGAUCGACACCUUCCAGACUGUGGGUAUAAUUGAUCAGGAUGUUUGUAACCCUGGGUGUUGUCUGACAGGCGGAGGACGAGAGGAACUAUCACAUCUUCUACCAGCUGUGUGCGUCCGCCAGUUUACCUGAGUUCGAAGACCUGGCCCUCAGUGAGUCCACCUGUCCAGUUCUGAUGUUCUUGUUUGUUUCAGUCUGGUGUCGGUACCAGAGCUGCCAUCAGCUGUUUUUGUUUUUACGGUUGAGACAGGUGUUCUGUGUGGUCCACCUGGGUGAAUUAGCUUCUGUUUAUAGUGACAUCUGUACAGAUUCAUACAUCAGGAAUAAAACAGGAGAAAACACAAGUCUGUGGAACAUAAAGAAGAGGAAAAAUUAAAAUAUGGUCCAAACGUCAAAAGAGGAAGUCCGGUAGGCUGGUUGGCUGGCUGUCGUGUGGGCUGGAGACACUGCAGAAAAAACCAGAGAAGGAAGUAAGCGAACAUGCAACAAAUCACAAGGAGCAAAAUACUGAUACUCAUACACAUAGGAAGGCCAGGAGACGCGUCUGUACCGCUAGUAGGGGUAGACAAUACUCAGGCACUGAGACUGAGGGCUGCAGGCUUCUUAAAGUGCCUUGAUUGGAGAUGUGGAGCAGGUGUGUAGUCUCACUCAGCCUGAGCAACCGGGGGAGGGGAGGAAGCUCUGGAAGAGAGUAAAGCCAGACCAGCCGUGCGGGUGAGUGCGACCCUGGCCGAUCUCCACACCUCCCGUAGACGCCCAAGGUGCUCCCUCACCGACGGGACGGCCACCGGGUGCUCCUGUUCGUGAAACAGGGGGGGCUGGUACCCAAAACAGCACAUGAAAGGGGACAUACCUGUGGCCGAAGAGGUAUGGGAGUUAUGGGCGUAUUGGAUCCAUGGGAGGUGCGUACUCCAGGACACUGGACCAUCCCCGGCCACCAGAACCGUUGCUGGAGGAAUUGGAGGGUGCGUUGAAACCCGGGGUGACAGGUGAGUUUGGAGGAGUGCCCCCACUGUAGGACCUGGGAACGUGCAAUCUCAGGGACAAAUUUUCUGUUCGGCGGGCCGGUUCCCGGGUCUGGGUGGUUCCGGAGGGCCUGGUCCACGAUGGUAUCGAUCUCCCAAGAGGCGGAGCCGACGACACAGGAGGCAGGGAGGAUGGUGUCUGGUUCUCUGGGGUCCGGGGUAACUGAGGAGUGGAUCCGAGAGAGGGCAUCUGGUUUGAGGUUAUGGGAGCCGGGACGAUAGGAGAGGGUGAAAUUGAAUCUACUGAGGAAGAGGGACCAGCGGGCUUGCCUGGAGUUGAGGCGACGAGCGGAGCGGAGGUAUUGCAGGUUCUUGUGGUCUGUCCAGAUGAGAAACGGUUGUUGUGCUCCUUCCAGCCAGUGUCUCCAUUCUUGAAGUGCCCACAUGACAGCCAGCAACUCACGAUUUCCCACGUCAUAAUUCUGCUCAGUGGGUGAGAGUUUCCGGGAGAAGUAGGCGCACGGAUGGAGCUUCUGGGUCUCAGAGUCCCUCUGUGAGAGGACGGCCCCCACUCCAGAGUCUGAAGCAUCGACCUCCACCACGAACUGAAGAAAGGGAUCCGGGUGUUUGAGCACCGGGGCGGAGACAAAGAGGGAUUUGAGGUGACAGAAGGUGGCAUCCGCUUCGGGGGUCCAGGAGAACGGAACCUUGAGGGAUGUGAGCCGGGUGAGGGGCACUGCCACCUUACUGUAGUUCCUGAUGAAAUGUCGGUAGAAGUUGGCGAAGCCGAGGAAUCGCUGGAGGUCUUUGCGGGAGGAGGGAGUGGGCCAGUCACGGACAGCGCAGACUUUUUCUGGGUCUGGGCGUAGCUCCCACUGGGCGAUGAUGUACCCAAGGAAACUGACGGAGGAGGCAUGGAACUCGCACUUUUCGGGUUUCAUGAAAAGGCGGUUUUCGAGGAGGCGCUGGAGGAUGAGUCGGACAUGCUGCUGGUGUUCUUUCAGGUUGCGGGAGAAGAUCAGGAUAUCGUCCAAAUAGACAAAGGCGAAUUGAUUGAUCAUGUCCCGCAGGACGUCAUUAAUGAGAGCCUGGAACACAGCGGGGGCAUUGGUGAGGCCAAAGGGCAUGACGAGAUAUUCGAAGUGGCCCAUGGGUGUAUUGAAGGCCGUCUUCCACUCAUCACCCUCCCGGAUGCGAACCAGGUGAUAGGCAUUCUGGAGGUCCAGUUUUGAAAAGAUGGGUGCCUUGCAGAGAAGUUCAAAGGAGGGAUCAAUGAGUGGCAGGGGAUAUUUGUUUUUUAUGGUGAUCUCAUUGAGUCCACGGAAGUCAAUACAGGGACGGAGAGAGGAAUCUUUUUUCUUCACGAAGAAGAAACCAGCAGCAAGGGGAGAAGAUGAGGGUCGGAUGAGUCCAGAUGUCAAGGAGUCUUGGAUGUAUUCCUCCAUGGCCUCUCGUUUGGGCCGAGAGGGAUUGUACAGUCUACUACUGGGGAGAGGGGCGCCAGGGAGCAGAUCUAUGGCGCAGUCAUAUGGGCAAUGAGGAGGAAGGACUAGAGACUGCUCCUUACUGAACACCAUGGCCAGAUCAUGGUAAACGGGGGGAACCGAGGUGAGAGAUGGUGGUGGGGAUGCUGACCUCUGACGGUGGAUGUAGGGAUUGGCGGAGCGGAGGCAGUGGGAGUGACAGUGAGGACUCCAGGCGGAGAUCAAAGAUGUGGACCAGUUAAUCUGAGGGUUGUGGAUCUGCAGCCAAGGGAGUCCCAGCACCAGGGGAGAGUGAGGAGAGGGAAGCAGGAACAGCCGGAUGUCCUCCCGAUGGUUACCUGAGAGGAUGAGGGUGAGAGGAGCAGUGCAGUGGGUAAUGGUGGCUAUCACUCUGCCAUCGAGAGCGGUAACCUUACGGGGAACCGGGAGUACCUCCAGGGGGAGCUGAAGCCGGGCUGCCAGUCCGGCUUGAAUGAAGUUGUCAUCCGCCCCGGAGUCAAUGAGGGUUUGGAGGGAAGUGGAUUCCUUUCCCCAAAGGAGACAGGCAGGGACUGUGAUACGCCUGGGAGAGCUGGAGGUAGAGGAGGCGUGGCUGAUUUGCAUGGGUUCUCCAGUGGAGGGCGUCGGAGCCAGAGGAGCUGAGGGCUGCAGAGGAGACCCGCUGACCGCAACAGAGGAUGGGGAGUCUAUGCUAUGGGUAAGGGAUCGUGCUUUCUUUUCCCUCCGUCUGUCCCUGAGGCGAUUAUCUAUCCUGAUGGCUAGUGUGGUUAGCUCCUCAAGGGAGGAGGGCUCAUCCCGAGUUGCUAACUCGUCCUUUAGCUGUUCAGACAAACCCCGAGUGAAUAUCCCCUUUAGCUCUAGUUCCCCCCACCCACUCUCGGCCGCCACUGUACGGAACUCAAUGGAAUACUCCGCCACUGACCGAGAGCUCUGGGUGAGGGAAAACAACCGUUUGGUACAUUCAGGGCCUUCGACAGGAAAAUCAAAUAUUUUACAAAGCUCCUCCGAGAAUCGGGCGUGGGAGGAGAACAUAGGCAAUUCCCUAUCCCAGAUGGCCGUAGCCCACUUAGCGGCUUUGCCUCUCAAUAAAUUUAUCAUGUAGGCUAUCUUAGACCGAUCUGAGGGGUAACUAAUGGGAUGUUGGUCGAAGACUAAUGCGCAGCGGAGCAGGAAACCUCUGCAGCCCCCCAUCUCCCCAGCAUACGGCUCAGGAGGAGGGACAUAGGGCUCUUUGAUGAUAGAGGGUGGUGGAGAAGGUGAAGAGGGGGGAGAUCCAGCUUCCUGCGGUGGAAGCCGAGAGAGUAGUUGCUCCUCCAGUUGCACUACUUGAACAGAGAGGCCUUGAAAAGAAUGAUUGAGGCCCUGGAGCAUAUCCUCAUGUUGACCGAGCCGAGUACCGAGCUUCUGGACGGCUUGCUGAACCCUAUUCGGGUCUGCUGGGUCCAUUAUCCUGGCCUGAGUAUUCUGUGGUGUGGCUGGUGAGUUGUGAGGACCCAGAAGCAGACACGGAGACAGAGAUCAACUUAGGGGGUAAUUUAAUGUCCAAACACAGGGUUUAAAAUGCAAAAAGAGGAAGUCCGGUAGGCUGGUUGGCUGGCUGUCGUGUGGGCUGGAGACACUGCAGAAAAAACCAGAGGAGAAGGAAGUAAGCGAACAUGCAACAAAUCACAAGGAGCAAAGUACUGAUACUCAUACACAUAGGAAGGCCAGGAGACGCGUCUGUACCGCUAGGAAGGGUAGACAAUACUCAGGCACUGAGACUGAGGGCUGCAGGCUUCUUAAAGUGCCUUGAUUGGAGAUGUGGAGCAGGUGUGUAGUCUCACUCAGCCUCAGCGACUGGGGGAGGGGAGGAAGCUCUGGAAGAGAGUAAAGCCAGACCAGGCAAACAAGGAAACACAGGAAGUCCAGCCAAAAUAUAACAAGAGGAGGAGGCGUCUCACCACAGAUGUAGGCAGAAGUAAUGCUUAUAAAGACCUUCGCCUUAUACCGAGUCCAAUAUACAGAUACACUCUCUUCAUACAAAUAUCAACACUCCGAUAUAUAUUCACUCUCCAAAUCAGAUAGAGUACUAAACAUGCUUUACAACUUACAUAAAUGAUUUACAAUAAAUCAACAUACAUCAUUUUCUCUACAGUAUUAAGAAAUAACAUUAUUCUUGUAAAGUCUCAUAAAGAUUACCAGAGUACGACUUUUUUUAAUUUCUACCGGACAAUCGUUCCAUAUUUUCAUCCCUUUUACAGACACACAAAAAUGUUUGACAUUUGUUCGCGCUUUUGGUUUCUGAAAUAAUCCACAACCUCUUUGGUCGUAAUUAGAGUCCCUCAGUUUAAACAGGUUCAUGUUGGGGUAAGGUUAGGUUUUUGUCUUUGUACAUGAUUAAUUUAAGAAUUGAUGAUUGGGUUGAUGAUUUAUUUAAAAAUUUAAGGAAGUAAAAAGGGGAUGAGUUGAUUCACGGUAAUGUUUAUUGCAGAUGACUCUUACAGCUCGCUUUUGUAAAAGAAAUAUUGGUUUUGUCUUUGUUUUAAAGGUGUGUCCCCAAAUCUCAAUGCAAUAAGUCAUGUACGGAGUUAUCAGGGAAUAGUAUAGAGUGGCUAACUCUUUUUGUUAAAGUAAAUCUUUGGCUUUAUACAGAAUGGAGAUAGAUUUUCAAUUUAAUAUGAUUUAUGUGUGAUUUCCAACUAAGUUUUUUAUCUACUAUGACCCCGAGGAUUUGUUCUCAGUUACUACCUCGAUUUCCUUCUUGUUGAUAGUUAGAUUUCUUAAUUGUUUGCUUGUUUCCAAAUAUAAUAUAUUUAGUUUUGCAAAGAUGGAGUGACAGUUAAUUCGUGUCAAACUAAGUUCUGAAUUUUUCCAUCUCUUUCUCCACUGUGUCCAGAAGCUGUUCCAAGUUAUUGUUUCUACAAAACACAGUCAUAUCGUCAGCAAUUAAGAUAAACUUAAGUGAUUUGGACACCAGAUUUUUUUAUUAAUAUAUAAAAUAAACAACAAUGGACCAAGAACAGAGCCAUGUGGCACUCCACAGGUGAUUUCCAAGAGUUCUGAAUUAGUGUUCUUAAAAUGAAAAUACUGAUACCUCUUAUUUAGGUAGCUAGUUAUCCAAUCAUGCGCAUGUCCUCUUAUUCCAUAAUUUUGGAGUUUGGUUAGUAAUAUUGUAUGUCCUAUAGUGUUGAACAAUUUCUGUAGGUCCAAAAAUACCCCUACCCCUAAAUAAAGAAGAGGAACAAUUAAAAUACAGUCCAAACGUCAUCUACAGCAUAAAAAGAAACUUUAUUAAACAUCAACAGUCUGUGGAUGAACUCGUUUUCUUGUGCCGUUGUUCAGCCAGCGCAGAAGAUUUCACCUUCACCUCUCUUGGAGAAAACAUCUUCAUCGAAGGAGUGAACGACGCUGAGGACUUUAAGAAGACCAGAGAGGCCUUCACCCUGCUAGGUAAGGACAGAGGACAUGCAGACGGACACUUCAGAGGACACACAUGGACAUAAUGUCACCUAUAGUACCUCAGUCAGACAUCUUUAUUUUAAGAUGACUGUAACCUGAUCUGGGGAGGAAACCGUGUGGUAACCUUUGGUCUCCAGAAAUGAAGCUGAAAACACUGCAGUUCCUAAAGUGUCCACUAGAGGCUAUCUGCAGAGGCCCUCGAAACUACAUACAUACUCAUUUAAAAAAUAUGAUUUUUAGAGCCAAAGUAAACAUGUUUAAAAAGAGUUUAGUCUGAAGGGAUCAGCCAAUCAGAGCCACCGCUGACUUGACUGACAGGUGGACACACCGUCGCUAUUUGUGAGGAGGCUAAAGACCCGCCUCUGUGUGUGUGUGUGUGUGUGUGUGUGUGUGUGUGUGUGUGUCUCAGGUGUGAAGGAGAGCAGUCAGAUCAGUAUCUUUAAAGUGGUUGCCUCCAUCCUUCACCUGGGGAACAUCGAGAUCUGCUCUGAGCGAGACGGAGAGUCCUGCCGAAUCUCGGUACGUUGCCAUGGUAACAGGUGAUAAUGAGCAGGUGAGCGUCUUCUGACAGGUGUGUUUGUGUCACAGAGGGAUGACCCCCACCUGCAGCACUUCUGCAGACUGCUGGGGGUGGAGCAAAAGCAGAUGGAGCACUGGCUCUGUCACAGGAAGUUGGCGACUGCAUCUGAGACCUACGUGAAGAAGAUGUCGAGCAAACAGGCGACGAACGCCCGCGACGCACUCGCCAAACACAUCUACGCCCGUAUGUUCGACUGGAUCGUCGAGCACAUCAACAUGGCGCUGCAGACCUCGUCCAAGCAGCACUCCUUCAUCGGUGUCCUUGACAUCUACGGGUAAGACGGCGUCGAAUGCUUAGUGUUGAUGAGUCGGGGUGUUCUUCAUGUGAGGGACGAUGAUGAUGACGUUGAUGAGGGUGGUGAUGAAGGUGGUCCUCAUGUUUGACCUGCAGGUUCGAGACGUUCGAGGUGAACAGCUUUGAGCAGUUCUGCAUCAACUACGCCAAUGAGAAGCUGCAGCAGCAGUUUAACUCCGUAAGACUCUGAUUCCUGGACCUGAGCAGACCUGAUGUUCCACCUGCUGGUUCUCUCAGAGUGACUGUCUUCUCUCCAUUUUCUCUCCGUCUGUCCUCAGCACGUCUUCAAGCUGGAGCAGGAGGAGUACAUGAAGGAGCAGAUCCCCUGGACUCUUAUCGACUUCUACGAUAACCAGCCCUGCAUCGACCUGAUCGAGGCUCGACUCGGCAUCCUGGACCUGCUGGACGAGGAGUGUAAAGUAAGACCGCCAUCAACAGAUGAAGAAACCGCCACAAAAGAUCAGAAAAAUCCACUUCCUCAGAUAAUCCCCUUCUUGUUCCAGGUGCCUAAGGGGACGGAGCAGAACUGGGCCCAGAAGCUUUAUAAGCAGCACUCCAGCAGCGCUCACUUCCAGAAACCUCGAAUGUCCAACGUCUCCUUCAUCAUCGUCCACUUCGCUGACAAGGUGAGUCUUUGUCCCUCACUAUCCUCUGAAAACAAACACUAACGCAGCUCUGGUGUCUGAUUGUGAGCUGUCAUGAACUCUCAUCCUGACAUUUUUGUGGAGGAGAGGGUGGAGCUCGCUCCUCACUCCUCUCUAGCUCCACCUUCUCCUCCAUGAAAAUCCACCUUUGCUUCAUUAUCAGCCGCCGUGCACUUGUCUUUUUAUAGGGAUAUUCAGGCGUAAAAUUAAGUUAGGGUCAAACACACCGUUACACAGACACCCCCUCCAGAGAUGAAUGUUGCCGACCGCUUGCUUCUCUAGUUAUACCAACUUUAGUAACGACUGCAGGAUAGCAAUACACAGCGGUCUGAGGAGCCAUAAACAAACCUCAACCAAAACGCCACUCUAUAGCCACAAAUAAUGCUCAGAACAGCACCUAACUUCAUCAACAGUACAUAUAGGGUCCCAGCCAUAGUACUAUAUUCAGAGUUGUUCUAACUCCUAAGAAAACAUAAACUUAAGCGGGGGCGUUUCUCCACUUCUGUAGUCUGUAAGCUGGGCCCAUAAACUUCUCCUGUAGUAAAAUGAAAAGGUUAAGGUGUUUUUAUUGAGCCGAAUUAUCAAUAAAAUAAUGAUUUUGUUAACAGGUAUGAAUAUAUGUGCUGUUAAGUUAAUAUAUUUGAACAAGAGCACAGUAAAGUUAAAUGAGCUGAUUUUCCAGUGAGGUUCUAUUACUGAACGGAACUACACCAUGAUCUACUGAGGUUAGUGCAUAUAGGGUUCCAGCCAUAGUACUAGCCACCAAACAUCUUUUUAACUUUGACCAGUUUCUUUAGCAAAGAGACUAAACAUGACUCACCUAUUCUCUUCCAGCAGCUGCUUGUUUGUAAAAAAGUCCUCAGGCCAGUCCAUUACUGACUACAGCGGGGUGACGCAGCUCAAGGAAGAACAAAUAUGAUCAUUUCUUCAUGGAAAUGAUGAAGUAAUGAUCUGGCAAGGGUUUUAGUUUCUUAAUUGUGUUUUUUUCGAGUUCAGUCAUCCCUUGUACCUUAUUUCCUCAGAAUCCCUAAUCUUGCAUUAGUGGCACGGAACUGCCACUGUCACUCAGUGGCCUAUAAAAUCAUCUAUAAAUGAAAAGUUGCCCUUUUUUUAUUAUGGCUGUCAUCAUUGACUUCUGCUCUAACCACUCAAAAGAAAAAAAUCACCCAGUUUCAAACUUUUAACCCUUUUAAUUUUAGUACAAACACAUUGUAAAAAAUGCCCCAAUUUAAAAAAAAAAGGGCUUAAAAUAAUAAGAGUAAUGCAAAAUCUAAUUUCUUUGUGCAAGAUUAUCAGAACCUAUGAGUGGUAUGAGUAUGUGUAAAAUUAGUUUUAGUUGCAGUUUCAGUUUUUGCGUCACAGCAUAAAAUAAAAAAAAACGACUAAUCUUGCAUUAGUGGUACGGAACUGCCACUGUCACUUAGUGGCCUAUAAAAUCAUCUAUAAAUGAAAAGUUGCCCUUUUUUUAUUAUGGCUGUCAUCAUUGACUUCUGCUCUAACCACUCAAAAGAAAAAAUCACCAAGUUUCAAACUUUUAACCCUUUUAAUUUUAGUUUGAAACAUGUGUGUGUGUUUGUGUGUGCCUGCCUGCGUGCGUGCGUGUGUGUGUGUGUGUGUGUGUGUGUGUGCGCCUGCGUGUGCAUGUGUGUGUGUGUGUGUGUGUCAUAGACUGUAUAUAAGAUGGACACCGUGGUUCCGCCUUCCGCCUGUAUACGGAUUUGAAGCCAAAAAGCUCUCAGUAAUUCCGGGUUUUUCUCCACUUCCUUGAAACCAGAGCUGUGCAGUAGCGUUGUGCGCAUUCGGCCGCGCAGUCGCCGAGAGUCCCUGUGAUGACGCUUGGCUCAAACAGCGUAUUCCCCCGGAAGAGCUACGCAAUCCCUGAACGCCCAUAGGCUGUACCAGGUGUCAAUCAUAGAAAACAUGAACCCCCUAAUAACUUUUAAAAAUGGAGCUGUACAGAAAAAAAAGGACUUGGGCACAAACCAGUCUUACUGUAACUAUAUGUCAACAUCACAACCAGGGGGGAGAAAAAAUUAUGUUCUGUGUAAUAAAUUUCUAAAGUUUUUCCACUGUCCCAUAAGCUUUGCUGGCGGAGGCGGGAUUUAUGACCUGUACUGCAGCCCACCAUCAGAGGGUGCUGUUCUCGGAGUGGCUUCACCCAACGAGGAGGCAGACUCUGUCCAUCUUAUAUACAGUCUAUGGUGUGUGUGUGCUUACGAUCAGUGGAGCUGAGGGGAGGUACCUCCAGAUCAGGUGGCGCGGCACAGCAAUUAACCUACGAGUUACGUCGGACUGCUGGAUGCAAAACCCCGUUACCCGGAAGAAGAAGAAGAGGUCGGGACUGAACCGCAAUGGGGAUUAGCUUUGUGUGUGUGUGUGUGUGUGUGUGUGUCAGCCGCGAAGCGCGUAAAAUUCGCCGGCGAAGACCAUCCGACACCCCCGUUUCCGUGUGGUGAGGUGAGGUGACCACCUCCAGAGCAGCCAGCGGCUCCACGCCUUUGCUGACGCGGGCCUAAGGCUAUCUGAUCACGGGUAACGAGGCGGCUGUACCCGGGGCGACCGCGGACGCUUGGGGUGCAUGUGACAUGAACGCAAUUGCUGGCUGUGACGGGCGCGUGCAAGAUCAUGCGCGUGCACAAACAUUUGCACACGAACACACACGACCAUGCACACACUGAAAACACCAACACAUAAAAAAAAAUACAUGCACACCUGAUUUAUUCAUUUCUGCACUCUAAUUUUGGUUCUUUGCAAAAAAUGGCCUCUCAUUGAAGGUCAAUAACGGAUAUGAAAACAAAUGAAAUUUCAGCAUUCAUAAUUUGAAAAAGUUGGAUUGGAAAUAGACUCAAGAUAAAAUGCAAAAAAAUGGGGGGAAAAAAUCUGAUUUGAACUCUUGUGGCAGUAUAUUACAAACAGGUAGCAGAUUUUCCUUCCAAAAGACUGCAUCUAUCAUAGGCUGUGGUUUACGGGUGUGUCAAACUGACCAAAAUGGUAAAAAAAACAAAAAAACACCAGAAUAACAAAUUUGAGACUGUUUCAUGCCCAAAUACAGUAAAAUGGUAAAAAUAAAAUAAAAAAUUGCUUCCUUUUAUUAGUGAUAAAGUUAUGUGCAUUUUUUGCUUUCUGAAUAUUGUAAUUUUUGCCAAAUUCCCAUAAGGAAUAAUGGGGUUUUGACCACCUGGCUAGAUCAGCCUCUAUUAUUCAUGAAAAAAAAGGUGCACCUUGUGGCUGAAAGUGCAAAGUGCAUCUUUAAUGUCUUCAGAAAAGGGGGAAAACAGUCUUUGCUGAAAUUCAUUUUUUCCCACUGAUAUGGGUAUAUGUAAAAGACAAGUGGUUUCCCAUUGGAAUUCAUGUGGCACUUGUGUGGCGCUAAUGCAAGAUUAAGCAUAUUUGAAAAAAAAAUACAUAACCAUAGGGUUUUUUUUUCUUCAAUUUCAGGUAUAUCAUGCCUCAUCACAAAAUACACAUUUUCUAGGAAUUUCUUUGCAAGGGCAUUAAUAGAAAAAAAGUUAUAGCAUCAAAGACAAGGCCUUGCCACUCCAGAACCCUUAAUGUGGUAUUAGGGUUAUUUCAGAACAAUAAAAUUGUAUUUUGGGAUUUCUCUAGUGUUGGUAGAUCUAAUGUAUCUAGAAAAGCUCUGAUCAGCUCUUCAUCACCUGAGGCAGGUUGUAAGUAAAGGCUUUUAUAGUUAUCUUCAAAUACUUUUUCUAUGUCUUCUGGUUUAUACACUAUGGUAUUAGUUGUGGGUUUUCUGAUUUCAUGUAUAGCAUUAAAUUGAUGUCUCUUUCUGAGUGAUUUUGUAGCCCUUGGGCCCCCCUCGUAAUAGUUUUGUUUUACGAAUCUUAUUUUUUUUCCACUUCACAGUUAGGUGCUGUUCUGAGCAUUAUUUGUGGCUAUAGAGUGGCGUUUUGGUUGAGGUUUGUUUAUGGCUCCUCAGACCGCUGUGUAUUGCUAUCCUGCGGUCGUGACUAAAGUUGGUAUAACUAGAGAAGCAAGCGGUCGGCAACAUUCAUCUCUGGAGAAGGGUCUAACUCGGUGUGUACGGUGUGUGUUGUUUUUACGCCAGAAUAUCCCUUUAACACCUGUCUGUCUCAGGUGGAGUAUCAGUGUGAGGGUUUCCUGGAGAAGAAUAGAGACACUGUCUACGAGGAGCAGAUCAACAUCCUGAAGGCCAGUGAGGUAAGAACCUGGACCUUGACCCGGACCACGAGGAUCCACUCUCGCGGUCUCUCACUCUGGUUUCUCUCAGUUCCAGCUGGUCGCAGAUCUCUUCCAUGAGAAGGACGAUGUCGCCCCCAUGAAGUCUGCCAGAGUGAAUGUCCGGUCGUUGAAGACCGUCCCCAAAGCCCCCAACAAAGAGCACCGGAAGACUGUGGGACACCAGGUGAGCCCACACCGCCCCCUGCAGGACGCUGUCAGGACUCCAGGUCAUGGUUUAAUGUUGUUCAUGUGUUUCCAGUUCCGUAGCUCCCUGCACCUCCUCAUGGAGACGCUGAACGCCACCACCCCUCACUACGUCCGCUGCAUCAAACCCAACGACUUCAAGGAGGCCUUCACGUGAGUCCACAAUGAGUCCCCUGUUCUGAUCCUGAUCCUGGUGUGGAUCAUAUUCCCUCCUGGUUUCUGAGACCUCUGUGUUAUUGUGGGCUCAGCACCGUCUCUGUGAGACAAACUGUCCCUCUUUGUCGAUGUGAACAGAGAUCUAGAGGCACUGGGGUUUCAGAGACCUCUCUGAGGACAUGUUGGUAUUUGCAGCUCCUCCUCCUCUGACAGACAGACAGACAGACAGACAGACACUCUGUUUUUCUGAGAUGUUAAAUCUAAUCACAGUCACAUGUCUGAUCUAACGGCUGACGGCUAACGCUCAGUCAGCUGAGCUCUCUGUCUCUGUCAGCUCCGCUCCUCUCUCGGUGAUGCCGACGAGGAAGAGGAGUAGGUAGGAUGAAGGUUUUUUGGAGCGGCCGGUCUAAAUGAAACUCAGACGAGUUAAUCUGCUUCCUGUCUCCGUAGGUUCGACUCCAGUAGAGCCGUGCAGCAGCUGCGAGCCUGCGGCGUCCUGGAGACCAUCAGGAUCAGUGCAGCGGGGUACCCGUCUAGGUCAGUCCUCCUUCUCUUUUUCCUCCUCUUCUUCUACCUCAAACAUGUGUGGAGGUCAGGUAGGUCAGGUAGAACUACUCUGUAGUUCUUUAAAACUCCGUCCUCGUCCUCCUGUUCUGAGCUGCCGUCUGUCCUCCUCUCCUUAAUCUAAUAACCGUCUUCAGAAAACAACAGCUGUGUUUCAGGGCGUCUGCAAAUGUUUGUGUCCUAUACGACCAACAGUCGUCUCCAAACGUCUGUCAAAUGAAGGUUCACAUGAUGAAGCGAGAGUUCCGUGAACCUUCAUUUGACUGAAUGAAGGUUUAGGAACACAAAAACAUCUCCUCAUGUUUGAAUCCACAAAGACUUCAGUCCAGGCUGCUAAGGGGAGACAGAGGCAGUGAGGGGGGGGGUUAAAUUAGUGUUUAUAUCAUUGUCACCGAAGCAACUGAACAUCGUCACCAUAGCAACUGAACAUUGUCACUAUCAACAUCGUCACCAUCAAUAUUGUCUUCUUCAUCAUCAAGUGCAGGACUGUUCACAAAGAGCUGGGUCUGAAAGUGUCUCAGAAAUAGGCGGGGACAUUUGUGUCAGUCAUUCUACCACUGGGGGGCAGCAGAGCCGAGCUUUAGUGUUCAGGUGUUCUCUGAAGACCUCACUCUGGACCCUCUUCAAGGUAGAAAGGGACUUUGUGGAUCUGAUAGGGUUUGUUAAUUUACUCCACUACCAGGGGGCGACAGAGGAGAAGAGUCAGGUUUACCCAGGAUUUCCACCACAUCCGAAACGGCUCCAAUCCAGAACAGCAGCAAUUUUCCCAGUACGCCAAUUCCGGAUCCGUUUGUGUGGCGAAUUUCGUGGCGGAUUACAGACAGCAAUAAUCGCGAGAACUCAUAAGAACCCGCAGAUUCACGUUCAAUCGCGCGAUAAUGAGUUGUCUCUAUAAAUACAGACACAGACAUAUAAGCAGUAGAUUGUGUGCUUCCAGAGAAGGAAAUCUACUUCUAGACUUCUAGAAUCACCAUCUCUUCAUCCAUUGUGUCAUCAAGGUGAAAUUACGUCUAAAAACCUUUCACUUGUUCGUCUCCGCCCAUUUGCAACACAGAGUGUUUUAUUUUGGAAAAGAAGCCGGCUGUUUUAUUUUGUUUCUGUGCCGGACUUCCUUUCCAGCACGGGUUAAUCUGUGCUGAAUUUAUCCAGCAUGCUCUGGCAUGAUCAGCUAUGAUCUGAGAUACAACCUUUUAGUAGACGUUCAGGAUGAGGUGGACCUUCUUGAGGGUCUGCAGGGAGGUAGGACCAGGAUUUAGCUGCAUGACUGAAGGUUCAGAAGUAGAACUUCAUAUUUGGUCGUCUGAACUGAAGCUGGUGGAGUGAGCAGAUGUUUGGUUGGAAACCAGACAGCUGCUGCCUUCUGGAUAAUCUGCAGAGGUUGUGUGGAGCCUGGACCAGGAACUGUGCUGUGGGCUCUGUUGGGUCGAAUUUGAUUAGACUGUAUGAUUAGAUUAGAUUAGAUUAGUUGAGACUAGAUCAGAUAGAACUUUAUUGAUCUUUUUGAGAAGGUCUCCUCAGUGAAAUUAAUUCACAGAAAUGUAAAAUGUGUUUUUUUGGUCUCUAGGUGGACGUACCCAGACUUCUUCAGCAGGUAUCGGGUUCUGCUGAAGAAAUCAGACAUGAUGUCUUCAGACAAAAAGCAGGUCUGUCGAAACCUGCUGGAGACUCUGGUCAAGGUAAAAAAAAACAAAAAAAACAAUCUUUAUUCAAACAUCAGGUUUUAUUUUGAAGGAAACAGUUCCAAAACUGAUGUUUCCUUAGACUAGCUCAUGGUGGUAAAUGUUCUCCUCCUCACUGAGUCAGCAGGUCCUCCUCUGAGACUGUCAAAGAGGACUCAGUCAUCCUCAGGUCUUAGAUCUGUCCUCAAAGUUCAGGGGUCCAACUCAGACUGAGGUCCAAGAGUUUACAAAGUCUCGUUACCCUCUCAGGAACCUGACAUGUUCCAGUUCGGAAAGACGAAGAUCUUCUUCCGAGCGGGGCAGGUGGCAUACCUGGAGAAGCUCAGGACCGAUAAGUUCCGGGCCGCCUGCAUCAAGAUCCAGAAGACGGUCCGAGGGUGGCUGCAGAGGGUCCGGUACCGCAAGAUCCAAAAGAUGGCCAUCACUUUCCAGAGAUACGGCCGAGGUUACCUGGCUCGCAGGUGAGUUCCGCCUCCUCACCUGUACCUCUGAGGUUUCUGUUAGAAUUACGAGGACUGAGGGUGGGCUCUGCUGGAAUCAGGGAAACUCUGAGUUUUCCGUUUCACAAAGGAGGGUCAGUUAAACCAGAGAGAGAGGGGUAACUCUAACCUGUUUCACAAAGAGAGGUAACUCAACCUCGCGGUCAGUUACCAUAGUAACAGACUCCGUGAACCUAACCUGGUUGGGACCAGGUUUUCUGCCUCCGUUAAAGGUGGGGCUGCUGGGCCACCACCCGUUUUUCUGGCAUCUGCCCUCUUUCUGUUUGCUGAGUGAAAGUCUAAUAUUGAGUGUACUGUGUGUUAGUUUAAUAUAUAUACAUAUAGUACUUGAGCCAAGAACCAAAAUUUCACAUAUCGGUGCCACCUGGGUGGGCAAAUUCUAGUUGUGAUUUUUUUUAUCGCUAUACAUCCCUACAAUAAGUUUUUAUAUGAUAGACAUUGGUAACUGGUAGCUUAAUUGUAGUUAUCACUCAUUAAAGUAAUAGAGUGCAGCUGUUCAAAAACGAAAAAUCGCCUUCCUUCAAAAUUAGCUUUCUUUCAUUUUAACCUCUCAUUUAGGUGUGUUUGAACUAUUGGCUAGCCAUAGAGACUUGUAAUAACCCCCUAAGUAGUAUUUCAAGUAAUUUAUCUAAUACAGGUUUGUAUAUAUAAGCUUCAAUUAGCCAACUGUCAGGUCUAAAUCAAGGUCUAAAUCAAGGAUAUUUUUUGACUUAGAAGUAGAAGUAAAAUAAAUGUAGACUAAUAGCAUUAUAAUAACACAACUUUAAUACGACACUGACAUAUUUUAAAUGCAGGCACUCAAUAUACAAUCAUCCUGGCUGGUGCAGGGCAAGAAGACAUUAGCAACAAAAUAAGAUCUACUGAUGUAUACACUCUAUACAAUCAUCUGAGAAAAACUCAAAUUCCUAUUCAAAGUCCUAUUCUUUCCAUAAGGAACAGUGACAGCAAAUAUGACUGUCAAGUUUUGGCUUAGUACAUAAUACUGUCACUGAGUCACAGUGGGUCUGUUAACAUAGCUCCUUUUGGUCAUCACUUAUUAAUCAACAUCAGUAAUCGACAUCAGUAUCUGUAUCUUCUUCUACAUCUGAGUCUGCCGGUUGUGCAAGGGGCUCUUCCUCACUGUAUUGGUUGGCACAAGUUUGUAAUUUGCACAGGUUUGUGCACUUCAGCCCAUUGCUGAGACAGGUGCAGUCUGGUGGUUUGCAUGUCCUCACACACUUGCAGGAUAGCAACUGCAAGACCCCAUCUGGUGCUGGGGAACCAUGCAUCCACUGUAUUUCCAGCUGCUCUUCAUCAUUUAUGGUCCACCCAUGGUCCUUGGGGCUUGGUACAGAUGGCUUGGUAUGAAGAGACCGUCUCCAGAUAGCAGCCUGGUAGUCGGCAUGAAUCAAAUGCAUUAAUAGGCAAUCCUGACAUGGUGUAAGCUGGCUGGACUCAACUUUAGCCAAGGUCCUGCAUGAAGGUGGUGAUAGUGAAAGGAUUGACGUUGUCUUUGACGUUUACAAGGACAUGUCAAUCAAAAAUUCAGAAAGACUAGGUGCAGACAUGGGGAUCCAGUUCAGAAACAUUGUUUCUGGCCACAAUAUUCAGCAGUGGAGGAAACUUCUCUGCAGCCCUGCCAACAAAGCCAGUCUCAUCAAGUUCUUGAUGGAGGAAUGGAGUUUUUCUCAGAUGAUUGUAUAGAGUGUAUACAUCAGUAGAUCUUAUUUUGUUGCUAAUGUCUUCUUGCCCUGCACCAGCCAGGAUGAUUGUAUAAUGAGUGCCUGCAUUUAAAAUAUGUCAGUGUCAUAUUAAGGUUGUGUUAUGAUAAUGCUAUUAGUCUGCAUUUACUUUACUUCUACUUCUAAGUCAAAAAAUAUCCUUAAUUUAGACCUUGAUUUAGACCUGACAAUUGGCUAAUUGAAGCUUAUAUAUACACACCUGUAUUAGAUAAAUUACUUGAAAUACUACUAAGGGGGUUAUUACAAGUCUCUAUGGCUAGCCAAUAGUUCAAACACACCUAAAUGAGAGGUUAAAAUGAAAGAAAGCUAAUUUUGAAGGAAGGCGAUUUUUCGUUUUUGAACAGCUGCACUCUAUUACUUUAAUGAGUGAUAACUACAAUAAAGCUACCAGUUACCAAGGUCUAUCAUAUAAAAACUUUUUAAAAAACUAAACUUAAAAAGCACUAUGAUACCUGAAAGAACUGCUCCACCAUCAAAUUGGGCCACACCCACUUCAUCAACUCAUUUAAUUAGACACAGGUUUGAUUCAUUUAUAGAAAAGAGCAGUGUGACCCAAAAAGAGUGUGACUUUUAAUGUGCUUUUGACUUUCUAUGUUGCAUUUGGAGUUAACAAAAAUUCCCCUUUUGAGGAAAAUAACAAAAUGAGAAAAAAUAUAAAAAGCUACCCCUAUGAAAAGUCUAUCAUAUUUUAAUUUACUUUUAUUGACCCUAAAAACAAUUUAGUAUAUGUAAGGUUUUGCCCACCCAAGUGGUACCGACAUCUGGUCCAAGAGCAUUUUGUAAGGGAUCAAACUGCCACUUAAUACUUACUUGACAAUGUAAAACAUGAUCAAAAUGAGAAAAUGCAUAUGUUUCACCUGUUUGCACAAUGUUUUUAUAUUUAAUUUUCAGCUGCUGCCAAGUGCACUUUUGUCCCGCUGGAUUGCACCUACAUAAAAUAAUUCAAUUGGCUCCAUGCAAGCAGUUUCCCCUGCAACAGUCUGUCAUUGUGAUUGCACAGGACUAGAUUUAAACUUACGCAUUGACGCGAGCAUCAAUUUCCUCCCAUGCCCUCUCCCUCUCCUUUGCAGCUGCUGCUGUAUUGCACUUUCUUUUAAAAAUGUGCUGUAAUUCGCCGUUGGCUUGCAUAAGUACUUCCAGCUCCACUUGCGUAGAAAAAAGCUGCCCUCCUUCUCCCUGUUUCCAUUGGUUGAUCAAUGAAUCUGGGCUCCACAGAUGCUGGCUGUUUAUGUCUGGCGUGCACGUGCUUAACUCCAGGUCAAACUACUCAGAGUUGCUAAAACUGACUCAAAUCAGGUGUUGUGAAACCGGAAACUCAGAGUUUCCUAUCUCAGAGUAGAUCAACUCAGAGUUAAGGAUUUGACUCAGAGUUUGUUGAACCACCUACGUGAAACGGACCUCUGUUGUCCUCUUCAGGUACGCCGAGUUCCUGCGUCUGACCCGAGCAGCCAUCAUCUGUCAGAAACAGUAUCGCAUGGUGAGAGACAGACGAACCUUCCUGAGGGUGAGACGGGCUGUGGUCACCAUCCAGGCCUACAGCCGAGGGAUGUACACACGGAGGGUCUACAAGGAGGUACACACACACACACACACACACACACACACACACACACACAUAUGGAGGGUCCACAAGGAGGUACACACACACAGAAACACACACUCACAUGCAGGGUCUACAAGGAGGUACGCACACACACAUAAACACACACACAGAGGUACACACACACACACAGGUAAACACACAUAAACACACAUGGAGGGUUUACAAGGAGGUACACACACACAGAAACACGCACACACACACACAGGAUCUACAAGGAGGUACGCAUACACACAAACAAACACACACACACACACACACACACACACACACACACACACACAGAGGUACACACACAUAAACACACAGAGGUACACACACAUCUCCUUUCCUUACCAUCUAACCUCUCCCUCACCUCCUCUUCCCUCUCCUCUUCUCUCCUCACCUCCUCUCUCCUCCUCCUCACCUCCUCUCCGUCCUCUACCUCCCCUCCUCACCUACUCACCUCCUCUCUCCUCACCUUCCCUCACCUUCCCUCACCUCCUCUGUCCUCUCCUCCUCCUCUCCCCUUCUCCUCACUUUCUCUCUCCUCUCUACUCUCCUUACCUCCUCUCUCUUCACCUCCUGUCCUCAUCUGCUCUCCUCCUCAGUUCCUCAUGCACCACAAAGCAAUGAUCAUCCAGCGUACCGUGCGCGGCUGGCUGCAGAGGAGGAAGUUCCUGCGAGCACGCGCCGCAGCCAUCAUCAUCCAGUGCGGGUUCAGACGGGUUCAUGCGAAGAAGCGUCUGCAGCAGCUGAAGAUCGAGGCUCGCUCCGCCCAACACCUGAAGAAACUCAACACGGGGAUGGAGAAUAAGAUCGUCCAGCUGCAGAGGAAGAUGGACGACCAGGUAGGACCAGGACUAACAGAAACAUAGUAAAUAUGACCCCGCCCCCUUACCCCCCACCUCACCUCCUCAAACCCGACCUGUGUCCACUCAGGGAAAGGAGUACCGGAACCAGAACGAGCAGCUGCUGCAGCAGAACAGCAGUCUGGGCUCGGAGGUGACCCGUCUGCAGAAACAGCUGGAGAUGAUCAGGAGUCAGCAGGGAGAAGGAGGAGGACAGCUGGCAUCUCUGAGUGAGGAGCUGGAGAGGCUGAGGGAGGAGCUGAAGGAGGCGCAGGCUCAGAAGAAGAAGAUGGAGGAGGAGUAUGGCUCGGAGAAACUCACGCUCCAACAGGUGAGAGAGCUGGUCAGAGGUCAGUUUUUUCUGUCUCCACAUUGAGCAUGCUCAGUUCUCUGACAGUGGUUCUCCUCCUCAGAGGGUGGAGGAGCUGGAGAGAGAAAACGGUCUGCUGAAGAAUGAGAAGGAGGAGCUGAACCAGAAGAUCCUGCAGCAGACCCAGAACUCUGAAGGUAAGAGACCGACCCACCUGUGACCCAGGAGACCGAGUCAGGGACUAAUCAGGGUCAGGUCCGAACUCAUGAGAAGGCUGGAUCUGAGAGUCCGACCUUCUCAUCAUCACUAUGGUCAAGUUACAGCACCACCUCAGAAAAGGAUGAUAAAAAAAUGUCAUAGUAUAGUAUGAUAAAAAUGUCGUAUCAGUAUGAUCAAACUAUCACAGUAUAGUAUGUUAAAAACAUCAUAAUAUAGUGUAAUAAAAAGUGUCAUAGUACAGUAUAAUAAAAAUGUCAUAAUAAAGUAUAUUAAAAAAUUGUCAUAGUGUGGUGUUCUGAAAAAUUUCAUAGUAUAGUAUGAUAAAAAUAUCAUGGUUUAGUAUGAUAAAAAUGCCAUAGUAUAGUAUGAUAAAAAUAUCAUGAUAUAGUAUAAUAAAUUGUGAUAGUAUACUAUGAUUAAAAUACAAAUAGUAUAGUAUUAAAAAAAUGUAAUUGCAUAGUAUGAUACAAAUGAUAACAAGUAUAAGAAAAAUGUCAUACAACAGUAUGCUAAAAAAUCAUUGAAUAGUAUGAUAAAAAUUCUUACUACAAAAUGAUAAAUAAAUGGUACAAUAUAGUAUGUUAAAAAAUUGUCAUAGUGUAGUAUUUUUUUUAAAAAAUAUUAUAGUAUAGUAUGAUAAAAAUGUCAAAACAACAGUAUGAUAAAAAAUGCCAAAGUAUAGUGUGUUAAAAAAAUGUAAAAGAAUAGUAUGAUGAAAAAAUUGUUAUAUUAUAGUACAUUAAAAAAAAAUCAUAGUAUGGUAUAAGAAUUAUCUUAAUAUAGUAUCACAAAAAAAUGUCAUACUAAAGUGUGUUAAAAAAAUCAUAAUAUAGUGUAACAAAAAUGUCAUACUAUUGUAUAAUAAAAAUGUCAUAGUGUUGUGGCUUUCCUUCUUGUUGUCAAAGCCACAUUAGAGCCAUGAAAGGCAGGGUUUCAUACAGGAAUGAACGAAGAGAUGUAUCCAGUUCAAAAACUAAGUUUACUUCGAAAAUCGAAAUACAUCCAAAACUCUGACACUCCGUAGAAAAAACUAUGUGCUCCUGUACACAGCUCUCAUCUAACUGAGGCCGUCGGUGACAUAAUCACGUUGAAAUACACGCACUCUAGAAAUAGCACAUAAAGUAUUAUUUCAAACUCUUAUAUAUCAGUCCCUUCUUCCUUCGCAUUUUUUUUUCUUUUUUUUUGUGAUCAUCUUGUCUUCACACUGCUUCUUGCAGUAAACACAGUUUAUUUAUUGGUCUCUCCAGAGUGGUGUUCUUGGUUUGUAGUUUCACUCUGCGAACAGUCCCACUGGCAUCAAGUCUGGUUUGGAGUAUUCUUCCCAUUAUCCAUGUGUUACAUGGAGCUGAACUGUCGACAAGUAACACCACAUCUCCUGGCUCAAAGUUUCUCCUCACUUGUGACCACUUUUGGCGCUCUUGGAGGAGAGGCAGAUAUUCACGAGUCCAUCUUGUCCAAAAGAGGUCUGCCAGAUAUUGCACCUGCCUCCAACGUCUUCUAGAUAGAUAGAUAGAUAGAUAGAUAGAUAGAUAGAUAGAUAGAUAGAUAGAUAGAUAGAUAGAUAGAUAGAUAGAUAGAUAGAUAGAUAGAUAGAUAGAUAGAUAGAUAGAUAGAUAGAUAGAUAGAUAGAUAGAUAGAUAGAUAGAGAACUUUAUUAAUCCCCGAGGGGAAAUUCGGUUGUUGUAGUAGCCGAUACAAGCAAUACAGAGAAAUACAAAAAAUACAUAAAAUAUACAAGACUAUACAAGACUAUACAAGGUAAUGAAUGAAUAUGAGUACUAAAAUAGUAUGUACUAAGAUUCUAGCAUACUGAUCAUCCUUGUUGAAAGUUCCCGGUGGCAUACUGGGCUGUACUUUCAUCAGCAGCAAAUGAUUGGGUAUUAACGGCUCAAUAUCACUUGGAUCAUCAGAUGUGUUUGUGAUUGGGCAAUUAUUUAUGAUGCUUUCAACCUCACACAUGAGGGUUUGGAGGCUGUCGUCUGUGAGAGUCUGUUCUUUCCCCAAAGCACUAAGAAUCUUCCGUACAGUGCGUAUUUGCCACUCCCAAACUCCUCCUUGAUGAGAUGCUGCAGGGCUGCUGAAGAUCUAUUUUAUUCCUUUCUUUUGCAUGGUCUUUUCAAUGUUUGUCUGGUCCAAGUUCUUGAUCGCCUCUCUUAGUUCCUUUUCUGCACCAACAAAAUUUGUGCCAUUAUCAGAGCGCAACAUGACGACCUGGCCUCUUCUGCUUAUGAAUCGGCGGCAAGGCGUUGAUGCAGGAGCUGGUAUCCAGACUGUCUGCCACCUCGAUGUGCACUGCCCUGAUGGUCAGGCUGGUGAAAAUUACACCAUAGCGUUUGACAGUUCCCCGGCCCCGCUUUAUGUCAAAGGGUCCAAAGUAAUCAACGCCUACAUUCGUGAAAGGCGGCUUGUCAGGCAAAAGGUGAUCCUUCAGGAGAUUUGCCAUUUUUUGCUCUCCAACUUGACCUCGUAGUCUCCUACAGACUGUGCACUCUGCUACAAUCUUUCUGAUGGCUGUGGUUACUUGAGGUACCGCAAAAUUUUUGUCUUAACUGGGAUAACACGUAGUUACGCCCACAGUGACCAAUUUUUCGAUGAACUGAGUGGCGACUCUGGAGUGUUUUGAGAGAAUAGCUGGAUGUUUGGCAUCCUGUGGCAUGGCGGAGUAGCUAAGUCGUCCUCCUACUCUCAAAAUGCUCUCUUGCAAAACAGGGUCAAGCUUGUACAGAUGACUGUUUCUUUUAACAGGCAACUUAUUUUGAAGAGCCUUUACUUCUUCAGGAAACCAUUGGGCUUGCCUGUGUCUGAUGAUUUCCGAUUCUGCAGCCAUCAGUUCCUCCAAGGUCAAUGUUUUCUUUUCCAUGACAGAUUUGUACUUGUCAAUGGACUGAUGCACAAACACUUUGUUUUUCUGGAUCCUUUUCUGUCUGAUAAAUGGAGUGUUGUCUUUUCUCUUUCAGAUGGAUCAAUGUUUCUUUAAAUCUCAGAAGCCAUGCAACUGCUCUUUUUAGUCUGUCCCAACUUGAAUGAUACUGAAGCAACCUGUUCACAGGAUCAGACUUUUCUUCAGCACUGAUGACGUUUGCUGUGAUGUUUUUUUGACUUCUGGAUCAUUUUGCAGAUUUUGAGACACAUUGUCCAGUUACCCUGGUCAUUCACUCUCUGGCUGUAACAGAAACUGAGGUCCAUUUAACCAUGUCUUUCCUUGGAGCAAGCCUUUCACUUUCACCCCUCUCGUGGCCUGGUCAGCAGGAUUUUCUGAUGUUCUGAUGUAUCGCCACUGUUGUGGUUUGGUGGCCUCUCGUAUGAGAUUAAUCCUGUUUGCCACAAAGGUCUUGAAGUGAGCUGUCUCAUUGUAGAUGUAUCUGAGGACCGUUGUACUGUCAGACCAGAAAAGAGAUGGCUGAAGUGGAAUUUGAAUUUCCUCUCACAGCAUCUUGUCCACUUUAACCGCCAUGACUGCUGCAGUUAACUCAAGUCUUGGAAUGGUGAGCUGUUCAAGCGGUCCAACUCUCGACUUCCCAGACACAAAAGCACAAUGAAUUCUUCCUUGAUGGUUCACUAGCACGAGAUAAGACACUACGCCAUAUGCGCUUUGACUUGCAUCGGCAAAAUGAUGCAGCCGUGCUUCUGAUGUUUCUCCAAAACCCAGGGGCUUAACGCAUCGGUGUAUACUGAGGCCUGAGAGGUGUGUAAGAUCUUCCAACCACUUGGAUAUUAUGCUCUUGACUCGGGCGCCCUGAGAGUGGCAGCAAGUCACAGCAGCUCCUCAACGACUUCACGUUUUUGCGUUCUUAUUGUUGUUUUUUGCACCUUUUUAUCUUUCUCUUCAUUCAGCAGUGUCGUGUCUGCAUAUUCCAGCCAUGGAUGUGCAGUUCAUGACUCUAGCACUUUGUUUUCUUUUAUUUUUCGGAGUUUUUAAGUCCGCGACCGGCGACCCAUUCAGCGGCCGCAUUGUUUUACAGCCGUGAACAGCUGUUGGCGCUGCGCCAAGCCCGGCCACCUUCGUGGGAGAGACCGGACAUCCCCGCUAAGCUCCGCAGGAGAAGGAGAGGAUGCAGGGCUGGAGUUCAGCAUCGGGCAAAGCGGAGGCGUUACAAACCAACUGUCCCGUCCAUCAUCAUGGGAAACGUGAGGUCUCUCCCCAACAAGAUGGAAGAGCUCACAGCGCUAACUCGGCUGCAGUGGGAGUAUAGGGAAUGUAGCCUCAUGAUGUUCACGGAGUCAUGGCUGAACGAACUCACUCCGGACCCGCUCGUAACUUUGGACGGAUUUCACCUCGUCAGAGCGGACCGGAGCGUGAGGGAGAGUGGUAAGAAGAAAGGAGGCGGGAUAGCGGUGUAUGUGAAUGAGAGAUGGUGUAAUGCUGGGCACGUCAGUGUUAAAGAGCAGCUCUGCUCUAAGGACAUUGAGCUGCUGGCUGUGAGUUUGCGGCCUUAUUACCUGCCGAGGGAAUUUUCGCACGUCAUCGCGUUAACUGUUUACAUCCCCCCUCGGCUGAGGCUGCUGCAGCCUGUGAACUCCUCCAUAAUGAAGUGUCCAAGCUACAGACAUCACACCCUCAGUCUCUGAUCAUCAUCUCUGGAGACUUUAAUCAUGCAUCGCUGUCCUCCACUCUCCCUACCUUCAGCCAGUAUGUAAACUGCCCAACAAGAGACAAUAAAACUCUGGACUUACUGUAUGCAAACACCAAGGAUGCAUACACCUCCUCCCCCUUCCCCCGCUGGGCCGCUCAGAUCACAACCUGGUGAGACUGCAGCCCAUUUACAUACCUAUGGUGAAGAAACAACCCCCCACCAUCAGGUAUGUUAAGAGGUGGUCUGAGGAGGCCACUGAGGCGCUGCAGGACUGUUUUGAGACCACAGACUGGGAUGUACUGUGCGGCCCACAUGGUGAUGACAUCGACACCAUGACUGACUGCAUCACGGACUAUAUUAACUUCUGUGUUGAGAACACCGUACCCACCAGGAAAGUACGGUGUUUCUCCAACAGCAAACCCUGGGUGACCCCGGAACUGAAAGUCCUCCUGAAGGAGAAGAGGAGGGUCUUUAAAUCUGGGGACAAGGAGGAGCUGAGGAGGGUGCAGAAGGAGUUGAAGAAGAAGAUCAGAGAGGGAAAGGCCAGCUACAAGACCAAGAUGGAAAACCUUUUGCAACAGAACAACGCAAGGGAGGUCUGGAGAGGCCUAAAAUACAUCUCAGGUCAUAGCAGGGGCCAUGAGAGGGGAUCUGAAGCAGGAGACAGGGAGUGGGCCAACGAGCUGAAUCUGUUCUUCAAUAGAUUUGACUCUACUCCCACUCCUCCCCCGACUCAUCUAACCAACGACCCGUCUGCUGCUCCUCCUUCUUCUUAUUCUUAUUCACACCACCUCAGUCCCAUGGCACCGACACCAUCAACCCCCCUCCACUCAUCCUCCACCACCCCCUCCAGCACCACCCCCAGCCUCUCCAUAACAGCUGACCAGGUGAGAAGUGAGCUGAGGAAGAUGAAGCCAAGGAAAGCCACGGGUCCUGACGGCAUCAGCCCCAGACUCCUGAAAGACUGUGCAGACCAGCUCUGUGAGGUGCUACUGCACAUCUUCAGCUUGAGCCUGAGUCUGGAGAGGGUCCCAACACUGUGGAAGACUUCCUGCGUGAUUCCUGUCCCCAAGACAGCGCACCCUAGGGAGCCCAACCACUUCAGACCUGUGGCCCUCACUUCUCACCUGAUGAAGACUCUGGAGAGGAUCGUGCUGAGGAACCUCCGACCCCUGGUGAGCUCUCAUCUGGAUCCUCUGCAGUUUGCGUACCAGCCGAACAUCGGGGUGGAUGACGCAGUCAUCUACCUGCUGCAGAGGUCCAUGGCUCACCUGGAGAACACUGGCAGCACUGUGAGGGUCAUGUUUUUUGACUUCUCCAGUGCGUUCAACACCAUCCAGCCUUCACUGCUCAGGGGGAAGCUCGAGCGGGCGGGAGUGGACUGUCACCUAGCCGCAUGGACCGUGGACUACCUCACCGACAGACCACAGUUUGUGAGGCUUCAGAACUGUGUAUCGGACAUGGUGGUCUGCAGCACGGGGGCUCCACAGGGGACAGUGCUCUCCCCCUUCCUCUUCACCCUGUACACCUCAGACUUCAGCUACAACUCUGGGAGCUGUCACCUCCAGAAGUUCUCUGAUGACACAGCCAUCGUCGGAUGUGUAUCGUCAGGGGAUGAGCGGGAAUACAGGACUGUCAUCACUGACUUUGUCAACUGGUGUGGCACAAACCACCUCCAGCUCAACGCCAGUAAGACAAAGGAGAUGGUUGUGGAUUUCCGCAGGAGGGGGACACCUCAAACAGUUCCAGUGAACAUACAGGGUCUGGACAUCAAGAUGGUGGAGUCCUACAGAUUCCUGGGUGUCCACCUCAACAACAAACUGGACUGGUCAACAAACACAGACGUUCUGUACAAGAAGGGCCAAAGUCGUCUCCACCUGCUGAGGAGACUGAGGUCCUUUGGAGUGUGCAGGACUCUGCUCAGGACUUUCUAUGACUCUGUGGUAGCAUCUGCACUUUUCUAUGCAGUGGUCUGCUGGGGGGCAGGGAGCACCGAGAGGGACAGGAAGAGACUGAAUAGACUGGUCAGGAGGGCCGGUUCUGUCCUGGACUGCUCUUUGGACUCCCUGGAGGAGGUGGGUGAGAGGAGGAUGUUAACAAAGCUUAUAUCCAUCAUGGACAAUCCCUCUCACCCACUGCACCAGACUGUGGGGGCUUUAGGCAGCUCCUUCAGCAGCAGACUGAGACUCCCACCCUGCAGGACGGAGCGCUACCGCAGAUCAUUCCUCCCCUCUGCAAUAAGACUUUACAAUGAACAGUAACAAAACUGAUUUUACACCACCACUUUUUUUAUGGCAUUUAAAUUGUGUAUAUUGCAGAAAGCUUUAUUUUUUCUUCUCCCUUUUCUCUUUUUCAAUUUUUUUUUUCUUAAUUAUUACAUUUAUUAAGUUCUUAAUAUUAGGACCCUUAUUGUUAUAACUGCAUUUUGCACUUUCUGUCUUGUCUGUGAUGCUGCUGUGACAAAAAAAUUUCCCCCAUGGGGGAUCAAUAAAGGAAUAUUCUAUUCUAUUCUAUUCUAUUCUACACCACUGAUCAACUUUCUCUCCACUUAUUUCUUCAUCCCAUCCUUGCUUUUCUUGGCACAGAUCUCUCAAAAGAAGCUUAGCAGGAAGCACCACUGGCGCCAGGAAGCCAAGAGGGUUGUAGAUGGAAUUUACUACAGACAGAAUACCUCUUCUGGUCUUUGGCUUGUACUGUGGCUGGAUCCUGUAGGCGAAUGAAUCAUCUUCUGUGCACCACUGUACACCGAGUGCUCUUUCAGUGGGCAAAGCGUCAUGAGUGAGAUCUAGAUCUUUAAGCUCACUGGCUCGGUGCUCUUUGGGAAUGGAUGAUAGAACUUUUCUGCUGUUGCUCACCCAUUUUGUGAGGUUAAAACCUCCCUCUGCACACAGGUCUCGCAGGUUCUUCACCAAGGCAACAGCUUUUUCUUCUGAACUCACAGAUUUCAAACAGUCGUCCAUAUAAAAAUUAUGUUGAACUGUUUCCGCAACCUCUGGAGCAGCCGUGUCUUUUCUGUCUUCUGCACUUCUACGCAAAGCGUAACAAGCAACACUAGGGGAGGAGGUAGCUCCAAACAGAUGGACCACCAUCCUAUACUCCUUUAGGGGUUCUUGUAGGUUGCCAUCCGGCCACCACAAAAAUCUCAACAGGUUGGCAUCUGCUUCUGGCACUCUCACUUGAUAAAACAUUGACUCAAUGUCCACCAUUAUCGCUAUUGGUUCUUAGCGGAAUCUGACUAAGACUCCAAUAAGUGAGUUGGUGAGGUCAGGGCCUUGUAGUAAUGAGCCAUUCAUGGAUACCUCUCUAAAUGUGGCCAUGCAGUCAAAGACCACAUGAAUCUUCUUUUUCUUGGGGUGAUAGACCCCAUGGUGAGGGACGUACCACAGCUUGUUGUCAUUCUGGUCCAGCUGUUCUUGAGGAACUUCAACAGCAUAGCCUUUGCUGAGCAGACUGUGCAUGAACCCCUUGUAGUCUUCAAGAAACACUUCAUCUUUCUGUAGCUUCCUUCUGAGACUAGCAGCUCGCUGAUUCUGCCACACAGCGGUUGUUGGGUAUCUUGACUGUGUCACACUUUAAAGGAAGACCCACACAGUAAUGUCCAUCUUCAUAUUUUGUUGUUCUUUGUACUGCCAACAUAAACUGCUUGUCCUCUUGAGACAUCUCUUCCUUGUCAUCGUAACAAUGUUCAGGAAAGUCUGUGUUAUAUUGCUGGACCAGUAGCUGUUCUAUUUCUGCCACAGAGACUCUGUUCACACUGUAGUGAGGUGCAUUCUCCAUGGACUUGCUCUUGCUGUUUACAGGUCCACAAACCAUCCAACCCAGAACUGUUUUUAUGGCCUAUGGCCCAUCAUCUUGACUGUUAAUUACCUGCCACGGUUCCAUUGUCUUAGCAUUGUUGGCUCCAAUAAGCAGAUCAACGUUGCCGUCGAUGUGUGGUAAGUUCACUCAGAUGUGGCCAUUUUUGCAGAUGUUGUUGCCUGGGGAUGUUUUCUCUCUGAACAGGAAUAUUGUUGUGUGUGAAAACUUUUGAAAGAUGAAAGUAUUCUGUGUUUUCCAGUCCACAUACUUCCAGUUCUGAGAGCAUGUAACUGUUCAUCAGCUUCUGUCCAUCAGGUUUGUUUUGACUCAUCGUGCUCAGUAGAAUCUGAGUUGACUUCCCUUUCAUGUUCAGUUUCUUUUGGAGCUCCUCUGUGCAGAAGGUGGCGGUGCUGCCAGGGUCCAUGAAAGCAUAUGUCUCAACAGAUUUUCCACCCUUCCAAGACCGCACUUUCACUGGAACAAUAGACAACUAGGACCCCGUUGGGGCACUGGCGGGCCCGAGCCGUGUCGCGUCCCCCCCCCCAACGUGCUGCCUCCCCGUCCCAUUUGUGUCCUCUGGCCAUCGCCCUCUCUGGUAAUGCCCAUCACUGCAAAGACCCUUUUCCUUCAUCGGCGUUUGCUGUUCUUCCUGCCAGUGCGUGUUGCUUUCACUUACACUUGCCACAGCCAGCCUCGUGAGUGCCUAGCCUAUUGGAUAUCACUGUCACCUACACAGGACAGUCAUUACCUUUCUAUUAAUACUUUGUGUUUUAAUUUCACAUUAAUUUCCAUAUUGUAUAAACGACUGGAAAAAACUUGAGCCCCUGCCCCUGUAUAAUCAUGUGCAUGUCUCUGUUCUAGCUCCAAGGUGAAUCUUCACUGCUCAUGUUCUCCUCAGAAGCACUCACCUCACUCCCCUCAGGUUACUGUACACAUGCACCAACUGCCUGCUUCAGGUUUGGAUGGAGCUUCAUGGUUGUCUUUUGGAGAAAUGACCAGUCAAGUUGUGUUUGAAAUUUGAUUUUUUUCAGGGGCAAAAGGAGCCUCUGCAUUCUUGUCAAAUAUGUAAAUAGCAUGUUUUUGCAGGUGCUAAAAACCAGACUCUGAGUGUGUGUGUGUGUGUGUGUGUGUGCGUGUGUGUGUGUCUGUGUGUGCGUUCAAGUCACAUGACAUAUUUAACCGGAUGUAGCUGCAAGACGGAGCCUCGUUGACUCUCCGUUUCAACUUAUUUCAAAAGUGAGGACCUCAACCUAUAUACCAGUUUUUAAAUUGUGUUGAUAGGCCAAAUAAAACCAGAGUUAUGAUAAAUUAUGUCCGCGAUACUUUUUUUCUGCUUAUUUUGAUCACGUUCGGCGCUCGAUCGCGCUGUAUGAGACAGGAAAACAUAGCAUGCAGACAUUAGCGACAGGUCUUACAGGCGGAAAAGGCUUGCCAAAAGAAAAAAAAAACACACCACAACAUCUCUCCUAUUGGUGGAAAACUUCACCACAACAACCAAUCCAAAAUUAUAUGGUGACUGAUUGACAAGGGGCGGGCGCUUACGUUCUUCCUGCAACAUGAGAAGGGAGGGAGGGACUCUCAGCAGGGAUGCAGUCUGGGACACGUAGUUGCAAACCUAGCGACUUUGUUGUUAGAUUCAAUGACUUUUCAGACCCCCUAACGACUUUUUUUUAGAAAGAAAGUGACUUUUAUCGACUUCUUCUGGAGUUUAGAGACUCUGACAUGAAGCAGGCUUUCCUUACUGAGGAGUUAGCAACGCUGCUAAGGGUGCAGAGCCACACAUGCGCUCAGAGCUCUGCAUGGGAGACUGAAGCUGACAGAGCUGCAGCAGUUAGCAGGUUUCACCCUCAGAGACCACCAGGGGUUCAUGUUGAGGCAUUUUAAUUUUUUCUUUUUUUUGUGCCAUAGACACUGUCAGCACAAUCUGCAGUUACACUAACAAAAAUGCUGCAAAAAACAAAGAAUUAUGGAAAAAUUACACAUGGACUGACAUAGAGGAGGAUCUACACAAGUUUUUUACAUCAUGUUUUACAUCAUGCAUCAUUUACAUCAUGUUUUUUUGUAGUGGCAUAAAUAAAAAGUGACAUUUGUGAGACUAUACAGUGUUUUGUAAAUAAUUUUACAAAGAACGCCUGGGCCAUUGCCUGCAUUUUGAUGUAAAUAGAGGUAAAUCACUAUGUUCUUUGUUAAAAAUUUGCAUAUGUUUUGAAGUUUACAAUUUUUAUUUGAAGUUUAAGUUUUGAAAACAGUUCAUCACACAUAUUUGUGGUUUUCACAGUAAAAAUGUUACUUUUUUCCACUCGGAUUUUAUGUUUUGUGUGUGAAUUUGGGUCCAUUGUGUAAAUUCAGUAUGUCAACAUGAUAAAAUAACUGUAAAUUCGCACAGGUGAGGUUGUGCUGAAAAAAAUGAUACCAGGCAAGGCACGUGAUUGUCAAAUUUUGUGUCAAUAUGACAAAGCGUAUAGGCGUGAAUCUCAACAAUAUGUAUUUUCACCUUAAGGGACAAGAAAAAAUGGACUUUUUUCUCCUGCCAUGGGGGGGCGCUCUUUUGGGGAGUAAAAAUUCCUUCACAAAUGUGUUGAUGGCUGGACAUUGCAUCAUCCUAGAAAACUUGGAGGCCAGUGAGGACAAAAAUAAAAAGUUAUAAGACUUUUAAAUAUGUGGAUUUUAGGGUUAUCUUUGGCGCCCCCUAGAACCUAAACCGUGGGGUGCAGCGUCAUGAUUUUGAUAAAUUUUAAUGGCCAUGGGGUGUAGAUUGGCCUGAGCAAAUGUGGUGCCGGUGGAACGAAAGCCUUAGGAGGAGUUAGCCACAUUCCAAUGUGUGCGGAUCGGCAAAAAAUGCGGAAUAACCCUUUAACCGUACAUUUGACAGAUACGCGCGCAUUGACUUUUUCGUAGAUCUUAUUGAGUUACAUGUGUGUGUCAAUUUUUGUGUCAUUUUGACAAAGCGUAUAGGCGUGACACUCAACAAUGUGUAUUUUCACCUUAGGGGACAAGAAAAAAUUGACUUUUUUCUCCUGCCAUGGGGGGGCGCUCUUUUGGGGAGUAAAAAUUCCUUCACAAAUGUGUUGAUGGCUGGACAUUGCAUCAUCCUAGAAAACUUGGAGGCCAGUGAGGACAAAAAUAAAAAGUUAUAAGACUUUUAAAUAUGUGGAUUUUAGUGUUAUCUUUGGCGCCCCCUAGAACCUAAACCUUGGGGUGCAGCGUCAUGAUUUUGAUAACUUUUAAUGGCCACGGGGUGUAGAUUGGCCUGAGCAAAUGUGGUGCCGGUGGAACGAAAGCCUUCGGAGGAGUUAGCGAAAUUCCAAUGUGUGCGGAUCGGAAAAAAAUGCGAAAUAACCCUUUAACCGUACAUUUGACAGAUACGGCCGCACUGACUUUUUUGUAACUCUUAUUGAGAUACAUAUGUGUGUCAAUUUUUGUGUCAAUAUGACAAAGCGUACAGGCGUGACAGUCAAUAGUGUGAAUUUCCACCUUAGGGGGCGCUAUGGAGCCAUUUUGCAUUUUAUUGUUUGGGCGACUUCAGAAUAUCGAAUUUUUCACCAGGCCCGGUCGUCCUGCCAAAUUUCAUGAGUUUUCGCCAGUGGGAAGUGGGCCAUUUUCCAGUUCAAAGGGGAGGAAAAAGAAGAAACUAGGGCCCCGGUGGGGCACUGUCGGGCCCGAGCCGCGUCGCGCCGCCCCUAGCGCGACCGCCUCCCCCUCCCGAUCGCGUCACACUCAAGGUCCAAAGAUGGUGUGCGCACUUGUCUGUGGUCAUUUCCCAUUAUAAUGAAUGGGAGGCGCAGUUUCUACCAAAACACUCGCUGCAGACAAACUUCAUGUCCUAUUUGAAAAAAGUCUGGACCAUGAGUGAGGGCACAAACACAGCUAUGAUAUAUCGAAAUGGCAGGUUGCUCCUCCUUACGGUGUUGCCUGGAGAGCGAUGCGAUUGAGCCAUUGAGCGAUGGGCAGGGUUAACUUGACUUUUUCUCCUGCCUUGGGGGGGGAUGUGGAUUCCUUUAAGAAUGUGGAUUUUUGGGUCAUCUUUGGCGCCCCCUAGAACGUAAACCGUGGGGUGCAGCGUCAUGAUUUUUACAACUUUGAAUGGCCAUGGGGUGUAGAUUUGCCUGAGCAAAUUUGGUGUCAGUGGGACGAAAGCCUUAGGAGGAGUUAGCCACAUUCCAAUGUGUGCGAAUCGGCAAAAAAUGCAAAAUAGCCCUUUAACCGUACAUUUGACAGAUACGCGCGCAUUGACUUUUUUGUAGAUCUUAUUGAGAUACAUGUGUGUGUCAAUUUUUGUGUCAAUAUGAUAAAGCGUACAGGCGUGACAGUCAAUAGUGUGAAUUUCCACCUUAGGGGACAAGAAAAAAUUGACUUUUUUCUCCUGCCAUGGGGGGGCGCUCUUUUGGGGAGUAAAAAUUCCUUCACAAAUGUGUUGAUGGCUGGACAUUGCAUCAUCCUAGAAAACUUGGAGGCCAGUGAGGACAAAAAUAAAAAGUUAUAAGACUUUUAAAUAUGUGGAUUUUAGGGUUAUCUUUGGCGCCCCCUAGAACCUAAACCGUGGGGUGCAGCGUCAUGAUUUGAAUAACUUUUAAUGGCCAUGGGGUGUAGAUUGGCCUGAGCAAAUGUGGUGCCGGUGGAACGAAAGCCUUCGGAGGAGUUAGCGAAAUUCCAAUGUGUGCGGAUCGGCAAAAAAUGCGGAAUAACCCUUUAACCGUACAUUUGACAGAUACGCGCGCAUUGACUUUUUCGUAGAUCUUAUUGAGAUACAUGUGUGUGUCAAUUUUUGUGUCAUUUUGCCAAAGCAUACAGGUGUUACACUCAACAAUGUGUAUUUUCACCUUAGGGGACAAGAAAAAAUGGACUUUUUUCUCCUGCCAUGGGGGGGCGCUCUUUUGGGGAGUAAAAAUUCCUUCACAAAUGUGUUGAUGGCUGGACAUUGCAUCAUCCUAGAAAACUUGGAGGCCAGUGAGGGCAAAAAUAAAAAGUUAUAAGACUUUUAAAUAUGUGGAUCUUAGGGUUAACUUUGGCGCCCCCUAGAACCUAAACCGUGGGGUGCAGCGUCAUGAUUUGAAUAACUUUUAAUGGCCAUGGGGUGUAGAUUGGCCUGAGCAAAUGUGGUGCCGGUGGAACGAAAGCCUUCGGAGGAGUUAGCGAAAUUCCAAUGUGUGCGGAUCGGCAAAAAAUGCGAAAUAACCCUUUAACCGUACAUUUGACAGAUACGCCCGCACUGACUUUUUUGUAGAUCUUAUUGAGAUACAUGUGUGUGUCAAUUUUUGUGUCAUUUUGACAAAGCGUACACGCGUGACAGUCAAUAGUGUGAAUUUUCACCUUAGGGGGCGCUAUGGAGCCAUUUUGCAUUUUCUUGUUUGGGCGACUUCGGAAUAUCAAAUUUUUCACCAGGCCCGGUCGUCCUGCCAAAUUUCAUGAGUUUUCGCCAGUGGGAAGUGGGCCAUUUUCCAGUUCAAAGGGGAGGAAAAAGAAGAAACUAGGGCCCCGGUGGGGCACUGUCGGGCCCGAGCUGCGUCGCACCGCCCCCAGUGCGACCGCCUCCCCCUCCCGAUCGCGUCACACUCAAGGUCCAAAGAUGGUGUGCGCACUUGUCUGUGGUCAUUUCCCAUUAUAAUGAAUGGGAGGCGCAGUUUCUACCAAAACGCUCGCUGCAGACAAACUACAUGUCCUAUUUGAAAUAAGUCUGGACCAUGAGUGAGGGCAGAAACACAGCUAGGAUAUAUCCAAAUGGCAAGUUGCUCCUCCUUACGGUGUUGCCGGGAGAGCGAUGCGAUUGAGCCAUUGAGCGAUGGGCAGGGUUAACUUGACUUUUUCUCCUGCCUUGGGGGGGGGGGGGAUGUGGAUUCUUUUAAGAAUGUGGAUAUUUGGGUCAUCUUUGGCGCCCCCUAGAACAUAAACCGUGGGGUGCAGCGUCAUGAUUUUUACAACUUUGAAUGGCCAUGGGAUGUAGAUUGGCCUGAGCAAAUUUGGUGUCGGUGGGACGAAAGCCUUAGGAGGAGUUAGCCACAUUCCAAUGUGUGCGAAUCGGCAAAAAAUGCGAAAUAGCCCUUUAACCGUACAUUUUACAGAUACGUGCCCAUUGACUUUUUCGUAGAUCUUAUUGAGAUACACGUGUGUGUCAGAUUUUGUGUCAUUUUGACAAAGCGUAUAGGCGUGACAGUCAACAAUGUGUUUUUUCACCUUAGGGGACAAGAAAAAAUGGACUUUUUUCUCCUGCCAUGGGGGGGCGCUCUUUUCGGGAGUAAAAAUUCCUUUACAAAUGUGUUGAUGGCUGGACAUUGCAUCAUCCUAGAAAACUUGGAGGCCAGUGAGGACAAAACUAAAAAGUUAUAAGACUAUUAAGAAUGUGGAUUUUUGGGUUAUCUUUGGCGCCCCCUAGAACCUAAACCGUGGAGGGCAGCGUCAUGAUUUGUACAACUUUCAAUGGCCAUGGGGUGUAGAUUGGCCUGAGCAAAUUUGGUGCCGGUAGAAAGAUAGCCUUCGGAGGAGUUAGCGAAAUUCCAAUGUGUGCGAAUCGGCAAAAAAUGCAAAAUAGCCCUUUAACCGUACAUUUGACAGAUAUGUGCCCUUUGACUUUUUCAUAGAUCUUAUUGAGAUACACGUUAUUGUCAAAUUUUGUGUCAAUAUGACAAAGGGUACAGGGGUGACACUCAAAAAUGUGUAUUUUCACCUUAGGGGACAAGAAAAAAUGGACUUUUUUCUCCUGCCAUGGGGGGGCGCUCUUUUGGGGAGUAAAAAUUUCUUCACAGAUGUGUUGAUGGCUGGACAUUGCAUCAUCCUAGAAAACUUGGAGGCCAGUUUGGAAAAAAAUAAAAAGUUAUAAGACUUUUAACACUGUGGAUUUUUGGGUUAUCUUUGGCGCCCCCUAGAACCUAAACCGUGGGGUGCAGCAAGAUGAUUUGUACAACUUUGAAUGGCCAUGGGGGGUAGAUUGGCCUGCGCAAAUGUGGUGCCGGUGGAACGAAAGCCUUCGGAGGAGUUAGCGAAAUUCCAAUGUGUGCAGAUCUGCAAAAAAUGCGAAAUAACCCUUUAACCGUACAUUUGACAGAUACGCCCGCACUGACUUUUUUGUAGAUCUUAUUGAGAUACAUGUGUGUGUCAAUUUUUGUGUCAUUUUGACAAAGCGUACAGCCGUCAUGUGAAUUUUCACCUUAGGGGGCGCUAUGGAGCCAUUUUGCAUUUUAUUGUUUGGGCGACUUCAGAAUAUCGAAUUUUUCACCAGGCCCGGUCGUCCUGCCAAAUUUCCUGAGUUUUCGCCAGUGGGAAGUGGGCCAUUUUCCAGUUUAAAGCGGAGGAAAAAUAAUAACGAAAGAAGGAAACAUGCAGGAACAAGAGGGCUCUCGCAGCUGCUUAGCAGCUACGCUCGGGCCCUAAGAAAGAACUAGGACCCCGUUGGGGCACUGGCGGGCCCGAGCUGUGUCGCGUCCCCCCCCCAACGCGCUGCCUCCCCGUCCCAUUUGUGUCCUCUGGCUAUCGCCCUCUUUGGUAACGCCCAUCACUGCAAAGACCCUUUUCCUUCAUCGGCGUUUGCUGUUCUUCCUGCCAGUGCGUGUUGCUUUCACUUACACUUGCCACAGCCAGCCUCGUGAGUGCCUAGCCUAUUGGAUAUCACUGUCACCUACACAGGACAGUCAUUACCUUUCUAUUAAUACUUUGUUUUUUAAUUUCACAUUAAUUUCCAAAUUGUAUAAACGACUGGAAAAAACUUGAGCCCCUGCCCCUGUAUAAUCAUGUGCAUGUCUCUGUUCUAGCUCUAAGGUAAAUCUUCACUGCUCAUGUUCUCCUCAGAAGCACUCACCUCACUCCCCUCAGGUUACUGUACACAUGCACCAACUACCUGCUUCAGGUUUGGAUGGAGCUUCAUGGUUGUCUUUUGGAGAAAUGACCAGUCAAGUUGUGUUUGAAAUUUGAUUUUUUUCAGGGGCAAAAGGAGCCUCUGCAUUCUUGUCAAAUAUGUAAAUAGCAUGUUUUUGCAGGUGCUAAAAACCAGACUCUGAGUGUGUGUGUGUGUGUGCGUGUGUGUGUGUGUCUGUGUGUCUGUGUGUGCGUUCAAGUCACAUGACAUAUUUAACCGGAUGUAGCUGCAAGACGGAGCCUCGUUGACUCUCCGUUUCAAUUUAUCUCAAAAGUGAGGACCUCAACCUAUAUACCAGUUUUUAAAUUGUGUUGAUAGGCCAAAUAAAACCAGAGUUAUGAUAAAUUAUGUCCGCGAUACUUUUUUUCUGCUUAUUUUGAUCACGUUCGGCGCUCGAUCGCGCUGUAUGAGACAGGAAAACAUAGCAUGCAGACAUUAGCGACAGGUCUUACAGGCGGAAAAGGCUUGCCAAAAGAAAAAAAAACACACCACAACAUCUCUCCUAUUGGUGGAAAACUUCACCACAACAACCAAUCCAAAAUUAUAUGGUGACUGAUUGACAAGGGGCGGGCGCUUACGUUUUUCCUGCAACAUGAGAAGCGAGGGAGGGACUCUCAGCAGGGAUGCAGUCUGGGACACGUAGUUGCAAACCUAGCGACUUUGUUGUUAGAUUCAAUGACUUUUCAGACCCCCUAACGACUUUUUUUUAGAAAGAAAGUGACUUUUAUCGACUUCUUCUGGAGUUUAGAGACUCUGACAUGAAGCAGGCUUUCCUUACUGAGGAGUUAGCAACGCUGCUAAGGGUGCAGAGCCACACAUGUGCUCAGAGCUCUGCAUGGGAGACUGAAGCUGACAGAGCUGCAGCAGUUAGCAGGUUUCACCCUCAGAGACCACCAGGGGUUCAUGUUGAGGCAUUUUAAAUUUUUUUUUUUUUUUGUGCCAUAGACACUGUCAGCACAAUCUGCAGUUACACUAACAAAAAUGCUGCAAAAAACAAAGAAUUAUGGAAAAAUUACACAUGGACUGACAUAGAGGAGGAUCUACACAAGUUUUUUACAUCAUGUUUUACAUCAUGCAUCAUUUACAUCAUGUUUUUUUGUAGUGGCAUAAAUAAAAAGUGACAUUUGUGAGACUAUACAGUGUUUUGUAAAUAAUUUUACAAAGAACGCCUGGGCCAUUGCCUGCAUUUUGAUGUAAAUAGAGGUAAAUCACUAUGUUCUUUGUUAAAAAUUUGCAUAUGUUUUGAAGUUUACAAUUUUUAUUUGAAGUUUAAGUUUUAAAAACAGUUCAUCACACAUAUUUGUGGUUUUCACAGUAAAAAUGUUACUUUUUUCCACUCGGAUUUUAUGUUUUGUGUGUGAAUUUGGGUCCAUUGUGUAAAUUCAGUAUGUCAACAUGAUAAAAUAACUGUAAAUUCGCACAGGUGAGGUUGUGCUGAAAAAAAUGAUACCAGGCAAGGCACGUGAUUGUCAAAUCUUGUGUCAAUAUGACAAAGCGUAUAGGCGUGAAUCUCAACAAUAUGUAUUUUCACCUUAGGGGACAAGAAAAAAUGGACUUUUUUCUCCUGCCAUGGGGGGGCGCUCUUUUGGGGAGUAAAAAUUCCUUCACAAAUGUGUUGAUGGCUGGACAUUGCAUCAUCCUAGAAAACUUGGAGGCCAGUGAGGACAAAAAUAAAAAGUUAUAAGACUUUUAAAUAUGUGGAUUUUAGGGUUAUUUUUGGCGCCCCCUAGAACCUAAACCGUGGGGUGCAGCGUCAUGAUUUGAAUAACUUUUAAUGGCCAUGGGGUGUAGAUUGGCCUGAGCAAAUGUGGUGCCGGUGGAACGAAAGCCUUCGGAGGAGUUAGCCACAUUCCAAUGUGUGCGUAUCGGCAAAAAAUGCGGAAUAACCCUUUAACCGUACAUUUGACAGAUACGCGCUCAUAGACUUUUUUGUAGAUCUUAUUGAGAUACAUGAGUGUGUCAAUUUUUGUGUCAUUUUGCCAAAGCGUAAAGGCGUGACACUCAACAAUGUGUAUUUUCACCUUAGGGGACAAGAAAAAAUGGACUUUUUUCUCCUGCCAUGGGGGGGCGCUCUUUUGGGGAGUAAAAAUUCCUUCACAAAUGUGUUGAUGGCUGGACAUUGCAUCAUCCUAGAAAACUUGGAGGCCAGUGAGGACAAAAAUAAAAAGUUAUAAGACUUUUAAAUAUGUGGAUUUUAGGGUUAUUUUUGGCGCCCCCUAGAACCUAAACCGUGGGGUGCAGCGUCAUGAUUUGAAUAACUUUUAAUGGCCAUGGGGUGUAGAUUGGCCUGAGCAAAUGUGGUGCCGGUGGAACAAAAGCCUUCGGAGGAGUUAGCGAAAUUCCAAUGUGUGCGGAUCGGCAAAAAAUGCGAAAUAGCCCAUUAACCGUACAUUUGACAGAUACGCCCGCACUGACUUUUUUGUAGAUCUUAUUGAGAUACAUGUGUGUGUCAAAUUUUGUGUCAUUUUGACAAAGCGUACAGGCGUGACACUCAAUCAUGUGAAUUUUUCACCUUAGGGGGCGCUAUGGAGCCAUUUUGCAUUUGAUUUUUUGGGCGACUUCAGAAUAUCGAAUUUUUCACCAGGCCCAGUCGUCCUGCCAAAUUUCAUGACUUUUCACCAGUGGGAAGUGGGCCAUUUUCCAGUUCAAAGGGGCAGAAAAAUAAUAAGAAGAAGAAGAAGAAAGAAGAAUCCAUCAGGAAUAAUAGGGCUCUCGCAGCUGCUUAGCAGCUACGCUCGGGCCCUAAAGAAACAAAGAAAAACCACUUGGGGAAUAAUAGGGCUCUCGCAGCUGCUUAGCAGCUACGCUCGGGCCCUAAAGAAAGAAACAAAGAAAAACCCCUUGGGGAAUAAUAGGGCCUACGCCCGGCUGCUCUGCAGCUGGCUCGGGCCCUAAGAAAGAAAGAAAGAAAGAAAGAAACAAAGAAAAACCACUUGGGGAAUAAUAGGGCUCUCGCAGCUGCUUAGCAGCUACGCUCGGGCCCUAAUAAACACUCACCUUCUCCGGUCCCAGUGCAGCCAACUAUUUCCUGGGCCACAGACGUCUGAGCACCUGAGAUCUCCUCAUUUAAAGUGUUAUCAUCUUUCAUAGACAUUGAUGUACUCACUUUGUCUUCUUUGUCCAUGUAAAGAAUGUCUGGGUGUCUCUGCGAUCACUGCUUGCACACCAUUCUUUUCGUGCAGGUUUUGCUGAGGUGGCCUUGUGUUAAGCAUCCGAAGCACAACCCCUUCAUCUUCAGGAAAUCCACUCGAUCUUUAUGUGUUAGCUCUUUAAACUUCAUGCAUGAUUCAAACAUGUGAUUCUUGUGGCAGAAGAUGCAUGGUGUUUCAAACGCAUUUGCUGCUUUAAACUGAGCAGCCUGCUUCACUGGUGCCUCUGUCUUUUUCUUCUCCACAGACAUGUUAACUGCAAAGCUACUUCUUUUCAGUCCACUUCUGGGAAAAGGUUUCUCCUUUUCUUUGUUUUUUUCUGCUAUAGAUGUGCGCCUGUCUUGGAGGUCUCCGAACAGUGGAUCCAUGGCUAUUUUAGCUUGACGGUCGAUGAACAUAACCAAGUCAGCAAAUCUUGCUCUGUGUCCUCUUCUUUCCAGAAUUUCGUAUGCCACAGUGCGCCAUUUAUCCUUUAUCUUGUAUGGCUGUUUUGAUAUCACUAUUUUCAUAUUUGUGGGGUUUUCCAUCUCCUCCAUAAACCUGACAUCUUCCAUUGUAUUUCGACAACCAGUCAAAAACACAGCAUAUGCAUGAAGAGAUUUACUGCCUUCAGCCUUGAUUUGUGGCCACGACAAAGCUUUGUCAAUGUAAGCACUGGCGAUCAUAAGCUCAUAUCCAUAAUGCUUCUGAAGAAGUCGUCUUGCUUCCUCAUAUCCUCUGCGUGAUGGCAUAUGUUCGCAACUUCGCACAAGCUCAUGUGGUUCUCCUGCAGUGUACUGUUGCAAAUAAUACAAUCUGUCCCGAUCGUUGUCUGUUUUUUGUUCAAUAGCUUGAUCAAAAGCUCUGGUAAAUGAUCUGUAGGUGAGUGGGUCACCUCUGAACACAGCAACAUCUUUAAUUGGCAGCUGAGCUUGCUUCUGUUGAUUAACCAACAUCUCUGUGAUCUUGUUCUGUUUUUGCAUUACUUGGAGAAUGCCAUCAUUGUUUCUGUCACAGUCUUGUCUAUCAGCAUUCUCUGUGCAUCUUGGUCUAACAACCUGUGGCUCCAUACUUUGUAGUAGUCUGGGCGGUUUAGCUUCAGCUACAGGCACGUUAGUGGGUAAAGAUGGUCUUCUUUCACUUUUUUGAACUUGAACUGCCCUGGCUACAUGCGAGCGGACAUAGCUGUUCAUGCCAUCUUUUGUUUGUUCAUAAUCCUUUAACACUUUUACAUUAGCUUGUGUCUCUGCAAUAGCUGCUUCUAAAGUCAGUCUUUCCAGCUUGGCAUUAAUGCGUGCUCUCUCCAUCUCAAGCUCUUGCUUCUGUUCCAAAAUUGCAGCACGUUCCACUAGUCCAGCUAACUUUGCUUCUUCAGCAGCACAAGCUGAUGAUGUUCUGGAUGUGACAGAUAAGCGUCCCAAAAGUGAAUCCCUUUUUCAUGUUUUUAUAGACACUUGUGAUGCACUAUCUUCAGGGGUAACACCAUCAUUUACAUCAUCCCUAACUGUCACAUGUUCUUGCUCUUUUUUGCUUUUACUCACAUCUUUAGCAAACUGAGUGAUUAUCAGCUUUUUAGGUUCAACCCAGCUGGUUUUAUCUGCAUUCUUCUCUUCCUCUGACAGAAGGUCCCACACUUGGAGUGUUAUAUGUUCAAACUCCGUGACCAAACAGCAAAAAUCACUGUCCAUGCAUGUUUCCACAUUUUGCAGAUUAUCUCCAUCUUCAUCACACAUCCAAGCCUCAAUUUCUUUCCUCUUACCAGUGAUCUUAGCCAAAACGCCCCGUCUGGCUCCAAUGAGUCUACGCAGCUUUUCCUCCAGCGCCCUCUCACUCAGCUUAACUGGUCUCUUACUUAACACAUUUGCAGCAUUUAACUCCUUUUCCUCAGCCAUUCUUCAGCAAAGUGAUGCAAAAAUUGUAUGAAAAUGAGCAAAGAAUAUCCACUUCACACAUCCUACAGGUGCAGCACAACUUCUGAAACAUGCACACACUUCAAUGGCUUCUUCAAAGGCGAGUUAUCCUGCCUGUGUGCGGAGCGAGCCUCCUUAAUUACCACAUCACUGUCAUUUUUGUCAAUUUCUUUCGGAUCCGGCUUCAAAACUUUGUUAACUCCUUUUGCGGACGUUUCAUAGUAUCCAACACACCACAACUUGGUAUUGAGUCCAGUGUCUAAGCUGUGUGUCUGACUCCACGUGGAAAACCUCUGGUUCCGAGUUAACGAGCUCGUUAAGCACCUGCGGCUCCGUCCAGUUAAUCUUCUAAUCGUUUUUUCUACUAAUGUUGUGGCUUUCCUUCUUGUUGUCGAAGCCACAUGAGAGCCAUGAAAGGCAGGGUUUCAUACAGGAAUGAACGACAAGAUGUAUCCAAAAACUAAGUUUACUUUAAGAAAAAUCUAAAUACAUCCAAAACUCUGUCACUCCGUAGAAAAAAUUAUGUGCUCCCGUACACAGCUCCCAUCUAACUGAGGCCGUCGGUGACAUAAUCACGUUCAAAUACACGCACUCUAGAAAUAGCACAUAUAGAUAUACAAUGAAAACUAUGAAAUAAUGAAAUUCAAUUAUAAUCUCAAAUUAUUAUUCUUAACUAUAAAUCAUGGCUCCUACACAUGGUAUAGUUUGUUUAAAAAAAAAUUGUAAAGUAUGAUAAUAAUAUCAUUGUAUAGUGUGAUACAAAUGAUAAGAAGUAUGAUAAGAUAAACGUAAUACAAUAGUAUGCUAAAAAUAAAUCAUUGAAUAGUAUGAUAAAUAUAUCAUAAUACAAAAUGAUAAAAAUGUCAUAGUAUAGUUUCAUAAAAAUCUCAUAGUAUAUUAUGAUACAAAUGGCAUAGGAUUGUACAAUAAAAUGUCAUUGUAUAGUAUGAUAGAAAAAAGGUGAAUGCGUGUGUGUGUUUUCUAGCGGACAUGGCGGGGUCCUACAGGGAGGCGUCUCUUCAGACGGAGCUGGACGCAGAAAGACAGCGGUACCAGAACCUGCUGAAGGAGUUCUCCAGACUGGAGCAGAGAUAUGACAACCUGAAGGAGGAGGUGUCUCUGAGCAAGGUGAGCUUACUCCUCCUCACAGCCUGACGGAGCUCCUGUUUCAAUACUAACCCCGCCUCUCAUCAUGCUCUAGUUCCAGCCCGGCCACCGGAGGAACCCGUCCAAUCAGAGCAGCCUGGAGUCCGACUCCAACUACCCAUCCAUCUCCACCUCUGAGGUGGGAGACACCGAGGACUCCAUCCAGCUGGUGGAGGUGAGUCACUCUGGGUCAGUAGAUGAGGGCAGGGUCUGCUGGGGGCGGGGCUUAUCAGGGAGUAACCGUAUGUCUGUACCUGAGCAGGAGAUGGGCGUGGAGAAGGCGGCGAUGGACAUCAGUCUGUUCAUGAAGCUGCAGAAGAGAGUGAGAGAGCUGGAGCAGGAGAGGAAGAGGCUGCAGCUCAGCGUGGACAAGAUGGAGGAGCUCCACAAACGCAAGGUCCGUGGUUCUACACAACACUGGGGUUUGAGACCUGCUUUGGGUCCGAUUGACAAACAGGUCCACCUGAAUGAGUUUCUGAACGUCUAUGUUGAAGUUUGUCCACAAGAGGGCGCCAAGAGCGAGACUGAGGUGUAGAUCUUGAAGUGGGUUUCAUAGGAUUCUCCUGCAGGAACAUCAGGGUGGAAAUUUGUGAUGUUCAUACCUCAGCAGAGAGGGGUCUCACCCAGGAUUUCCACCUCAUCCGGGAUGGUGGCGAUUUUUGCUGUACCACAAUUCCUUCCGGAUCUGUUUGUGAGGCGAAUUUCGUGGCAGAUUAUGGACAGCAGGAAUCGUGAGAACUCACAAGAACCCGCAGAUUCACGUUCAAUCUUGUGAUAACGAGUUGUCUCUAUGAAAACAGCCACAUUAACAUAUAAGCAGUAGAUUGUGUCCUUCCAGAGGAGGAAAUCUACUUCUAGACUUCUAGAAUCAGCAUCUUCUCAUCCAUGGUGUCAUCGGGGUGAAAUGACGUCUAAAAACCUUUCACUUGUUCGUCUCCACCCGUUUGCAUGGUGUGAAAUACGAUCCUCCUGAAACAUGGAUUGUUUUAUUUUGAAAAGAAGCAGGAUGUUUUAUUUGGUGUCUAUGACUUCCUUCCAGCACGGGUUAAUCUGUGCUGAAUUUAUCUGGCGUGCUCUGGCGUCUAGAACAUAAUAGAGCUCUUGUGGUCAGCUGUGGAGUCCGGCGAUCCGCGGAGGAACGGAAAGAAGCUGGUGGAAAUUGACACGUUAACUUGAAUGGUUACGAUCAGCUACAAUGGGAGGAUACAACCUUUUAGUAGACGUUCCGGAUGUGGGGGGGAUCUGUUUGAAAAUAAAAGGAAACAUCAGAAUGACAGUCACGUGUCUUUGUUUCAGGGUUCAGAGUCCAGGAUCUCCGAGCAGGAGAACGCAGAUCUGGCUUACAAUAAUCUGAAGGUUUGCACACACACACACACACACACACAUUCUCAUCUGGACACAAAUGUAUGACUGAGUCAUUUGACUGGAUGCAUCUUCAGUCGGUCUAAAUUUUAACAGAGACCAAUGACGUUGGUCUCUGUUGUUGUUUAUCUGUGUCUGUAGUCGUCAGCACAGACCUCUCUGUCUCUAAGGGUCUGUACAUUUCUCCAGACUCCACCCAGAGCUUCUUUAUUAAAGCAGAAACACGUCUCAGCGAAUAUUCACCAUGUAUGAGAACUAAUGUCUCCUUCCCUCACAGAGGACAUGCUCAUUAAGGUCAACUCCUUUUUUUUUUUUUGAAGAACCACUCAUUCAGGUUCCAGUCCACCAACCAAAAAUCAUAAAAUCAUGGAUCUGUAAUCCCGAAACAUGUUUGACAUUAAAAAGAGUUUUCUAACCCUUUGAAUCAUGAGGUAAAAACUUCUGUAAUCACCAGUUCAUACUUUAAAUGAUCUUCAGUAUCGAUCUUAAAGAGACAGUAAUAAUUCCGUCUGUAAUAUCGAGACUCUGCUCUGGACCUGCAGCGACAGGAGCUGGAAACCGAGAACAAGAAGCUAAAGAACGACCUUAACGAGCUGAGGAAGGCGGUUGCCGAGCGCGCGUCUCAGAACAACUCGUCCAAUGAACUGCAGGAGAGCUACAACCUGCUGCUCAGCCAGCUCAAAGCAGCCAAUGAGGAGCUGGACGCCCGCAAGGAGGAGGUGCUUAUUCUGAGGACGCAGAUCGUCAGCACAGCUCAGCUGCUGGAGAAAAACGACAACAUCGUGAGUUUGAAAAUCCGCCUACUGUUUGAACAUGUAAAGACCACAGUCUCAGUUUACUCCUGUUCACCUCUCAGUGUGAGGAGGAUUCUCAUCUACUGCAGAUCCUCACUAACCCUCCAAGUCAUCACUAAACCUGAGUUCUCUGGUUAAAUAAUAGUUAAGUCCAGUGUUGUUCCCAAACACAUUCAAUGAACGAUCGUCAUGAACUCGUUCAUAUUUCAGGCGAACGUGAACAUAACGUUCUUUAUUUGCGUAUGAACGCGUCAUUGUUGAACGCGCUCAUUCUGGCAUCUGUGAGCGGUGUUCUAAACUCCGUUCACAAGUGUUUCGGAUGUCCAGAGCCUUCCAGCCCAAACCGCAGCUAAAACACGCCAUAAACAGACCUUCAUAUUUAGUGGAAAGCCACCCAAUCUGGCAACCGCAAGCAGUCUGUCUGUUGCUCUGAUAAAUAUGUCAGUCAUCACGACAUCAGUAAACAUGAUGGACGAGGGAGGUCGCACUAGCUACCUGGAGCACACAGACUCGUAUGAGCCAGAACCGACACAGGCGGUAAAAAUUAAACCUUUUUAUGUAAACUUUGUCCACUUGGUUUGAGGAAGCAAAUCUGAACAUCGACUACGUCUUUAGCAAACCUUAACUGGAUACGAUAUCGUAUAACAAUAUCAUAUCAUUAUUGUCAAUUGUUAUUUCCAGUAUUUGUUCUGGUUCCUCUUUAGUCUGACUGAAAUGGAGUUUGAUGUGAAUUGUUUCCAAGUCAGUUUGGAAAAGUUUAAAAAAUUUAAAGACGACAGUCCUGUUGUUGUAAUCCUAAUAAAGAGUCUAAAAACCAUUCAAGCAGCAGGUUUUCCUCAUGUUUAUGAAAAUAUACUCUAGAGAUGAACAUUCCUACUAGUGAGGAGUGAACUAAACUUUCGGGAAACACCAGUAUUCUGAGGGCUGUCCUCUCUAUUGUAAACCUGGUUGGAUUAGGAUUUGGAAUUGGAUAUGAAGAUAAAUCUGACGUAGUUUCAGUGUUAAACUAGAAAAAUUGCAUUUCCCUGCAGAAAAUGCGUGGAAAUGCUGAGUGCUGAAAGCUGAAAAAGCAAUGCAAAACUGCUAAUAAAACAUGGAGGAAGGUAUAAAUGUAAAUGCUGUUGAAGGGGUAAAGAAAAAAUAGAAGUUGAAUAAUUGUGAAAAUGGUUAAAGGACAAAUAGUAUGAAUAUGCUCUAUAUAAGGAAAUUUUAUUCAUGCUGAAAUAUGCUAGAGAAAUGUCUAAAAAUUGCACAAAGUUUGAAUGAAGAAGGAAAUUACCUUAAAAGGGAGGAAGGUGAAAAGUGGCAUAAGUUUAAGUUGUAGUACUAGAAGUAGUAUGAUAAGUAGUCAAAGCAGUGAUAUUAGUAGUCAUGUAAGCAGUUGAAGUAGUUUGAGAAAAAAGAAGUAUAAGUCUAAGCAGUAGAGAAAGUAGCAAUAGUAGCAAUAGCAGCAGUCGAGAAAGUAGAAAUAGGAGCAAUAGAAGAUGAAAUAGAGGGGAAAGUACUAGUUUAGUUGACAUUAGCAGUAGUUUUAGUACUAGAAGUUGGACUUUGUUUGAAGGAUGGACUAAUGCAUGAAUAUUAAAACUAAUUAAAAUAAUUAAAAAUCCUCAAGUAUUCGAAAGUUUUGGAGUAUCAGAAAGGUUUGAAUCUGUAUGAAUGAGAUUAAAUAAGUUUGAAAAAUAAAGUAAUAAAUCAUCAAUGAGUGACUUUAAAAUGGGAAAAAUUUAAAUGAAUAAAAAUCCUGAAAACACCCCAUAAUGUCCUCAAUGAGCUGAAUUUUUGGAGCCCUGAGUGGUUUCUGUAGGUCAAAGUUUGUGGUAGGAGAGAGGGGCCAAAGUUUGUCAAGUGCUCUGGUAAAGGGUUUUUAAUGUAAACCCCAGUGCUUUGUGUACUGAGCCUGGCUUCAUGUGUCUCAUUUGGCCGUUAGAAGCAAUUUAAAUGAAUAAAAAUCCUGAGUACACCCCAUAAUGUCCUCAAUGAGCUGAAUUUUUGGAGCCCUGAAUGGUUUCUGUAGUUCAAAGUUUGUGGGAGGAGAUAGGGUCAGAAAUUUGUCAAGCGCUCUAGUGAAGGGAUUUAAAUGUAACCCCCAGUGCUCUGUGUGCUGAGCCUGGCUUCAUGUGUCUCAUAUGGCCGUUAGAAGCAGCUUUCCAGUCAGCUGUGUGUCACCAGGUGCACUAAUUGGUUGCCAUGGGGACCAUAGAUGCAUCACUACAGCAGGAGAAAGGAGGCUUGAAGCUUGAAUUUUAAGAUUUCUUCAUUCAUUUCAAUGGGAAAAAUUUUGCACAAAACGUAAAGAAUAUCAAAAAGUAUAAAGAGUAGAAAAGUGAAAAAUACAUCCGCACUUGUCCUGAAGGAGAGGAAUAGUUUAAAAGUUGAACAGUUGAAAUAGCACAAAGUUUGAAGGAAUUGAAAAGUUGCAAAAAAGGUACAUAAUAAUAAUAAUAAUAAUAAUAAUAAUAAAGAAUGCUUAAUCAGCAUUUCCACUUAAAUAAUUGCUGUCUGUGGUUCUAUAUGGGCUCUGUAAAAAAUCUGGACAAAUAAUAGCUUACAGCAAAAUAUUGGAGAAAAAAAAAGAACUAAAUGAGUUCAUUUUUGGGAACCAUGAAAAUGUGGAAUUAGGAACUAUGAACUGAACGAGUUCAUUUUAAAAUGUGUGAACGGAACUUUGAACUUUCCCAACACUGGUUAGGUCAUAAAAACCCGGUCCCAAGAAAAAAAAGAACCGUUGAUUUUUAAAGGACAAAUCUGACCCGAGGAAGUCAGCGUAUCAUCUGCAAACAUAGAGUACUCCAAUUUUUAAUCUCAGGUUGGGUUUUAAUCUCUCUGGGUCUUUGUAAAACUCAGAAUCUGGUCUUUGUGGUUUCAGGGCAGCAGCAGCGUCCCUGAAGUGAAGAACAGUGAGGAGCCUGUGGACAAAGAGGAGGCUUCUAAAGCCUAUCAUGGACUGCAUGAGUCCAAGAAGUAAGUCCAGCCGGUCCAUCUCAGAUCACAGACUCUGAGACCAAGACCUGAGACCUGUACUCACUCUGGGUCUUAUAUAAUACGGGUCAGAACUGAGGCUCAUUAUGAACCUCACUCUGGAUCAGACCAGUUCUCUGCUCAUCCUUGAUCAUGUCUCUGUGCUGACUAACUCUUCAGUGUCUGUCCUCUGCAGCCUUCCUCACUCUCUGCUCUUGUUUUCUCCUCCUCUUCCUCCUCCGUUCAGCAGCUCUCAGCAGGACUGGUGCUCUCUGAACGAAGACGCAGAACUGGGUUUGGCUUACCAAGGCCUCAAACAAGUGGCCAGGUCUCUGUUUGCUUCAGUCUUCUUCUUUUUCUUCUUCUUCUUCUUCUGCUGCCCGCUCCCUUGUCCUUUAUUUCUCACUUUAAUUGUGAGAAAUAAAGGUAAUUCAUGCUGUUGCAUGGGGGGGGGGACUCAUACAUUUUACAAUUCACACAAAUCUAUUUUUAGUCACAGUGAAACAGUCGCUCUGUUAAGGCCUGUGUUAAAUCUGCAGUCCCUCUUAACUGCAGAAACCGUCUGAGACCUUCCUGGUCAGCAAACAUUUCUACAGCUCAGAACAAGACCACAGUAUCUGACAGGGUCUGAUAUCCUGAGUCUGUGGCACAGUCAGUUUGGAUGAAGAGUUUAUUCUCCACAGUGUAGUCACCAAAUUGUUGGAGCUUUAUAGAUAUCCUUUAAUCAGAUGUUUCCUGUUUUCUGACGUUGUUAUUGAUAACUGUACAUUAACACGCCAUGUGUCCCGUCAGGCUGCUGGAGGCUCAGCUGCAGUCUCAGGCCCGGCAGCACAGGGACGAGCUGGAGGCUCUGCACACUCAGAUCGAACUGCUGAAGGAUGACAUCGAGAAGAAGCAGGAGAUCCUCAACUACACCUCCUCCCUGUCUCCUGAGGCCAAGGUGGAGUACAGUGUCCAGCAGGAGAUAACCAGACUUACGAACGACAACCUGGUGAGCGUAACUCACACACUUACACACACUUACACACAAUUUUUCUGCUCAAGCAGGAAAAUCAGGUCCAGACACAUUCAUGUAAGAGAUGAGGACCACCUUGUUGGGGACAUUCAGGGACUUCAGGAAUAUGCAUUACACCAACCAUGGCCAACUAAUACAACCUGACAAACUGUGUAUUCAUGAACACGUCCUCCCAACCCACAAAGACCAACAAAAGAUUAGACACGCUGAUGGAGGGUUUGACCACCAGGGGGCUCCUUAACUCCAAAAAAGGCUACUAAUUUCCACGUAACUUUUAUUUUACUGCAGCAAAUGGGAUGAUUUUUUGUGCAGAUGCUUAUAUUGAUGGACACUUUGAGAAUAUGACUGGAUAUGAUUUUCACCAGGUCAAAAAUAUGCGCUGGGCUAUCCUUUGUUAACGCUCAGUGGCUAAAAAAAGCCACUAACUUUGACUGCUGUAAAAACAUAUUGGGUUAAUAUUGUUUUCCUUUUUUUUUUCAUAUAUCUCUUAAUUAACUUCUGCUUUGAUCAAAACUAGUAAAUGUUUCAUCUAAAAACAUUUUUUAACCCUUUGAGGGUCCAUUCAAAACAUAAUGUCACUGAUAUGGUAGAAAAAUACACAAAAAUGACCUAUUUUCAUCAUAAAACAUAAUCAGUAACAGGUGAUUUUCACCUGUCCCCCACCCAACACCUUCGACGCUUUACCCUUCAGUGCGGUGGGAGGUACCCUGACUGGCAGCGCUCACCAUGGGCAGCGGCUGUGGGCUUCCCACCAUCACUGAUGACCCAUUCCACUUCCCCCACCCCCAACAACCAUAGCAUGUCUCCGAAUCUCUGUGUAUGUGGUGUCAGUAAUGUGCUCAUGUUGCUGAGGGUUUUUUUUUUUUUUUGUCACUGCACCCAUAUUAAUGAGAGCAGUCUCUUCUUUUUACCUCCUCCUCUCCCUCCCUCUUGUGUGUACUUUCCCCAUCUGUAAAUGCAAUUUCGUUGUGCACAAGUGCAGUGACAAUAAAGUCCAUACUAUACCAUACCAUAUGGAAAAAAAAUCAGUGGCUUUUUUUAGCCACUGAGCGUUAAGAGAGGAUGUAAAUCUAAGGGUUACACAAGGGUUAAAAAUCAUGGAUAAAUGUUUUCUCCAGAUGAAUUCAAUCAUGGAGUGAGUUCAAUCAGCCAAACAUGAUUCAUGUGAAUGAUAAGUGAGGAAUUGUAGUACUAAAAACAGGCACAAGGGGGCAGCGUGGACUCACAGAUUUUCCAAGAAGUGGGUCUGAACAUUAGGGAAACCUCUGUAACCAAAAUAAAAGAACAUCUGCAUGAGUAAUAAGGUCAGAAAGACAUGGUCCACGUCCUUCUAAAAGAACGUCCCCUCGUGUCGUAUUUAAAAUGUCCACAUACUCCAGAAAAAAAAGAACACUCUGAAACACACUCAGAUUUGGAUGAUUUCUGCUUGUUCUUCAGGACCUAAAGGAGCUGGUGGAGAAACUAGAGAAGAACGAGAGGAAGCUGAAGAAACAGCUGAGGAUCUACAUGAAGAAAGUCCAGGAGCUAGAGGGUACCUGUGCACCUGUCUGGACCUGUGCACCUGUCUGAACCUGUGCACCUGUCUGAACCUGUCUGAACCUGUACACCUGUGCCUGUCUCUCCUCACUGACUUCCUGUGUCUGCCUCUUUAGCGGCGGCAGCGGCUCAGUCCAGCAGGUCCAGGCCUGAGCUGAGUCGUCAGGUGACGGUCCAGAGGAAGGAGAAGGACUUUGAGGGGAUGUUGGAGUACUACAAAGAGGACGAGGCCCGGCUGCUGAAAACCCUGAUCUCAGGUGAGACUGGGGCUGAUCCUGGGUUGGCCUGUUGGUUAAAGAACCAGAUCGAGGAGCCGGGGUGACACCGGAGGAGAAAACAGGAACUGGAAUAUUUUCACACAUUAAAGUUGCAGAUUAUUGGAGUUUUAUUUUGAAAAAUGUUCCGGUUUCAUGGUCACGUGUUUCUGCGUUUAUGUUCUGAUCUUGUUUUCAGACAUAAGGCCCAACAUGGUGUCGGCCACCGUCCCCUGUUUGCCCGCCUACAUCCUCUUUAUGUGCAUCCGUCACGCCGACUACAUCAACGACGACCAGAAGGUGGAGGCUCUGCUCACCUCCACCAUCAACUGCAUCAAGAAAGUCCUGAAGGUAAGAGCCUGCACACCUCCACCUGUCUGACCUUGAUUAACCCUUACAGCUCUGAAACACAGAGAGGGUUACUUCAUGUAAAGACUUUAACUUGACUCUGAUUUGGCUCCUCCCCCAGAAAAACAACAAUGACUUUGAGAUGACGUCCUUCUGGUUGGCCAACACCAGCCGCCUGCUGCACUGUCUAAAACAGUACAGCGGGGACGAGGUGAGCCUCAGACAUGACCGCCACGCUCUGAGGUUGUUCUUGUCCGGUCAUGUGGGUCACACGUGCGCUCUGUCUCUGCAGGCCUUCAUGACGCAGAACACCAGCAAACAGAACGAGCACUGUCUGAAGAACUUUGACCUGGCAGAGUACCGACAGGUGCUGAGCGACCUCUCCAUCCAGAUCUACCAGCAGCUCAUCAAGGUGGCCGAAGGGGUCAUCCAGCCCAUGAUCGGUGAGGACUACCUGGUGGAGGAGAGCAGGGUGACUCAUGGAGUCACACAGGCCAGAAAGAAGGGGAGAAGCUUGACUUGAGGUCGCUCAAAUUUCAGCAGAAAUGGAGGAGAGGGCAGAGCUGUAGAGAAGCGAGGAGCUCCACCCUCUCCUCCACUAAUAUUCUUACCUCUAACUCUGAAAACAGGAUGCCAUUGUACUAGGACAAGUCAUGCUGUAUUAUAUAUGGUGGCCCUAAAGGUCAAUAGCUCAAAUAUUCAUAAAAAAUAAUUUUCUAGGUUUUUCAGACAUCUUGCGAUGCAUACUUAGACACAUCAUCAGUGAUGUAACCCAGGGUCCUCGGGUGUUUCGGGUCUUUCAACAUCAUACACCCUCACCUGGGCGACCCAGUCGGGGUUGAUCAAGCCCCGACUUGUGUCUAAGUAGCUUUAGUGGUCCACAGCUCACCCCGCUUGAUCCACAGCCAUUUUGAUGCUCUCUCUGUGGCAUCUGAGAUUGCCUUGAUGGCUCUCCUACUCUGCAGCCCUCUCACUCCCAGCCUCUUCAGUGCCCUACAGAGAGACUGGACCGCGAAGCCCCUACACCCCACCUCAAUGGGGUCACACCAGGUCACAACCAUUCUGUCAGAACUCACUUGCCAGCACCUCAUAUUUGGCCCUCUUCCUUUUAAAGGCUUCCUCCAUCCGGUCUUCCCAAGGAACAGUCAACUCCAACAUUACCACCUGUCUGGAUGUUUCUGACACCAGCACUAUGUCUGGCCUGAGUGAGGUCUCAGCAAUGGAAGUUGGAAAUUUGAGCUGUUUCCCUAGGUCCACCUUCAGCCGCCAGUCCUGAGCUGCUGUUAGAAGCCCUCCUGUUGUUCUUGAGGAGUGGUGCACCUUCUCUCCAGCCUUGACAAAAGCUAUGGUGUUCUUUGCUGGUUGUUGCUGCCUGCUCCUGGUGAUCCCUGAGCAGAUGACCCGGAGCACCCGAUCGUGACGCCAGCGGUAGCGACCCUCUCCUAGGGCCUUCCCGCAGCUGCUCAGGAUGUGCUCCAGGGAUCCCCUUUUCAUGCAGAGUAGGCACGUAGGAGUCUCUGCCAGGCCCCAGCAAAAGAGGUUGGAUGGGCUGGGGAGGACGUCAUAGACUGACUGGAUCAGGAACUUUAUACGGUUUGGCUCGGACUUCCGACCACGACAUUUCUCAGUCAAACAUCUGCUCCCAUCGUGCCCAGGCACCCUGCUGCCGCAUCCCCACAAUCUGGCUUGAGCGGGCCUCCUCCACCCCUGCUCGGAUUUCCUCCUGGACCAUUUGGCGCCUCUCUCUCCCCCUGACUCUUUCAAACCGAGGUUUCGGGUUGCUACGAAGCCCAGCUUGACCUGUUGUCACCACUCCAACCAGUACACUGUGCCUCAGCUGUGCUUCAGCCUGGUCAACUGCAUCUUGCGCCCUCCACUUCCUGCCAGUCCUCACCUCUAUGCCAGCUGAGGAGACCUUGAUGUCAUUUGAGUCUCUGUACAGCGACACCUCUCUUGCUCGGGUGGCCAUAAACUCCUCCGUCAGACUUCCGAGGGGGAUUUGCAGCUUGUUCUUCUUCCUGUACAAGGCGAUGCUGCUGAGGCUCCGUGGUAGGCCCAGCCACCUGCGUAGGUACUGGCUGACCUUCCUCUCGUAGCCCUCAACAGUUGUGAUCGGCACUAGACCAGCAGGGCCCAGAGCAGUCGUGGCAGGAUCCCAUGCUGGUAGAUCCAGGCCUUGAACUUGCCUGGCAGCCCUGAUCUGUCCACUGCUGCAAGCCAGGUGCUCAACUCACUAGCAGUUGCUUGGAGUGCUGCAGUGUCUUUCAAUGUGCUGUCAAACCUCUUCCCCAAGCUCUUAAGAGGUUUCUCACUGAUCGAUGGAAUCUGGACACCUCCAAGGGAGAAGCGGAACUUGUCAGUAACCUUCUGUCUUUUCAGAACCAGGGAUCUUGACUUUGCAGGCUUGAAGGCCAUGCGUGCCCAGCUGAAGAGCUGCUCAAGGCCCUGAAGGACCCAUCUACAGCCUGGCUCUGAUGUUGUUGUCUCUUUCAAGUCGUCCACAAAUGCUCUGAUAGGGGGCUGCCACACUCCUGUCCUGCUGAGAGGGCCUCUACACUCCACCUCUGCCAACUCCACCAGCAUAUUCAUAGCCAAGGCGAACAACACCACAGAGAUUGUGCAUCCCGUAAUAAUGCUCUUCUCUAGCCGAUGAACUGCAGAUGUUUCUGUUCCAGAGGUGACUCUCAGGCUGAAGUUGCUGUAAUAGUCCAUGAUGAGGUCCCUGUUUGUACCUGGAACAUAGUGUCGCUCGAGAGAGGUUUCCACCAGCUUGUGGAGGAUUGACCCAUAGGCAUUGGCUUGAUCAAGCCAAAGGACUGCUAGAUCACCUUUACCCUCUCUUGCCUCACGAAUGAGCAGGGUGACAACCCCGGUAUGCUCUAGACACCCUGGUACCCUUGGGACUUCCCCUUUCUGUACAGAGGUGUCAAUGUAUUGGUUCCCAAAUAGGAACUCUGUCAGGCGACGGGCAACAACAUUGAAAAAUACCUUGCCCUCCACACUGAGGAGUGAGAUGACUCUGAACUGCUCGAUGGUGCUUGCGUUCUCCUCCUUAGGAAUCCAGACACCCUCUGCUCUUCGCCACUGCUGGGCCACCUUCCCCCUCCUCCAGAUGACCUUGAUGAGCUUCCAAAGACACCUCAGCACCUCUUGUAAACUACAUAUGACACUCCACUGGGUCCCAGUGCUGAAUUUGUUCUUGCAGCCCUAAUGACCUCCUCCACCUCGUUCAGAGUUGGCUCCUUGCUGUCAAAUACCACUGUUGGUUCUGGAGGAGUGAUCAGUGUGCUGCACGGACCAAGCUCUUGCUCUUUAGUCACGUCACUGUAGGUGGUUUUGAGGUACUUGUUGAUCUCAUCCUGUGUGCAGGUGAGAUGUGCCGCUCCUCUUCUGCCCAAGGAUCUUCCUGAUAAAUCCAUAUGGAUUUGCAAUGAAGGCUGCUCGUCUCCUGGCUCUCUCUCUUCCUCUCCGCCUGUGCCACUCUGCCCGACAGAGAGUGGUGAGUUUCUUCCUCACAAUCUUGCGGAGCUCAGCAAGGCCACUCUUCUCCUCCUCCCUUGCUGUCUUGUACUGUUUCGCCAACAGCCUAAGUUCCUGGCGCAACUGGCUGAUCUUUCCCUCCCUGCGAUUUGGCCUCCCUUCACCUUUUGAUGGUUGCUGCUCCUUCGUGCCAAACUGCUCUGUGUCGAUGCUCAUGAUCAUGGUACACAUAGCUCGCAUCUUCUGGUCUGUAGUGCCUCUGGCAGUGGCUUCCAGCACUUGGUCCACAUCCUCAUCGAACUGGCGCCAUUCUCUCUCCUUACUGGUGGCAGGCCACUUACUCUGGAAUUGGUCUGAGUGCCAAGUUUGGGGAGGGGCAGGUGGGGCGUGGAGGGACUGGGCUCUGUGGGGUGACUCCAGGCCGGGCUCCUCCUGCGUCUCACCAGGUGCUGGACCUGUGUGUUGCUCCACCUGCUUCCCCAUUAAACAUCUCAUUUUGGCCAUGCUGAUUCUUAAGGACCUUGCCACAUGUACAGACUGCACUCGUUGUCGUUAUUCCAUUAGCCUGGGUUGUUGCCUGUAAAGUUGGGACCGCCCUCUCGUCAUAGAACUCCAGAGACGCUGAGCGUCCGAUGGGCGGGACAAAGCCCAGCAUUUAUCCAAUGAGUGUCUAGUUUUGCUGCUGGAACAACCCACUUUGAGCUUCCACAUUGAAGUCAGCAGACGCUGAGCGUCCGGCUGUGUGAAGCGCUGAGGCGCUGCGAGGAUGAAUGAGAACGAAGUUGUGCCGGUUACCUGUGAUUAUCAGCUUCUUAUCACAGUGUGAUAAGAAGCUGAUUCUGAACAAAAGAUGAAGGCUUUCUAGCGCGUAUUUAGUUAAUGAAAUGUACACACAGCAGUACGUAUUUCACUACUUCUUCUUUUUUUUGGGGGGGUGACAUUUUAAUGGAAGCUGAGCUUCCCUUGCAGUCUUAGAGCAAUCGCCACUGCUACAGAGAGACUGGACCGCGAAGCCCCUACACCCCACCUCAAUGGGGUCACACCAGGUCUUCCAACCAUUCUGUCGGCACUCGCUUGCCAGCUCCUCAUAUUUGGCCCUCUUCCUUUCAAAGGCUUCCUCCAUCCAGUCUUCCCAAGGAACAGUCAUCUCCAACAUUACCACCUGUCUGGAUGUUUCUGACACCAGCACUAUGUCUGGCCUGAGUGAGGUCUCAGCAAUGGAAGUUGGAAAUUUGAGCAGUUUCCCUAGGUCCACCUUCAGCUGCCAGUCCCGGGCUGCUGUUAGAAGCCCUCCUGUUGUUCUUGAGGAGUGGUGCACCUUCUCUCCAGCCUUGACAAAAGCUAUGGUGUUCUUUGCUGGUUGUUGCUGCCUGCUCCUAAAAUUCAUACAUAAUUCACAAACAUGAAAAUAUUCCACAUGAACACAAAAUUUAAAAUGAAGACAUUUUUAAGGCAGUAUCUAAAUUUCAGAAAACAAAAUAAUAUUUGAUAAACAAUUUUAAAUGAAAACAAAACUAUUAAAGAAAUUCAAUCAUUUUUUAGAAGAAAAGUAUGAAAGUGAAUGGUUUAAUUUUGGCAACAAAAAUCAUUUUAAAAAUUAACAAAUUCAAAAGACAAAACUGUUUUUGAAAAGGAUAAAGUUUAAAAAACAAAAAAUUAUUUAGCAAAUACAUUUUGAAAACAAAAAUAUUUUUAAAAUGGAAACAUUUUAACAGAAAUAUUCUAGGAAAUCUGUAAAAUUUUGAAAAAAAAUAAUGUUUAAGGAACACUUAUAACUUUGAGAAUGUAAAAAUCUUUAAGAAAAUGAAAUUUAAAAACAAAAAUAUUUUAGAGGAUGAAUUAAUUUGAACAUUUCAAUAAAAUGUUAUUAAAAAUAAAAGUUAAAGUUAAAAUUAAAAUUAAGUUUUUGGUUCCUGACAAAUCCCUCGAUAUUAAGAACGACUUUUAAAGUGAAAGUAGAGCCGCUCCACUUGAUUGUUGUUGGAAGAUAUAUUAUAGAGAGUUAAAAAAAAGUUUCAUUCAGAAAAACAUUUUUUUCAUUUUCUAAAAUAUUUUGUGUUCCUGUGAAAUAUUUAUUAAUUUUUUAUCAAAUGUUUGUGUUUCCUGAUUAUUUUUGCCAUUCACCUUCAGGGCCUCCAUACUGUCAGCACAUUUAUUUGGGUGUUUUAAACCAUCAGAUUGCUAACAAAGUGAAAAUAGAAAAUAACUUUAACAAACCCCUCCUAUCUCUUUGGCCCUCCUGAGCUGAGGUGAAAAAAAAAAAUUUUUUGGUUUUUGAAUUUGUUGUCCAAAAACCAGAGGGUGCUGUCCCACAGUCUGGUGUUGGCCCUCAGACUGAGGAUCUCAGCAGGACGUGAAGAUGGGAACUCUUGAACCAAACAAAACCUCGAGACAAGAAUGAAGCAGAAAUUUGACUGAUUUGCCUUUAAGGAAACACACUCCACUCAUUCAAACCCUUCACUACAUCAGUCUAGAGUAGGUUAGUAUGGUUAGCCAUUUAAAAAUCUCCAUAUCUCAUCCUGGCGUCUCUCAAAACUCUCCAGCCUCAGGACUUCCUGUUGUCCGCGUCUACACUGAUUUAAAGUCGGACACAGCCCAGGGGUGUUACACAGCUGCAGCUCCACUCUGUCCUUCUGUGCCUGAGCGUCAUGAAGGUCUUUCUAGACAAACAGCUCCAGGUUUCAGUAUCAGCUAAGACUCAUAUCGAGCUGGAACUGCUCGUUGUUUUUAAAGGAGUCCUCAGUGCAGUGGUGAGCUCUAACAGUGACAAUGGUGUCCUGAAAACAUCCAAACUUCCUGUUUGUUUUCUGGGGUCUUUGAAAAGAGCUGAGACUGUCCUUCAGGGCCAGAAGUAGACUGACCCAGCAUUUCCACGGCUUCCAGAAUGGGUCAGAUCUGGAACGGCAGCAAUUUUCGCCGUCUGACAGUCUGACAGAGGCUGAACAAAAAUAAUUAUUAACGCUACCAAACGGUGUGUUGAUGCCCCUUGAGGCACAUUUUUAUGGAUUUCAAUUGGAUUUUUAUCACUGAUUAAAUGGCAAGAGCAUUUUCUAAACUUACACUUUACAUGUCAGAAUCCAUCGAUAAGGUCCUGUCUCCUCAGUUUAGCACCUUUGAGGAGUCUCUCCUUGUUAUUGUUCUCCGGGCAUGACUGGCAUCACUGAACCAGGAUCAGUUGGGACUUUCCUCUGACAUCUACAGAAACCAUCUGCUGCUGAGAAGGCAGCUUCAUCUCUGACUCAUUUCCCUUAACCAUGACUCAUCAUCUGCGCACGGCCAUCACCGUGACAAUGGAGUAAUUACUGUCAGUCGAGACCUCAUGGAGGAGAACCGCUGAACCGUUCAGGACUCUCAUCACCUUCAGCAGACACCCCACAGAGGUGUUGGAGAGUCUGAAGCUGCUGUCUGCUGAGUCUCAGGUAAACACGCCCCCUCAUCUCUCUCUCUCUCUCUGUCUGUCUGUCUCUCUCUCUCUCUCUGUCUGUCUGUCUGUCUCUCUCUCUCUCUCUCUCUCUCUCUCUCUCUCUCUCUCUCCUGUUUCCAGUGUCGGCCAUGUUAGAGAGCGAGAGCAUCCCCAGCCUGGCGGGGGUCAAACCGAUGGGCUACAGGAACCGUUCAUCCAGCAUGGACACAGACGCCGGCGGCCCCACCAGCUACACCCUGGAGGCUCUGAUCCGACAGCUGGGUCAGUUCCACGCCAUCAUGAGAGACCACGGCCUGGACCCUGAGAUUGUGGGUCAGGUGGUCCGGCAGCUCUUCCACUGCAUCAACGCUGUCACGCUCAACAACCUGCUGCUGCGCAAAGACGUCUGCUCCUGGAGCACAGGCAUGCAGCUCAGGUACGCCCUCAACGCCACCACCUGUACGACAUCACAGGCCCAGGCUUUAUCUGUCACCUUUGACUUGUGUGUGUGUGUGUGUGUGUGUGUGUGUGUGUGUGUGUGUGUAUGUAUGUGUGUGUGUGUGUGUGUGUGUGUGUGUGUGUGUGUGUGUGUGUGUGUGUGUGUGUGUGUGUGUGUGUGCAGGUACAACACCAGUCAGAUGGAGGAGUGGCUCCGGGGAAAUAACCUGUACCAGAGUAAAGCUGCCGCAACUCUGGAGCCCAUCAUCCAGGCCGCUCAGCUGCUGCAGGUCAAGAAGAAGACCACGCAGGACGCAGAGGCCAUCUGCUCGCUGUGCACUGCCCUCACCACCCAGCAGGUCUGUAGCCAUGGCAAUGGGCACACCUGCCGAUCAGAGGUCCUGACGUUGAAGUCCUGACGUUGAUCUAUGUUUCAGAUUGUGAAGAUCCUGAACCUGUACACGCCUCUGAACGAGUUUGAGGAGAGGGUCACCGUGUCCUUCAUCAGGAACAUCCAGGUGAGACUCACACAGGUGGCGUUAGGGGCGGGGCUUACUGACUUCUAGUGGUGCCGUCUUUCUAUCAGCAGAGGGCGCUGUCUGCCUUUGACUCAUUGGAGGUCAUUACUCCUCCUUGGUCAUCACCGCAGACCGGGUUUUACUGAGGAGUAAAUGUCCUGCCAUGUGAGGGACGAACUCUGGUCCCAGUCUUCAUGUAGUCCCCAAACUUUACCAGCUCCCAGAGGUACUAAUAAUUGUAGAUAUAGAUAAGAAAGGCUAGAUGACUCUAUGAGGCGGAGUCACCGGCGUCCCUCCAUGACGGCCAUCUUACUCCAGUAUACCAUUCUGAUACGCUCUAUGGUAGCUGAUGGGAGGUGAGUAAUCUAUAUGAUCAAAAAUACUCUUAACUCGCUGAAAUCUUGACAGAUUCGCAAAUGGAGUAGUUUAUUACAGACCUAAAUAACGUGACUAUGAGUCAGGAUGUUUGGACUUAUUAAAAUUACAGAUUUACUUUGAGAAAAAAAAAGACUUAAUCAUGAAACACAGUUGUUUCACUUUGGGUUAACUUUGAGUCACUUUGUCAAGGCUGAGACUACAAUCGAGAUUUUAAUUUCUUGUAUGACAGCCUAUUUUUUUUGUUUAAGUGUCAGUGUUUGUGGAUGUGCUUGUGUUUAUCAGCUGUCUAACUUGGCUAACAGACUCGCUGUGAGUGAGACAAAGCAUAUAUCACAAAUUGACUCAGUAAUUUUACAUCAGUUAAAGAGGCAGAAAUGCUCUUUUGAUUCAACAUAACUUAAGUUACACAUGAUUUCCAAACUGUUUGGUUUGUUAAAAACAUCUAAAAUGGAAACAUCAGGCAGAAAUUCAUAUUGAAAAUAAAUAUUUACAUAUGUCGUUGUUAUAUGUUAUUGUUGUAUGUUUAUAUGUUUGCUCAUCUUUUUUAACUCAUGAUAGCGUUUCCUCAGACAUCUGUGGCAAGUUGAAGAGUCCUGGGGCCUCAUUUAUCAACCGUGCGUACGCACAGAUGUGUGCGUAAAGAGUGCGUACGAACAUUCCCACUGGAAUUUAUCAACCUGUACUUGUGCUUAGGAACGUGCGUAAAUUUAAGCACAACUCUGACCAUGCGUACACACAAAACCUAGUGGUAGGACAGUAAAACUACAAAUAGAACCCCUUAAAGGAGUCACAGCGUUCCGCAAUCUCAAACUUCACACAUGUUCCUGUUGUCUCUAUACAAAAUUUAUCAAUUAGUAAUUUAGCAGACAUUUUGAAUGAUUGGUGAGACAAGCUUUAAAAAUCUGCUGUGACAGGACAACCUCAAAAGAAGUCUUACAAGUACAAAUACAAGUAUAACGGUUUAUUUUGCGCUAAUGGAGGACUUGGAGAAGCGUCUACUCCUCCGCUGGGAGCACGUUUUCAAAGAGCGUGCUGAUCUGUUCAGUGAGAACUCAGAGUGGAUUCUCAGCAGGUACCACUUCCCCAAAACAUUUUAAUGGAUUUACGCCGUGAUUUACCACCCGUGUCGGAGCGAGAAACAAAACGCACCAAAGCCAUCCCAGCGCACAUCCAGCUCCUGUCCACCCUAACUCGAACAUUUCAGCGUGAGAUUUGAGACAUAUACGGCAUUUCACAGCCAAAGCUAAGCAGAAUCAUGCCGACAGAGUUGAAAGCAAUAAUUUCUCCGGCCUCAAUUUACAUCCAGUUCCCAAACACACAUCAGCAACAAGCCGAAAUAAAACGAGGAUUUCACGCCAUCGCCGGAUUCCCAAACACAAUUGAAGCCGUAGAUUGCACCCACAUCGCAAUAAAAGCACCUUCACACAGUAAAUUCAGAUUUGUCAACAGGAAAAGAUUUCAUUCAAUCAAUGCACAAAUAAUCUGCGAUGCACAUUUGUUUCUGUUAAACGUUGUUGCCCGGUGGCCUGGAGGAACGCACGACUCAUCCAUUCUGCAGAACAGCGCUGUGAGUGUGCACCUCCAGGAGGAGGAAAAACAUUCAUACACGCAUUUUUAAAGGGAUUGUUGAUGCCAUAUAUGGUCAAUUGGAGGCGUUCCUGAAUGCAAAUGACCCUAACCAUGCACGAGCAUGGUAGUAAAGAACAGGUGGGAUUUAUCAUCACCGAUUACUUAUGUGUGUGCGUACGACCGGUGUCCGCACGUUUGAUAAAUAUGGAUUUUUUUGUACUUACGCACAUUGUAAAUUUCAUUCCUACGCCAGAAUUCAGAACCUUUUCUACGCACUUUUGAUAAAUAAGUCCCCUGGUCUUUAGUGUGUGUAUCUGUAUCUGUGUGUGUGUGUGUGUGUGUGUGUGUGUGUGUGUGUGUGUGUGCUGUAUGUGUUGAAUGGGGGUUGGGAGGGUGGGUGGGGUUUGGACAGCGAAUAGACAGCACUUUGUGCUUUAAAGUGCUUUAAAAAUAAAGUAUGAUUGAUGUUAUUAUAGUUAUCCCUAUGAUAGAAAUAUUACUGAAUUAACAUACAUGUAAUGAUUAAAUGUUUUAUAUAUAAAUGAUUUAAUAUAACUGCCUGGUGUCUGUAGCUAUUGCUCUACCUAUCUACUUCAAGUUUAUUUAUGAAAAUCCAUGGUUAAAAUUAUUCUUGAGUAUGCAGGAACAUAACUGCAUAUGUUCACACUGCAGGUCAAUUCUGAUUUUUUAACCAUAUGUGACACAUGUCUGAUUUUUUCAUGUAAGUGUAAACAGUGCAAUUCUGAUUUUUUCAAAUCCAACCCAGGCCUCUUUUUAAGUGGAUAUAAAUCAGAUAUGAAUGGAAUGUGACUGCAGUGUGGACGCUCAGUCGUGUUCAUCUGACCUAUACGUCAUCAAUAUGCGACAAACAUCACCAUUGUUCAACAACACAAACAGGCGCAGAAAGCAAUUUGUGCUUUGUGCGCAUGCCGGUCCUUUCACGGACGCAUUCCGUUCACAUUAGAUGCCGCAUUCGUUGUUGUAAUGUGAACGUCUGCACAAAAAGAUCGGAUUUAACAAAAAAUCUGAAUUGUGCAUUAUAACCUGCAGUGUGAACAUAGCCUAAAACUCUGAGGUUUGUUACAAACCAAACUGUUCAAAAAUCUGUCUAAAAUUAAUCAAUCUAUGGUUAUUUAAAUGUUACAUGAACCGUAGACUGGAAUGUUAGGUGGGGGCGAGCUGCCCUUAGCAGGAUGGCCGCCAUGCACAGAGGUUGGUCUCCAUUGGCUAACAGCGUGUGUAAGACAUCUAGUGUUUAUAUAUAUUUAUAUCUAUGGUCUCCACACCCGGACCCACAGAAAAGCAGAUUUUAACAAAGGUGUCAGCAAAGUCCUGAACCCUGACGAGGGGAAAACCCCUCAGAGUCCAGGAUCCUGAUCCUUCAGGGGGGCCUAGCUCCAUACUCCUGGACCUAAACUGGGUCAGUCCUAAAAACUGUCUUUACCCAGACUCCUCUGAGGGGUACGGCUGUCAGGUGUGGACCUGGUCUAAUCUGCGUGUCCCUCUGUGUGCACAGAACCAGCUCCAGGACCGGAACGACCCCCCUCAGCUCCUGGUGGACACCAAGCACAUGUUCCCGGUCCUCUUCCCGUAUACGCCGUCGGCCCUCAGCCUGGAGAUGCUGCACAUCCCCGCCUCACUCGGCCUUGACUUCCUCAUCAGGGUCUAAGUCUCCCUGAAAAACCACAGCAGACCUGGUCCUGGUCCAGGUCCUGGUCUGUGACUCCAGAACCAAACGCACACUCUGACCCUCAAAGACUUGAUCCACCAACCGGACUUAGGUCCACGUCAGCGUGCCUCACACCUGUGCAGAGCAGAGACCCACACAGCAGCUAUGCACAGGACCUCCUCUUCUUCUUCUUCUACUUCCUCCUCCUCCUUCUCUUCCUCC